CUUAUCAGCGUAGAGGAGGCGGCGGCUGCGGAGGAGGAGGAGGAGAAAGUUCCUGUUUCUCUGUGCGGCGCGCGAGAGAAGGGCCGUCCCGAAGGAGAGCCCGCCGCGCUCCUGGGCGAGGAGGGGGACCGGGAAUCGGGCGACGGGGGCUCCUUCUCUGCGCCCCACUGGGAAAUUUCGCACCUGGCCCGGCGUGGAGAGAUCCUCCGGCGGGGCGAGGGGGGCAGCGCGCUCCAAGGGGAGCUAGAGCGGAGAGGGAGCUAAUAAGUGUCCCGGCGCUUCCUUUCGACGGGCUGUUGCAGCGCGGCGGCGCCCGAGAGCGGACCGAAGGGGCGGCCGCGUGUGCGGAGCCAGAGCCUCGGUGGGCAGGGCGGAGAGGACGCUGCCACCGCUGCCAACUUUGGGAGGCUUCUUCUUCUUCUAACCCGGCGAGCCGUGCUCGGCUGGGGAGCGGCGGGAUGCGGCCCCUUGGGGUGCGGAGCCCCCGCGGCUGCUGCUGCCUCCUGCUGCUGGCACUGCUGCCCGCCUUCGCUCAAGGUAGGUGCGCUGGAGACGGCGACGCCACUUCGGCCACCUGUUGCGCUCCCCAGCCUGGACAUCCUCUGGUGGGGUUCGCGGGACCGUCUUGGGCCUGAUCCAGUGGGGGAUGAGCUUCCUGGGCCGCUUUUUUCACUUUCAGGAUUUCAUGGCGAGCGAUGGAAUGGAGGGUGGGGGCUGGUCCUCCUAUGCUCUGCAUUGCAGGGGGUUGGACUAGAUGACCCUUGGUGUCCCUUCCAACUCUACGACUCUACGAUUGUGUUUGCAAACGUCUCCCUUGCCCGCGGCGUGGUGGUGCUGACGUUUAGGGCGAUUAAAACAAAACAACGAGCCGGGCCGUUGUGUCGGCUCAGAGCAGCUCAGAUGGGAAGCCUCCCCGUGCAAGCGCAGUCUACCCUGAGGGUUCCUUCCUGUCCUCCGCGCGAGUUUUCCAAGCUGCCUGGCAGCUGGUUCAGGCAGCGUCGGUGACCUGCAGCUCACCUUAAAAGGAAAGAGGGCAGGAUUUUCUUUUCUUACUCUCUUUACAUAUUUAUUUGAUGCAAAGGGCGCUUUGGGGUUUGCAACAAAAGUGAAACAAAACCGAACGGCUAGGCUGCUUGGGGAUUUUUUGCUUUUGCGAGAAUGAGCGAAGCAGCUCCGAAAAAGUUUGCAGAGAUGUUGGUUUCCCCGGGCAAAUGCAGCAUGAGCCUGGUGUUUUACUGGGAACGGCAGUCUUUCAAGAAUAGGAGCGCGCGCGCGCGUGUGUGAGAGGAAUCCCCUCUCCAGCUGCUUUGCAAAACUUUUCGGCUGCCCCCUCUUUCUAGGAAGUGGGAGUGGGAGUCUCCCAGCACCGUGCUUGAGCAAAUGCGUAGCCGUGCAGUACACAGUCCUGACAAAAUUUGUAUGGGGAGAGAGGAGGGAGAAGAGUUGUAUCUAACAAAGCUCUUUUCAGAGUAGACUUUGAUUGCAGGGGGUUGGACUAGAUGAUCCUUGGGGUUCCCUCCCAGCUCUACCGUUCUGAUUCUACACUCACUGAAACAUAACCAUGCCCAUUCAUUUCAGUGAGUCUGCCCUGAGCAAGGCUGGCAUUGGAGAUGACCCCAAAUCAUUGGAUACCUGGUCCUCUGCCUCUUCCUGGGCCUCCUGGGAGCACAGCCACAGUUUCCCCCCUCCCAUCUUGGAGAGGGGGCUUCUUUUGCUAGCACCCAACCAACCCAAACCAGUGUUUGCUGCAUUAUAAUGUGUGAAAAGACUUGCCUUCUGUUUGGUAGGAAGCUGUGAAAGGCCAGACUAUUGUCUGCAUGGUGGUUUCAGAUUUAAUUGGGAAAUUUAGGACUCUUGUCACAGGUUAGGGUGCUUUUUCUGCGGUUGAGGGGGGUGUUUCUACUUUGUGGAUAUGCGUAAUAUUUCCUGUAUUCGCACCCUUGCCUCUCUUUCACCUCCCUCUUCCUUUUUAUUUUUUGCUGUGUUACUUUCUGGGAGUGGAUGUCACAAGCUGUUUCUUGUGCUCUUGCUCUGCAGAACUCUUGCGAAUCCUUGGUGGGAAGGGGGACAGUGGAAUGAAGAACCUGGACAGUGAGCGCUAGACUAGGAGAUGGGGCAAAAAAGUUUUGCACAGAGCAGGCUGUUCUCACUUUUCUCUGAAGUGCCUCAGGGCAAUCUGUUUUGGAGACAGAAUUUUAACUGGAGUAGUGGAGACAAAGAGAAAAAGGCUCUGUGUGUUGGGUGAAUGGAACUUCUUACCAGCUGCCUGAUUCAUUGAAUGAAGUCGUUUCAAUUUCAAAUCAAAGUGUGCAGUGGCUAAAUGCUGGGGUGCUUGCUGGGCAGUUUUUCUCACCUUGAUUCAUACGCUUCGCUGCCAGGGAACGGUUUGUGAUUGUUGCUGCCGUGAUGCUGUGUGUUCUGAGGGUAUAAUUCAGGGCACUUGCAGAGGUGUGUUUGUUUAGCUUCUGAACAAAAACAAAAAAACAAAAACUAAAUUAAAGAUUGAGUUUCAGGUUUCUCUGCCACACAUGCUGUGGGUUUAGAGGAGAAGGCAUCCUUGCUUUUGCAAGCACCUUGAAAUGGGGCUGUGGGGGUGGGGGUGGAGAGAGAGAUCUGCUCUGAGGUUUGGUGGGUGGGAUUCUUAAACUAUCUGGACACAUAGAUGUACACACACAUCUCAAGCAUAGCUCUCUCUGGAUUGGAGCUGGGAGGAGACCAGGGCUCAGAUCCUGAUUUGGAUCCCUUAGUGCAGAAUUCUUCAGCUUUUUACUUCCAGGACUGCAGAGUACCAUCAUCCCCAUAUUGCUUAGCCCAAUUACAAGAAUCAUAGCAAGCUGUCAGGCUCUCCUAGCCCUACCUGGAAAGUCCAGGGAUUGAACCAGGAAUCUUCUGCAUGCAAAGCAGUUGCUCUACCACCCAUUUACAGGAUGAUGGGAGUUAUAGCCCAACCACACGUGAAAAUCCCAAGGUUGAAGGGGGUUGACCUAGUGACUCCAAGCCCUGCCACUCAAGUCUCCCAUCAGUGUUAGAGGUCUUGGUCUCUCUUUCUCUUUUGGUUGCCAGAAGGAGCCUUUCUAGCAGGGACAUAAUUAGCUAAUAAUUUGAAAUGGUCAAGCAAUUCAGUAAAUGUUUUUGGGAAUAAACUUCUGGUGAUAGUUGGCAUGGAUUGACCCAUGUUAGUGAAAGUGAAGUGAUUCUCUUCCCACCCUGCACUCCAGUCCCCUUACUUUGGAGCAGCUUGUAAAUAGUUUCCAAAAGUUGCCGGCCCAAUAUCAUCCCCUACCCCCCAAAACCCUUUCAUUUCCAGUCACCCAGAAAGACCUUUUUGUCCCCACAGCCUUGGUCUUUCCUGGUUUCCUCAUACCCAACAGAUAGUGUCAUUUCAGGACGACACCCCCUCCACCCCCACUUUGUGUCAUCAAUGUCUUACAUUCUGAUCCUAAUUCAGUUCUCACAGCGUCAUUGUUUAAUUAACUUUCUUUUUUAAAAAAAUUGUGUUUAUAUCCCACUUUUUUUUUGUCCAAGAAGUUCAAGGUGAUGUACAUUGUUCUCUCCCCUGCCCAUUUAACCUUCAUAACAACCCUGUGAGGUAGGUCAGGCUAACCUAAGGUCACCCAAUGAUCUUUAUGGUCAAGUGGGGGAUUUGAACCCUGGUCUCUUGCAGGUCCUAGUCCAACAUUCUAACCCCUAUGUCAUGCCCACACUGGCUCAAUGGCAGGGCAGAGGGUGCCUGGGAGGCUUGCCAUAACCUUGAGAUUUGCAAAAAUAAUAAUAAAAAAAUCAUAAGGGAGAGAAGGGAACUCCUGCAAAUCUUCUUGAAAAGUUUGUGAGUGUGGGUCCUGAGCCUGAUUGAGGGGCAGGGCUGACAGCUGUUUGGGAUGAAUGGAAUGGAAGAGGAGGAGGGAGGAAGAGACAUAGAUAUGGAAAAGGGUAGAGCGAACAACUUCAUUGGCUAGGUAGCUCAUUUCCUGGUUCAACCUGCGAUGCUAUUUUUAUAUCCCUCCCAGGGGUGGAAGUGAUUAAACUUCCCAUAAUAACAAUAAUCAGAAAUCAGCAGAGAAAUCAGAAGAUUUUACGUAGCUGGGAUUGGGAACUUAUGUUUCCAUCACAUGCAGGCACCCAAAUGGAGUAUUAUGAUUAUGAUCUUACUGAUUGCCUUUAUAUCCAAGGAAGAAAACCAAGGAGCUCAAGGUGGUGUACCUAGUUCUCAGUUUUCCCAUUUUAUCCCCACAGCAACCCUGUAGGUAGGCUUAGAGGCGCUGACUGGCCCAUUGGCCCAAAGUCAAGUGAGCAUCAUGGCUGAGCGAGAAUUUGAACCCUGGGCUCCCAGAUCCUAUUCUGUGAUUCUAAGCAUAACACCACACCGGAAUACACAGCUUGCAUGGAGAGUCCUGAUGGAUUUGGUGAUAAAAUUAACUGGCCCAUGAACAGAAGCACUCUACAGUCCUAGCACUUUGGUGCAGGGCCAUCACAGUUUAUAUGCCAAUCCUGAUCUGAUUCACAUAAGAGGGGCUUGUUUGAUCAGGCCAGUGGCCAAACAGACCCCUUCCCAUGUCUGGGUUAUGUGUGCAUGUGCAAUCUUGGACCCAGUCAAACUGAUAACCUCCUAGUCUCUCAUAGAAGCUGGACUGUUUUAGAUUCCUUAGCAACUGAAAAAGUCAGGACCUUUGUUCCUGCUCAACCAAUCAGCUUUUUAAGCUUCACCACCAGAAGCAUUGAGACAAUAAUAGGUUUUUCUGUGGGAUUCCCAAGAAUAUCUUGGGUGGUGGAAGGAAGAAAUUAGGAGGCAGGAGUCUCCAUUACUAGAGCUGAGGGGCAAAGUUCUAACAGGGAGUUGGGGGUGCCUUCCCCCUCCCGCCCCCCAGGCAGUUGUAGAGCACAGCAGAGAUUAAAGCAGGCAUGGGCAACCUGUGGCCCACCAAGUGAGUCCACAGUCUGGAGGGGGAGGGCACCAUGUUGGUUGUCCAUAGGUUAAACUGGAUGCUCUUCCAGCUGAGUUCCUUGAGUGGAGGUUGGGGUUCAAUUGUGACAAGCAACUGGGAGCAGUAACAAAAUGUUGCAGCGUUGGGUCCUUCUUUUUUGGAUUCCAGUCAGGAUACUCCACCCUGCUGUACCCCCUCCAAGAGUCAGGCUGCGCCCCAUGCCUACUCAGCACACUCAGUGCUCACUGGGCUGUUGGGUUUCUUUUCUCCUAAAACUUGUUUGUGCUAUGUUGGGACUAUGGAAUGUGCUGCCACAAGGUGUACUGGUGGUGACCAGCUCGGAUGGCUUUAUAUAAAGGCGAUGAGACAAAAUUCAGGUUGGAUUGCCAUCUGUCAUGGAUGCAUUGCAGGGGGUUGGACUAGAUGACCCUUGGGAUCGCUUCCAAUUCUGUGAUUCUAUGCAGGAGGAUAAAGGUAGCAGUGCCUUCAUUGUUGGAGGCAGUAUGCUUCUGAAAACCAGCGUUCCUGGGAACCUAGGUGGGCCUCUGGCCCGGCAGUCUCUUCCCAUGCCCAUGACAGGCCCAUAGCUGUCAACUUUUCCCUUUUUUUAAAGGGAAAUUCCCUUAUUCCAAAUAGGAUUCCUCGCAAGAAAAGUUGACAGCUAUGUACAGGCCACUUCUGGAGCAGGUCCUCUUUCAGUAUUCACACAUUUGGUGCAAGCCCAUCAAGUGGUUGUGUGUGCACAUGUGAACCGCCCCUUUGGAAGGGCCUUCUAAGGAUCUGGGCUGCCUGAGGCCACCCUUUUCUGGUGUUCCUGUGCGCAGCGGAAGUCUGCAAGUCACCUUAGUCAUCAUGCCAAAUAAUAAUUUCACCUCUUGCCUUCCGGGAAAUGGAGGAGGAACAGCUCUCUUUUUUUGCAUACCUUUUGGGGUCAGUGUCUAGUUUCGCUCUGUGUUUUCUCCCCCCAGCGGCAGUUCCAGCUAUACACAGGCCCAUCCUCCACUUUCCUUCUGAGCUAUCGGUAACUAGAGUGCCUGGUUGAGGUUGCUGUAUGUUUGUGUUGUGUGUGUGUGUGUGUGUGAUGUCUUUGUGUGCACGGGUCCUGAAGAGUGCUCUCUCCUGACUCAGUCAGGAGCAUGUAGGUGUUGGGUAUCAAGGGGACUGAGCCAACCCCAUCAGCUUGUAGUAAAUACAAGAGGUAUCCUUGGCUUUUGACAAUGGGCAGCUCUGAUUUCACCCCCUCCCUUCCCGCUUUGUUUGGGGAAGGCCCAGAGCUCUGCUCUGCAGCUGUUGCUUUUUCCCACGAACUCGGACCCGCCUGCUUUACAACUCUCUCUUAUCCCGGUCUCUGUUGGGCUCCUUUUGCAGACACACUGCGCUUAAAAAAAAAUAUUCAUGAAUAUCUGAGCAGCCAGACAAUUCAAAAAUAGCUUUGUAAGAGAGAGUGUGUGUUUGUGUGUGUGUGUGUGUUCUGUGAGCAGGAUGGUGGCGGGGUGUGUGUCUGUGUCUGCUCUAAAGAAAAGAGCCUGAACUCCUAUAGCUGUGAAUGAAAGACAGGUUUUUGGCUUCCUUCGUCCUGAGUGGUGGGCUUUCUAAAACGCAGCCGUGCCCCGCCUGCAAGGAUGAUCUCUAGCCUGAAUGUUUUUGAAGCAGUAGCUUAAAAACUUAAGUGAAAUACCAAUACUUUGCUAAUUUGGGGGAAUAGUCACUGCCCUAGCCUCUUUGGGACAGAGACCAAUGUUUCAGUUUCUUGCUUAUGCUCACCUCACAGUGAAUGUGAUGGACGCAUCAUACCCAUUUUUAUUUUACAGAGAGGGGCUGAGCUGAACUCACCUUGUUGAAAGCUAAGCCAUAAGCCAGGGGUAUUUUGUUUAUUUAUUUAGUGAAAGUCCUUGUUUUCUGGUUUUAGAGCACUUGCAGCCAAAAAGACUCAGAGUGGCUUUACAUGCAAUCAAUAAACAACAACAAAACAAAACAGUUUUUACCUCAGUAGGCCAAACAGCUGGUUCACAAUCUAGACUUCCUUCAUCUUUUGUCUCAAAAGCAGCCUUAACAAGGUAUAAGUGGCAGCCUAUAAAGAACAGAGCAGUAAUAGGGUUUUGCUUGGUUCUGGUUUGCUUGUCUGAGGUUCUCCUGGCUAAGUAUAGCCUUGAACCCAGGAUCCCAAGAUUCAGCCAUGCAGGUAAGUCUGCAGCAGCAGCCCUGCCCAUAGCACGUGUCUCAUGUGACCCAUCAGGGACCUAAAGAGAAGAAAUCAACAAUUCUUUUCUGAUGAGCAAGUACUUCCAUGCCUUCCAGGCAAUCCAAUGAAUGAGCAUUUAAAUUCCACUACUGUUGCCAUUGUUAUACAACAGCAGAAGUUAAGUAGGCACCUCUUUGCUUCAGUGAGCUACCACACAGGUGUGGAGCCUAAGGACCAGGUGUGGCCCUCAGGACUCUCUCUUCUGGACCACCCACAUUCACCAGGCUGCAUUAAAUAGCCCUGCACUGCCCUCUCCUUAAGUGCUCUUACCUGGCUAGCUCUGGUGUCCUUAAACCACGAUGGUACUGUUUGCUUGUGUGGAUGGAGAGAGAGGUGUGUGUACAAACUUCUGACUUUUGCAUGGCUAGAGCAGAGUGUACUGUUCAGAUGUAACAGCUGCAUCCAUUUGUUCUUCCCACUAUUUUCCCUGGCCAUGCCCUCCUCUGAUAUGUGGCCCCCCAGAAGGUUGGCAAUGAAAAAUUGUGGCCCUUGGGAGCUGAAAUAAAACUCCCUGUCCGUGGCUUACUGAAUGAUGCUGGCUGGCUUCUCUUGCACCUUAGCCACUAAUUCAGCCUUGUCUCAUUUGCUGCCUUAGAACCCCAUUGAAAAAGAGCUUUCUUACUCUUUUCCUUUUCGCAAAGAGCGUUUGGUUUAAGACUGAACAGUAGCAGUUGGAGCACAGGUACCCUGUGGCCGAGUCCUGACAUUUGAGGGUCUGAUGCUGAGCUUGAUCUUCUGAAUAACCACCGCUGACAUCAUUAUGGGGCUCCAGCAGGGUGGCUUGAACCUUUUUCUAUUAAAACAAAGCCCACGCUUAUGUGCUUUGAAACCAUUGCUGGUCAGACAUGAACUUCCUAUUUGCAGGGAAGUAGGACAGAUUUAGGGACUGACAGCUCCACACCUACUCUCUUGCCUAUUUAAAAAAUGUGGCUCAUCCAACAGCCAAGAACACAAUAUGGUUGUUCUUUGGAUUUGGUUUGAGAAUCAGACUUGCAGCAUUUGCUUUUCCACAAAACUGGCCCUGAGGUCUCUCUGUUGGCUAACCAGAAUUAUGCUCAGGAUGUGCCUUGUUGCAAUGCGUUACUGCUGGCAAACCACAACAUGUUCCAGUUUGUGGAUCUUAUCUGUAGGGCUGUGCACGUUUUCCCUGAAUUGAGUUAAGCAUAGAAUUUGGCAUCCUGAUUUUUCUUCCUUUUCAAAACAUUAAAACAAAAAAACCCACCCUAGUCCUCAUGGUUGUGGAGGGAAGUCUGGAACUCUGCAGGGAGAAUCAAGAAGGAGAUCUGAUGUGGCUCGAAAUUGCGGAGUUAGAGCUGGAACUUGCCAUUCUGUACAGAUUCCUGUCCCUGCUAGGCUCCCUCCUCUUCCCACUAUCUUUGCUCGCCCCUCCAUCCUCUUUUAGCUUCUUGGGGAACUGGGACUCUGGUUCCAAGCUAAAUUAUGCACAGAUAGGAAGCAUGGGCUUCAUUGCAUCAUUUGUUUUAACUGCAUAUUUUAUUUUAACUGCACUUUAACACUGACUUGCAAUUAACACAUUCAAACCUGGAUCUCUAGCCUGCUCCAAGGUGGCAGAGGUGUCUUUGGCUGUGUUUGGGACCACGUGCAAGCGAUAAUGUCUUUCCACACUUUCAUUCCACGUGUGGCUUAGCCCUGGUGGUGCUGAACUUGAAGCACAGGAAGUGUUCAGAAAGAGACCUUUGGUGGAAAGAGGCCUCUUUUCUCUUCUCUUCUCUUCUCUUCUCUUCUCUUCUCUUUUCUUUUCUUUUCUUUUCUUUUCUUUUGCCUGACUGAUGCUGAGUUGCUACUUGUUGCAUGGCUGCAGUGGAGGAAAGUGAAUUGUGUAGAACUAGAAAAACUGGAGGGCUGUAAAAAAAUCCCUUUCUUUACAAAGAAAAAUGCCCCUCUUUGCAAAUCUUCGGGUUGUUUUCAGUUCCUAAACUGAAUUGCAAACAAUUGCUGCUAUAUCAGAACUUGUUUCCUUUUUGCUUAUUCUGUGUUUACUACUCUCCAAAGGCUUGGAAAUAAUGUUUUCCUUUUCUUUCUUUAAACACUUUUAUUUGAUAUUAAAACAAAUGAUAACAAUACGUUCCUCACAAAAUCAGGAGUUAGACUACAGCUUUGUCCACUGCCAUAAUACCACAGAAUAAUCACUCCUUGCAAAUAAUAAACUAGGGUGGAGAUAAGCGGCAGGCGGCUUGCGGUGACCUACUCCAUAAACAAUACAUUGUACUCACUUAGCAUUCUAGUUUGGUUUAAAAAAAACACAAAAAAAACCUGAAUGCUGCCACAGUAAAAGAAAUAUAAUCAUCAGGCCUCUUUCCUCUCAGCAUUAACAACCCCACAAGGUAAAGGAAUCCUGUCCCCAUUUCACAGAUGGGGAUCUGAGGUUGAGGCAAGGCCCAGACUCGGGCUGUUGGCUGACUUAAGAAUGAAGGUGGUCUGAAGUUUCCCAGGUUUCAAGAUUCAAGUCCUAUGAUCUAAGCCCUGUCCUACAUUGCCUUUUCAACCAAAUUCCCAAAUACAGUGGUACCUCAGGUUUAGAACUUAAUUCGUUCCGGAGGUCCGUUCUUAACCUGAAACUGUUCUUAACCUGAGGUACCACUUUAGCAAAUGGGGCCUCCCGCUGCCGCCGUGCGAUUACUGUUCUCACCCUGAAGCAAAGUUCUUAACCCCAGGUACUGUUUCUGGGUUAGUGGAGUCUGUAACCUGAAGCGUCUGUAACCUGCAGCGUCAGUAACCUGAGGUAACACUGUAACUCUCUGUGGUCUCAUUGCAGGCAUCCAGUGUUCCCAGGCUUUGGAGUCCUGCUUGAAUGGAGGAAGGUGUGAAACCUACCCCAAUGGAACAGGGGUUUGCCGGUAAGUGCGAAAUUAUACGCAGUGGAGGUGUGACUUCUGGUUUACAUCCUCAGACCUGGGGGCCAGAUGUGUCCCUCAAGGCCUCUCUGCCUGGCCCUUGGAACUUUCCCCAGGCAACACACACCCUGCUUCGCAUCCCAAUUUUUUUGGGGUGCCUUGGAAUAUGUCAUUGAAUUCUGAGGAUACCCUCUGCUUGUCUGGGUGGAGAGGAGUGUGUAAAAACAACAACAACAAACAACCCUUAACCUACUUACAAAGGUAUAACCUAAAGUGGUUGUCUUACUCACUUUUGGCCCCACCUACCACUGGCAGUAUGGCCCUUGGGCAGUUGCCCAGAAGGCAGUGUGGCCCUUGGGCUGAAGCAGAUUCCCUACCUGUUUUGUUUUUUAAAAAACAUACAUGGACUGAUGGAAACUAAUAGGCAGAAAAGGGCUCCAGAUUUUAAUAGGACACCUUACAUUUUGAGUUUGAAGUCCAGGAUUACAAUAUGGCUUUCAGAAGGAGUCAGAUAGCCUGAUAUUACAUUGGGGUGUGCCUAUUAAGAGGGAGACAACUUUUAGUCUCCACAUGUGAUAGAUGUGACGCUGGGAGCCAACAAUUUCCUGCCAUCGCUCCCAAUCCCCAUCCCCACUAAGAGUUUGGGGAUGUGCAUCUUCUAUUAACUGCUGCAAACACAGGCAUAUGUGUGUCUGUGUGAUAUGAAAUGAUGCUGUGCUGAUGGGAGUUUGCAGUCUGGAUUCUUGGGAGCUGAACCUGGGCUCAAGGUGCAGUUCCAUCUGUGGAGCUGCCAUUAUCGAAAGUAGUUUCAACACGGCAGCAUGCAUCUAAGAGCGAUCGUGAGGAUAACACACACACAGAGAGAGAGAGAGAGAGAGAGAGAGAGAGACCCUCCCCUUUAAUUCAGGCUGAACUUUGUGGAAGGGGAAGGAGGGGGACGAUUGCAAUUUAAUUGAGCAACCCUAAACUAUCCAUGUCAAUUGAUCUGUAAUUGUGUAUGGCCCUAAUGAGUGGAUGUUGUACUUGUGCUCUGUGCUGGGGAUUAGAGAUAACUGGGGUUGAGGGACAGAGCCUCUUCCAAGUGGGAAUAGCCAGCCCUUGUCUAGACUUAGGAUGAUGAGCAUAAGAAGCUGCCUUGUGCUUUUAAACCGCUGAGAGUUUUUGCUACUAUCAAGCAGUAUGUGUGUUUUGUUUAAAUAAAUAAAUAAAAAAUACUAAGCCAGGCCAUUAGUUUAUCUGGACCAGUGUUGUCUGCGGUGGCUGGCAGCAGCUCUCCAGGGUUUUGGGAUCAGGGGUCUGUCUUUCUCAGCCCUGCCUGGGGAUGCUGCUUGGGACCUUCUGCAUGCAAAGCAGCCUGCCCCCCACCCAAGUACUCCUAAUGUUUCUGAAGAAAGAGAUGUCAGAAGCACCAUACCUCUGAAUACUAGUUGCUGGGAAUCUCAGGAGGAGAGAGUUGCUGUUGAGCUCAGGUACUGCUUGCAGGUUUCUCGCCAUCGGAGCACUGUUGCAAACAGGAUGCUGGACUAAAUGGGGACUCCUUUUGACCCAUUCCAGGUCGCUUGCCUUAUGUUUGUGUGAAUUAAGUAUGGAAAUAAGCAGCUGCCUUAUAUGCAGUCAGACCAUGGAUAUUGUCUGCACUGGCUGGCAGUGACACUCCAGGUUUUCAGGCAGGGAUUUCCCCCCAGCUGCACUGGGAAAUGCCAGCAGCUUUAUUGCAGUGCACCCAUGUUCCCUACAGUGAGGAGCCUUUGAACUUCUCAUGGGCUUCCCCAAGUGAUGGCUGCAGGGAACAAGUUGCCUACCAAUUAAUGUGGGGUGGGGACCCAGCAUCUCCUCCACCUCUGCUCUCUUUUCUUAACCCUUCUAUAAAAGAAAAGCAAAAGGCAGCAGCCUCUCCACCCCUCCUGUCCCCAAAUGCAUGUAGCCUCAGGAUAUGUUCAGUGGAAUCCGCUGCUUGCAAGAGUCCUGGAACAGAAUUUGAUUGAGAGCUGGAUAUGUUGAGAUUGCUUGUUUUGGUGUUUUUUUUUUAACUCCACCUGUUGGAAGCAAAUGUGAAGACUCUUUUAAAAAAAGGGGGGGUGCGUGUCUCUCUCUAAGGAAGCAGCUCUCCCUACAGGCAUUCCUAAUCCCAACUGUUGAAUGGCAGACUUUUUCGGUGCAGUUGGGAAUUGAGGGUGGGGGAUGGAAAGCCUGCACCUCUCUGUCCCUUGUCUGCUCCACUUCUUUAAUUUUGCCCCCACAUUUGGCGUCUUCUGUUUGCUCCGGGGAUGAUGGGCAGGAGAGGGGGGGGACAGGGGGAGAGAGAAGAGAACCCUUCAGCAAAUUAAUCGGGCACAUGAGCAAUUUAAGGGACAAAGGCUGGGCGCCUUUGUGAGCCGCUAAUGAAUGCGCACCGCACAGUCCCCCCCCCUUCUGCAGAAGCUGUAAGGACGCUUGACGCUCUAAAUCUUGUUUUCUUUCAUUCAGGGAGUGACAGCUGGGAUUCGGUCGAAAUUCAGCAGCUAUUGUUGCGGGAGGCAGAUUAAUGCUAUGUGACUAAUCGCGGAGGGCUUCCCAGAAUGCAUAACUGACUCCUCUUCCCCACCUCCUGUACCCUCACCCACCCCCCAUUCUCACUCUCUCUUCUCUGGGUGUCCCCCCCUCCCCCAAUUUCUCUCUUUGGCUAUUCUGCCCCCCCUUACUCUUUCUUCCUCCAAAAAAGAAGCCUUCUUGUAUUCCCCUUGAUUUACAUUGGAUGUACAGAUGGCAGGGGAAUCUAAUUAGGCCUGAGGCGUGUGAGCUGUAGCGGGGGGGGGGGGGGACGGACGUUCAGAGGACUUCCCACUUGUAGAAUGAGCAAGGAUGACAGUGGGAGAACGCAGCCAUGAAUUUCCUCCUGGUGUCUCAAGCCAGCCUAGAAACCUGUGGGUCAUGUCAUAUAUAUAUCAAUAUUUGGACGGCUUCCAGUGGUCAUCAUCAUUGAAAGGGCCAAGCAGCGAUGUGGAAUGGAACCUUUUUUCUGUUUCAUAAAAUUUGCUAGCAGUGAUCACAAAUGGAAGCAAGCCUUCAGGAGCAAUAUUGCUAGGCAAGCUUCAGCAAGUUUGAAAGUUUCCAGCUUUUUAAUUUUUUUCAACUAAAUACGAAAGUAAACAAGUAAACAUGCUGCGUUAGAUGGUGCACUCUCUCUGUCUUGGGUAUCAGAACAUUUUUCAGUUGCAACCUGAAAAAAAUGUUCUGAUAAAAAUCAAGUUUAGGAUUUGCCUAGAGAAAACAUUUUCCCAUUCAAGAUUUUCUGGGGAAAGGUCUGCAGCCCUGAGAGCUGAUAUAUUUGCAUGGCUGCCCAUCCAAGCCUGGCUGUGUAUAGUUGGACAAACGCAAAUGGCAUUGUUAUAUGCAGUUUAUUUAUUUUAUAGCACUUGCAAACUGCUUUUUGACCACUGAGCCUGCCAAAGUGGGUUAUAUACCAUCAGUUAAAAUAAGACAUUAAAUCCUCUGGCAGAAUUUCUAAGGUGCUGUUGUCCUGGACCACAAUCUCUGGAUAGAUGAGUGGGCGGGGGGAACCUUUCAGCUUCCAGAUGUUGCUAAACUACAACUCCCAUCCUUCUCCCUGCCCCAUUGGCCACUCUUUGGAGCUGGUGGGAGUUGUAGUUCAGCAACAUCUGGAGGGCCAAAUAUUCCCCCACAUCUGCCCUGAAAGGAGGACCAAAAUCUAGGAAGCAACAUGUGCCAGAGUUGCCUCCUCUUCUGCUCUUUCUAUGCAUGAGCACUGACUGUCUUCUGAAUGCCAGGCAGCUGCUCUUACCACUGAGCCAGGGCCCUACCCUUCCAAGAUGUUUCUGUUACACUGCAUUUUGUGGACAGUGUAGGAACUUCGGUGAUGUUUUCAAGGCAGUAGCAGGAAUUGAAACUGGAAUCUGCUGAAGCGUUUUGAGAAGAGAAUCAUGUCUCAGUGGCCGCAGUGUGCAGGAGGUCUCCUCAACUUGAGAAUCUUGUUUCCAACUUCAAAAGGCAAAUUAAAACUCUCCUGGCUGCCUUUGGUAAAUAGGAAUCACAUCCAGGUGAACUUUUUUAUAUACUGUAACGUUUGCAAAACAAUUCUAGAUAACAGUGGAAGCUGUUUUGUAGAUAAGACCUUUCCAAAAAAUGGGGUAAAAAUAAAUAAAUAAUGAAAGUUAAUUUUAGCCACACUAUUUCGUUCUUACUAGAUUAUAUGCCCAUAGAAAGAAAAUAGCCAACUUUUUACAAUAAAUAAAUGGAAUAAUAGUCCCAGCCCACCUGCUUAGAACGAAGUUUUUCCCUUGCAUGUGAUGAUCUGUGUUCCGUCAUCCUUGCAAAAAUAGCGAGAAAAGUACAUAGAAACCAGAAAGCAAAACUAUCUAUCUAUCUAGAUAUAUAAUAUGAUAAAAACAAAAUGAGUGCUUGGAGGUGGCAGGGCUGGUCUUGUGCCAACAAGCACUGAUGGUAGCUUCAGCUUUUUUCCUGCGGAGUCCUGUGGCUUUGGGGUGGAAAGUGCUAACUGCAGCUUUGCAGAGGAAAAAAAUUGGGCCCUCCACUUGGGCUAAAUGCUUUUUCCCAGAUCAGAUGAAACGGUUUCUGUAGGGAUCAUGUAGCUGUCGUAGGUACCAAUUAGACCUUGGCAUCUCUGUCUCUCAGGCUGGCAUCCCCACCACAGAUGAAAAGGGACUUGCUUAUUUAUUUAUUUGUCUUGGGAUUGUGGUGACGUGGCUUGCCACUUUCCCAGGAACUCCCUCAACCCGCUGGCUUAGUUAGAAGCAGAUGGUGCUGUUGCAGGGGGGGGGGGGGUCUGGAUCAGUGAUUGGGUAGAAGGACGUGCUCAUAAACUGGCCCAGAGUUGGGCUGGUUUAUGUGUGCUGCCCUGGAGCCCAGGUGAUGUGAACAUACUUGCCAUCGGCCUUGCAUGGCAAUGGCAUUCCCAUUUUGGCUGACAGGAGGUUUCUCUCCUGCUGCCGCAGUUGUCUGGGCCACAGUGAGAGUCAGGUGGACAAGCAGUGUGGAAGAGGAUGGGGAGGGGCUUUUUCCAGUGGUCAUCCUUCUAGGUCCCUUGGUAGUUGCCCAGCUAGGCCAAACCUUGGUUCCAGCAAUUUGAUCUUAUGCCUAUGUUGACUGCGACUUGAGCCCCAAGAGGAGCAGGGUGGCCCAGCCAAGGGGACCAUUUUCGCAGAAGGCCAAGGCAUGUCCACUCUAUGAAGAGAACAGCUUUUUAAAUGGCUGGUGCUGUUGGCUACUGGAAAUGAACGGAGGCCAGGUGAUUGUUGGGUGAUGCACCGCAAGGGAUCAUUUUCAGAAGUGGCAGCUGCCUAGAAAUUAGAUUCUGAUGUUUGAAACUGAUUCUUCAUUCUCAUGAGGGGGGAUGAAGUUGUGAGGCGCUGCUUCUUGCUCUUUCCAACCCCACCAGCCGGGCAACUGCCUCUGCCUCCCAAGCCUCUGGCCAUGGAAGGUUCAAAAUAGAUGCCAGCAGCCAGUAUGUCUGAUAUGGGAUAGCUAUGCUCUUCCUCCACAGUUUGAAGCAGAAAUGGUUCUGAAUACCAGUUGUUGGUGACUGCAGGAGGGGAGAGCACAGCUAUUGCACUUGGGUCCUGCUUUUGGGCUUCCUAUUGGGGGCAUCUGGCUGGCCACUGUGAGUAAAGGAUACUGGACUGGAUGGGCUCCCUUGGCCCAAUCAAGCAGGCCUUUCUUAGGUUCUUAGCUUUUUGCAGGGGUUGCUUAACACUCAUGGGUGUUGCAGAGAAAACCAUACCAGAAGAGGAGUAAGUAAAGGACCUUGCAUGGAAAGCUUCUUAUGGUGGGGAGUCCAAAGCCCCUUCUGGUAUUGGGUUUCUUCCCAUCCAGCCCUGGGGUUAUUUAACGCCAUUGUUUAAUGCUGUGAGAGGUGGAAGUUUUUCUGCCUGAGUUUUUUCCUCCUGUUUUAAGCUGCUGUUAAUUCCAUCAAAUAACAGCAAUGUGGGAGUAGGGGAUGGGGUGGGCAAGAGAGAGAAUAGGGACUCUCAGUGGGCAGGAAAAGGAUGUGGUGUUAAAAUAGCCAGAGGAAGUCCAUAAAGGAACAGGGAAUAGUCUUACUGGAACUGGAACUGUUACAGGUCCCACAUAACACUCAUUCCCAUUUUUAAGAACUCAGAUCUUUUAAUGUGGUGGUACCUGCCCUUCAGAACUCCUUGCCUACUGAUGUCAGGCAAGCCCCUUUGCUGUACACCUGUUAGAAACAUUUUUGUUUAGGAUUUUUUUAAAGUUUCACAUAGCAUUUUUUAAAAGUAAAAUGCUUGUGAAAAAAACCUCAAAGUGAUUUACAAAAAGAAUAAAAUUAUCAGUUAAAACAGUUAAAAAUAACUGUUUUGUUUUUUUUUAAGUAAGAUCAGCAGUAAACUAAAAACUGGAUUAAAACACACAUCAGCCAUUCUACAUAUUGGCAUAGGACUCGCCUAAACAAAAAUGUUUUUAGCAAGUGCCAAAAAGGGUACAGUGAAGGCACCUGCUCGAUUCCAACAAGCAGGGAAUUCCAAAGUUUUAUAUUGUUUUAACUGAUGAUUUCAUUGCUUCAUAUAUAUUUUUUGUAAACCCCUUUGAGGUUUGUUUGCCUUUUUUUACCAUCCAUAAGUCUAUGAAUGUUACGCAAUAAAUAAUAAUUUUUAAAAUACAAACAAUAAGUGAAACCUAAUUUGGCUGCCAUUCUUUGUUGACAAGGGUGCCUCCUCUGCUUGAGACAGGGUGAUCUUUUGCUUCAACCCAGAACUGAACUACAAGCACAGCCAUUUCCUUCUCAGCUUCCUCUUUUCUGUGGCUCUGUAAACUUAAAUGGGCAUUUCUGGUUUUGCAGAGAGAGAUGAAAUGCAUUUGUGGCUCUGCUGAGAGCAGCCCAUGACACAGAACAAAAAAGCAGUUUGGUGCUAAAGGACUGGCUUCCGGUAUUGUGGGCCUGUGUUCAUCAUUAUAAAGAGACGGCAAGUGGAAGGAAACAAACACACCCCUUCCCUAAAUUCUAUUCCUCAGUUGGGCAUGCAGCCCUGCUUUGCAUCGGGCCGGUUUCUCUUCCCCCAAACUUGCAAGGUCUAAAGUUAAACCAAGAUUUCAUGAAGAUUGGAUUAUACCAAUUCAUGGAGGACUUCUGAGGGCAACUGGCCAUGAUGGCUAUGCUCUGCCUUCCAUGUUUUGAGGCCACAAUGCUUCCAAAUACCAGUUGCUGGAAACCACAGGAAGGGGGGGGAGUGUGGGGCUGUUGUGCGAGUAUGUGUGGGGCUGGCCCAAGAUCACCCUGUGAGGAUUGUGGCUGAGCUGAGAUUCGAACCCAGGGGCCUCCCCACUGCUAGUCCGACAUACUUAAGUAUUACACCGCUCUGUCUCUCUUGCUUAUCUCAGUCAGGGACAGUCUAGCUGCAUUGUAUAAAGUGUUGGGUUUGGCAUAGAAACAUUGCAAGCACACACACACGCACACAAGCUCUGGCAACAUCUUGUGGCUUCUGUGCUUUGCAGCAGGGAGUGUGAAAUUUUGGUCCCUGUCUUAAUUCCAAAAGAAUUGACACCUCUUUGAGGUUCUGACAGCCUUUUGGCUCCUUUCCUAGGUUGGGCGCUAUUUGGAAGUGGGGUUGGGAGAGAAAUCUGCUUCAUAGCCUUGUCGCCUUUUGCUGCUGGCAGUCUUUGGAUGCUGGGCACGUGCAGCUGUCCUUGGAGUGACCUGGAACCGGGCAGGGAUCUGGUAGAACAACCCUAAGUCUAUCCUGUGGGGGUGGUUUGCCUAAGGGAAGAUAGCCUGUGCUCACUAAACUCAGAACUCUGGUCCUCUGACGCUGAACCCCCAGUAGCAUUCUGACCACACUGACUCAGGAGGUGCUUUUAGGAAGCCAGACUUGGGGAGUAGGGAACCUGCACACUGACACACCUACAACGUCCACAAUUUCGUAAGAUGCCUUAUAGCAAGCCAGACCUUUGGCCUAUCUAGCUCAGUACAGUAUUGCCUACACUGGCUGUCAGUGGCUCUCCACAUGCUUCUCCCAAGGCUUCCCCUCUUCAUCUUCUGUGCUCCCAUCAGAUUCCUGGCCCACACUGAAUAGAAUGACACUUCCUAAGUGGGGUGGGGUGGGGUGGGGCGAGUCCCUGGACCUGCCGGCUAUCUUGCAGGAAUUUUAGAUUGAGAGCGCCUGGGGGGAACUUCCAAAGGCUGCAUUCCACACCCCUCUUAUCCAUGGGAAGGAGGACAGAGUUGACUUAUUCAAAGGCUGGGGCAAUAACUCAUACUGAUGAGGCAGUGCCCCCCUCAUCCCCUCCCAAGAAAUGAGUGCAGUUUACUUUGCAAUGUCAACAGCUCAGAUUCAGUACAGCUCAGUGGUUCCCUUUUCUUUUUCCAGGCUACUGGUUUCAUAAACUCAUCUGGCAUGCACCAUACCCUAUCUUAUAAGAAGCAUUAAUCAGAACAGCAGUUUACAUGAUAAUUUUGUUGGCAUUGGCUUAGGGGUGUGCCUUUGGGGGUGAAGUCAAAACUGUGGAAAAGUUACAGUGCCUGCUAUAGCUGUAGAGACAAAAUGGUAAGAAUUAAUUUCACAUUUAUUCCAAGUCUGAUAGGCAUUUACACCUCCAGUGCCUCCCUGUCACCCCUUGCCUCUUAGUACCCCCCCCCCCGGGAAAUCCCACCUCCCUGUUUGUGUCUUGGUCUGAUGAGUGUUUUGCACUGAUUCCUUGUUCUGCCUCUGCUUCUCUUUAUCUCCACCCCCCACCCCAUGUCUGAAGUUAUUCAAGGGUAGAGUUCAUCAAAGUUGAAAGCAAUUAACUUCCUGGGUCUGGGUUGCCAUACCUUUUUAGUGGAAUGACCAAGGAAGGUUUCAAGGAAGAGGGAUUGAUGGUGAGGAGUUGCAUUUUAACAGAGAAGUUUCACGCUUGGCUUACCUGCAAGAGUUUACAGGCACGUAAACCAGUGCCUUCUUUAACAAGUUUUUCCCUCUUUGCAUGCUCCUUGGACCUGUAUAUCUCUACCCUCCACACACACACACACACACACACACACACACACACUUAUUCAGGUGGCAUUUAUAUGUCCAGAAAGCCGAUUUGUACCUUUUAAAAAUUAUGCCAAAACUGCAUCCUCAUCUCUCUCCCUUUCUGGGAAUCACAGCUAAGCCAGUCAUUUGAGGUGCUCUGGCAAGAAAAUGCGAGCCCUUCAUAGCUUGGGGGCUUGGAUGGAACUGGCCGUUCGUUCCUCUUUGCUCCAGACACACAGCUGGUCACGAGAGUCUGGUGCAACAAGUAGAAACACGAGGUGGGGGUUGGCUUUAAUUUCUGACUGUACUCUUUCUGAACACUGGGCUCAUCCAGACUUCAGCUUUCCCCACCGCUUUCUCCUGGGGAAAUCCAAUCUUUAGCACUGAAUUGGAGCAAACAGCAACUGGGUUUUCCCCAACUUAAAGCUAAAGAGCAAGUUUUCCCUAGGAGCAGAGCGAAACCACUUGGACCCAUACCUAGAAAGUUUGGGUCAAGUGGAAAACUGCUUGGACCCGUGCUUUCUAGGCACAAAACAAGCAGAGCCCAUGGUAAAGAAACAGGUGGGAAAGCAGGAAGGUAUCUUCCUUGUCUUGGCUUCAGUCUGUAUCUUGCAGAAAUGUUGUUUGGAGAUGUGUUAGGUCUGAUUGGAUAGAGCGGAAGAGAGACCCCUUGACACUUGUUGUGGCCUGGAAGAAUUGAUUGCCCAGAGGAAGGCUGGCAGGGAAAGUUCAGAAACCGCCCCCUGCCCCCCAUCCAGCUGCCUCCUCCUCUUCAGAGUCAAAAGGCAGAGGGGUGACAGACUGCUUUUCCGCACAGUGCCUGUUGUUCACCAUGAAAGGUGGGUUUCCAAGAGACCCCAUGGAAGAAUGGCGGGAGGGCCAAGACUCCCCUCAUUGUCUAGAGUCUGUCAAUAAGGCCUCAUGUUGACACAUGGGCUUCGCUGACUGAAUCUUGGUCUGAGGAGCCGCUGACAGUAUGCUCCCAAGCCCAGCAGAGAGGAUUUCUUUGCUCUGCAAAGUCUGCUUGUUUGCUUUAGGAAGUGGCAAUUGUUUUCCCCGUCUUGCCCACCAAACACAACCAGAAGCUUCUCUUAUAAUAGUGCUUGAGGAAAAAACAGACAACAACACUUGUUAGCACCCACCUUGUUUUUAUAACUUGUUUUAAGCGGCUUUUAAUGUUGUCACCUGUCCUGGAACCUUAGGGGGGAAGGAUAGGUAAUAAACAACAAAAACACAAAACAAAAACCAUGUUCAUUUCUAGUGGUUUGCUUUUAUACUUCUGACUGUCCGGAGUUCUCUACUUAACCCCCUUUCAAAUGUUCUCUCAGUUGCUUGGUAUGCCAUCUGACUCAUCUGCUGAUGAAAGAUUGUGCAGUUUUUUGUUUCUGGUGACAGCAACUGUUAGGAAAUAGUUAGUUUGGUUUUGACAUCAGUCCUUGGGCCACAUGUUAAUAGUUGGGGAGGUGGUCUUGUCUCAAAAACAGAACCAUCCCUCCAUCAAUGCUCCACAGCACCACAAAGCAGCCUGAGUUCGGGGCCACAUUUCUUAACAAUCCCCUCCUCCUUUAAAUCCCCCCACCUUGCUCUUCCCUUUUAGAAAGUCUAGACCAGCUAGCCCAGAUACAAUUGCUCCAGCUAUUGCCCUACAGCAGUGCAAAAUUAAAUCCAUCAGACAUCCAGAUCCAAGUUUAUUAAAACACUCCAGGAUGCCAUCGGCAGGGGGCGGGGGACACAAUUAAGCAGUGGCAAAAUGCAAGGUGGGAGUUAUGAAUGGCAGACGGUGUUUUUUUUUUUUUUAAAAAAAGCUGCCUCUUUGGUCGUGUUUGCGGUCGUCCCCCCCCCACAAAAAAACCCAUUCUUAAUUAAAAACAAAUUGCAGACAGAAUUGCGAACUUUUAUCAUCAUCAACAACAAAAACCCAUGUCUACCAUUUAUGGUGAAAGUUUGGGAGUGUUUCUUUUCCAAUUUGUGUGCAACUUAGAAUUGUUUUCCUUCCUCCAUCCCAAGUGGGGCAGGGAGGGAUGUAUGGAAUAAAUCCUCAGUGCUGUUAUGUAGGCAAAUGUCACCCAAGUUUUUUUAAAAGUUUUUUUUAAGAAUUGGGAGUCCCUAUUGUAAUGAAAAGACAGUACAGUCCCCACUGAUAAAAGGCGUGUGUGGGGAGAAUCACAGUUUGUGUCUGUCUCUGAAUGGGGCAGGGGGGGGUUGGGGUUGGAAGAGAGGAACUGCUUUUGAAUGAAGCAUCUACAAGGUUCCAUUCACAGCAGAAAUACUCCUUUGCCAACUGAAGGGAUUAUGAAUGAUCAUUUGCAUCCAUCCCCUUUUCUUUCUUUCUUUAAAAAAAAAAUCUAAGAAGAAUCUCUUGUCUUCAAGUCUUUGAAUAUUAACCCUGUAUAUGCGAGUCUCUGAAUGUCUUUGGGCAUAAUUUUCAACCCUGUGAAUUACAGCUUGCUUUUUUCCUUUUCAAAUGAAAUUUUGAGGUCUCAAGAAAUGAUCUGGGAAUGUGGGGUGAAAACCACACUUGGCAUAGGCUCAGAAAGCAGAGGGCAGGGUUCUGCGCUGUUGCUCUUUAAUGGGUACAAGGUGACUUCUAGCCAACCCUUGGCCUUUUCCACAUCUAGCUUUUCUCCCUCUCUUCUAACACUGGAACUCGUGGACCUCUAAUCAAGCUGAUGUUUUUGGAGAUUCAGGAUGCAUAAUAGGAAGUACUUCUUCACGCAGCGCAGAAUUUUAACUACAGAACUCUCUCCCACAAGAGGCAGUUAUGGCCUCAACUUGGAUGGCUUUAAGAGAGGUUGACAAUAUGCACAGUCCAUAUGCAAUUACAGAUCACUAUUGAACAAAAACCAGACAUAAAACAAAUAAAAAUAAACCACAAGCAUACGAAUGUGUGGAAUGUAGCAACUGGAUCUAUUCAUGGCAUACGUACCUUGGUUCUCGAACGCCUUGGUACUUGUAUGUUUUAGCUCCUGAAUGCCGAAAACCCGGAAGUAAGUGUUCCGGUUUGCAAACGUUUUUCGUAAGCCAAAUAUCCGACGUGGCUUCUGCUUGAGUGCAGGAAGUUCCUGCAGCCAAUGAGAAGCUUUGGCUUGGUUUUUGAACGGUUUCAGGAGUUGAACAGACCUCCGGAACAGAUUAAGUUCAAGAACCAAGGUUCCACUGUAUCCAAAUGCAGUAUUCACAGGUUCCACUGUAUCCAAAAGUUACUAUAUCAGCCAUAUUCAUUUGUAAGUCAAGGGCGGAGGGGUCCUCCACCAUGUUCCUCCUUGCUUGAGGUCAGACCAAAAAGGUACAAAACCAUGCAGAACUCCUCCACCCAUAGGUUCAUGCAGUGCGCAGCUGAAUUAUGGAACUGCCACCCACAGGCAUCAGUGACGGCCACCAACUUAGACGGCUUAAAAAUAGUAUUGGUAACUCCCAUGGAGGAGGAGAAGGCUGUUGAUAGCUACUAGCCAUGAUGGCUGUGCUCUGCCUCCAGGGUUGGAGGCAGGCAUGCUUCUGAAAACCAGUUGCUGGAAAAUGGUAGGAAGGGAGAGUUGCUUUGUACUUGGAUCCUGCCUGCAGAUUUCCCAGAAGAGGCACCUGGUUGGUUGGCCACUGUGAGAACAAGAUGCUGGACUAGAUGGGCUUCCUUUUGACCUGAUCCAGCAGGCUCUUAUGUUCUUAAAUUUAAGAAACUCAUGGCAAAUCCAGAUCUAUGCAGCUUUAGUGGAGACAAGAAGCUCAGAGCCCUUGAUUCCUUUCCUAGCGUGUGCUGGAAUCACAGGAACUGCUUGGAAGGAGAGGCUCUGAGUCAUGAGAUUGAGCUAUCUUAUCUGGGAUAACUGAUGAAAGACUCCCUGGCAGCACAGAUUAGCUCUCCACAAGCGGCAAGCGGCUCCGCCUUGCCUGAUUGAGAGCCUCUGCAACUUUCUAAGAAAGGAUCUAAGAGAGUCUGGCUUCUAGAUAAGGCCAACAGCCCACCUAGUCCAGCAUCCUGUUCAUACAGUGGCCAACAAAGUUCUCUUUGAGGAUGGGUCCACUGUAAACUUGGGUUGAUGCUUGUUUGGGCUGGAGAAGUCAAACUGGGCGCACACAAAAUGGUUGCCGCCUGUACUACACAGCACUAAACUACACUGAACUGUUUAAAUGCUCCUUUGAUUGGCUUUAAACUCCCCACCACACUUGCCAUCCUCUCCUGCCACACCAGUAUGGCGCGUCACACCCUUUGAGAACCACCAUACUAGUGGUAUGCAACAGGAGCACGGCCACCAGCAAAAGGUCAAGAAAUGGGUCCCUAGAUGCAUGUUUGGAUUCUGGGUCUAAAAAGGUUGAAGACUACUGUUUUAGGGGCACAUCUCCCACUUUUGGGGACCAAAGGAAGCUGCCUUCUGCUGAGUCAGACCCUAUCAGUGAUCCACGCAGCUAAGUUUUGUCUACGGGACUUAAGGCAGGGAGUAUUUUCCCAGCUUUACCUGCCGAUGCCCCGGGCGAGUGAACCUGGGACCUUCUGCAUGCAAAGCAGAUGCUCCACCGCCCAGCUACAGCCUUUCCCCCAAUUUUUGUUGCUCCUGGAGUGGCUGUAGGCAGUUUAUGGAGAGCGGCAACCCCUUUUGAUGGGUGUCAUAAAACACUUGCUAGACCUCAGGCAGGCGAUAUCUGUACUGGAUUGCUGAGAAACCUAUUUUCUCUUCUUGCAGAAUAUUCCUCCCAGUUCUCCCAGGCAUGGGAGGAAAGAAGCCCUUAUAUUUUAAUCUUUAUAAACACCCAAGAGUAGAAGUGCCAAACUUUCCUCGGGGCGGUGGGGGGCGGCACAUCCUGGGACAGAGAGUGGAGAGAGAGGCACUUUUUCUGUUGACUUUUACAGCCAGCUUCAAACUUUGAGCCUCUGCAUGGAUCAAUCAUUAAGCACUUUCCAGAUACAGGGCUAGGUGGCAGGGCCAUAAAACGGCACCUGGAGCAGCAGAAGGGCUCUAUAAUCUCCACCAGGUGAUACCUGUAAUCAGGAGGACUUAGGGAAUUUGCUGGGGAGAGUGCAGCUGUCAGCUACGGAGCUGGGCUGGCAGCUCACCUGGGAGGGUUCCCAGUUGUCAGAACGGCAGAGGUGGAAACUCUUAGUGCUUAAUUAAUGUGGAGGCGGGCGGGGGGUGUAAUUAAAAGGCAGUGACCUUUCUAUUCCCAGACUUCCCCUUGAGUUGUUUUACCAUGGGGGGGGCAGGCAGAGCCAAUAUGAUUCCAACAGAUAAAGAUUUUGGGGAGCAGCAGCUUCUAUGACAGAGAUUUAUCAGGAUUGGGUGUGGAAAAAUUUUUUAGAGGGGCAUUUAGUUUGCAAUCCUAGAACUUUCUUAGAAAUCGAUCCAAGUCAUUGGUUCACACAAGCGCUGAUCUCACUUAAUGUGUGGUGCUUCUUCAUUCAGGGCAUAGUUAAACUGUGGAACUCAUUCCCACAGGAGGCAAUGAUGGCAACCAACCUAGAUGGUGUUAAGAGGAUCAGAUGAAUUCAUGGAGGAGAGGGCUAUUACAGUGGUACCUCGGGUUAAGUACUUAAUUCGUUCCGGAGGUCCGUUCUUAACCUGAAGCACCACUUUAGCUAAUGGGGCCUCCCGCUGCCGCCGCGCCGCUGGAGCACAAUUUCUGUUCUCAUCCUGAAGCAAAGUUCUUAACCCGAGGUACUAUUUCUGGGUUAGCGGAGUCUGUAACCUGUAGCGUAUGUAACCUGAAGCGUAUGUAAACCGAGGUACCACUGUAAUGGCUGUUAGCCAGGACACUGCCUGCACACUGAUGGUACAGAAAUUCAGUUUCUGGAAACCACAGGAGAGAAGGGGGUUCUUGUGCUCCAAUCCUGCUUGCUAUUUUCCCACAGGCAUCUGGUUGGCCACUGUGAGAUGAGGAUGCUGGACUAGAUGAGUCUCCUUUGGCCUUAUCCUUCAAGCUCUUCCUUUGUUCUUAUGAAGUAUGAAACCUACAAGAUCCAUUGGAAAGCACUGGGUUGUAGCCACUGUUGGACCAAAGUUAGCACAGUCUAUCCAUUGGACUUUAAGGGUUAACCCAAGAUGUUCAAUCCUGCCCAUACUUCAGAGAGUCUCACUGAGGCAGAGUGAAAUGUUAUUUUCCCAGUGCAAGUAGGAACUGCUUCGUAGGCCCCACAUGCACAUUUAAAGUAUGAUCCUGCUUUAAAGAGUCAUGGCUUCUCUCAAAGAACCCUGGGAACUGUAGCUUGUUUAAGAUGCAGCAAUUUGUACUUCCCUCCCAGAGCUACAACUCCCACAGUUCCUCAUGAGGAGAGAUUGAUUGAGAAGACAUUCUGUGAAUAUUGUAGCUCUGUGAGGGGAAUAUGGGGGGGGGAGAUCCUAACAUCACCCUGAACAAACUACAGCUCCUAGGAUUCUUUAGAGGAAGCCGCAAAAGUGAUAUGAUGCAGGUUCGAAUGUAUAGUGGGGCCUUAGUCAGAAAAGCCCUCACCCCCCUCAGUUUGAGAAUUAACUUCGAAUCCUGAUUUAAUCUGGUGGGCCCAGCCAGUUCACAGAGACACUGCCCCUUCCUAACCAGUUUUCUCGAUCCCACUCCCCUGCUUUUCCUUCUUCUUGGGUCCAAUAAGAUCGUAACUUCCAUUGUUGCUAAAAGGUACAGCAUACCUCGGGUUACAUACGCUUCAGGUUACAGACUCCGUUAACCCAGAAAUAUUGCUUCAGGUUAAGAACUUUGCUUCAGGAUGAGAACAGAAAUUGUGCUCCGGUGGCGCGGCAGCAGCAGGAGGCCCCAUUAGCUAAAGUGGUGCUUCAGGUUAAGAACUGUUUCAGGUUAAGUAUGGACCUCCGGAACAAAUUGAGUACUUAACCCGAGGUACCACUGUAUUUGGUUUGACUAGGCCUUUUUGUAUAGCUUUCGCUCCUCAACUUUCUGUGUUCCUUCCUGGUAAAAACAAACAAGCCUCAAGUUGAACAGACAGGCAGUUUUAAAAAUGAAUGAAUCAGAAUUAGUUUGAGGGAGGGAGGCUUGGAGCUGGGAUGCCUUAUGGUCCAUGGGAAACUUCUUUCUUUGCAGACAGAUUCCCCCCUCCUGAAUUCACGCUUUCUCUUGUCCCGUGAUGGACCUUUUGAUUUCUGUGUCAGAUUGGCAGUGGGCUUAUCCAUCGUAAGGUGGGAAUAGGGACUCCCCCCGCUCUGAGAAAAGGGCAGAAUGAAAUGGACUGUGAGGCUUUUUUUAAGGGGGGGAGAGAGUGUGCGAUGUGUGGGGGUGCGUGUGCGUGGCAUCUGUCCCUGGGGUGGCAGAUGGUGAGCUGGAGGCUGUGAAAGAAAAACGGUGAACCUCUUGAAUUGAUUGCGGGUUAAAGGUCAGCAAAACAUCUGCCUGGGGUUGUGUUAGGAGACGGCAUUUCUAUACAGGGAGAGUGUAGGGGAGACAAAACCUGUUGCUGGUAGAAAGGCAGAAAAGCCCCGAAAAACAGUGGAAAUAUUGAAAUAAGAGAACAAAAGGCGGGGAGGGGGGCGGCGUUUUGUCAAACAGGCUCCAGACUGCCAGAGGAUUGUCGCCUCUGUUUCAGUUUUAAUUCAGGAAAAGUAUUGGGCUUUGCCAUUAUGAGUUUCCCUAGAGGUCAAGCAGGCAGUUGCCCAAAGGGGUAGCUAGCAUUCUCACUUAUAAAACUAUGUGGGGGCGGCACAAAGCUGGAGUUGGGGAAAUAUUUCCUCCCUCUCCUAAACCUAGAACUCAUGGGCAUCCAACAAAGCUGUAUGUUGGAAGAUUCAGGACAUGUAAAAGAACGUCCUUCAUCACAUAGUGCAUAGUUAAACUAUAGAACUCACUUGUGCAUUUUGGAUGGCUUUAAAAGAAGAUUAGGCAAAUUCAUGGAGAGGAUAAGGCCACCGAUAGCCACUAGCCACAAUGGCUAUGCUCUGCCUCCAGAGUCAGAGGCAGUAAUGUUUCUGAAUACCAGCUGUUGGAAACCACAGAAGGGGAAGGGUGCUCUUGUGCUCAGGUGCUGCUUUUGGGUUUCCCUUUGGGGCAUUUGGUCAGCUACUGUGAGAACAGGAUGUUGGGCUAGACGGACAAUUGGACGGAUCCAACAGGUCUCUUCUUCGAAAUGAAUUUUAUAGGAGAAUUUGUGAGAAAUGCUGUUGCCUCUUAACUCAGACUGCACAUUUUGGUGAAGUGCAACAGGCACCAGCUAAGAUCUCCCUUGUUUCCAACAAACGCCACCUAAGAAAAGCAGAGAGCCAGUUCCAGGAUGCACCCAGUUUGUUACAGCAGAAAUGUUUGAGAAUCUUGUGGCAUUUUGAAAGACGCAACACGUAUAUUUGUAGAAUCGUGGAAUUGUAGAGUUGGAACCUCCUGUGAUGCAGGAAUCUUAGCUAAAGCAUCCAUGACAGAUGGCCGUCAAACCUCUGCUUAAAAACCUUCAAUGAAGGAGAGUCCACCAUGUUCUGUGGGAGUCCAUUCCACAGCUAGUUCUUCCUGACAUUUAGUCGUAAUCUCCUUUCUUGUAACUUGAAGCCAUUGAGAGUCCUACCCUCCAGAGCAGUAGAAAACAAGCUGGUUCCGUCUUCCAUGGGACAGCCCUUUAUAUAUUUGAAGACGGCUACUAGGUCUUCUCUUAGACUCCUCUUUUCCAGGCUACACAUACCCAGCUCCUUCAACCAUUCCUCAUAAGACUUGGUUUCCAGAUCCCUCAUCAUCUUGGUUACCCUCCUCUGUACAUGUUCCAGCUUGUCAACAUCUUCCUUAAAUUGUGGUGCCCAGAAUUCAGACACAGGUGUGGUCUAACCACAGCAGAAUAAAGCAGCGGGACUAUUCCUUCCCUUGGCCUAUUCUUCAGUUGAUGCAGCCUAGAAUAGCAUUAGCUUAUUUUGCUGCUGCAUCACACUGUUGAGCUUGUGGUCCACUAAGAACCUCUAGAUCCUUUUCAUAUGCACUGCUAGUAGAGUGCACUUUCCUGGGCCAGAGACCAUGUCAUCAAAUGCAUGAAGCACUGUCCACAUAGGUACAAAUUGUGUGUGUGUGUGUGUGUGUGUGUGUGUGUGUGUGUGUGUGUGUCUGUAUCUUGUUUUCUCCUGCUCUGGAGGGUAGAAUCCAAACUAGUGGCUAAAAGUUACAAGAAAGGAGAUUUCAACUAAACACCAGGAAGAACUUUCUGACAAUAAGUGGAACAGAUUCCUUCAGAAGGUGGUGGAUUAUCCCUCUUUCCUUGGAGGUUUUUAAGCAGAGGUUGGACGGCCAUCCGUCAUAGAUGCUUUAGUUCGGAUUCCUGCAUUGCAGGGGGUUGGACUAAAUGACCCCUUGGGGUCCCUUCCAACUCUGCAGUUCUGUGAUUCCAUUCGAUUGGAAGCACCACCAGGCAGAUCAAUUAAUGUGUGCACCUACACACACGCUUUUGCCAAAUUGCACUGCUGCGCUCAGAAAAAUCAGAGCCUCCUUUGCCAACAUGACCAAGGCAACUCUUCUUCCAGUGCCCAACACCGUUGCCUACAGCCUGCACUACAAACUGUGAUGUGUUAGCAGAAAUUAUACACCAAGCUCACUGCACACAGAGCCAGUUUUCAAAAGAAAAGCCCAAAAUUUGGUGAACAGAUUAGAUUAAGCACCUGCAUUUAUGGGUAGUUUUGUUGUGGUAGUUCCAAGAUUGUGCUUUUAAAAGAAAUACUUUGUUGGCAAAGCCCUACGCGGGAAGCUGACGGGUGGGUGCUGUGGCAUUCUUAGAUUAAAUGUCAUGUCCUGAUGUGAUGGGAGGUAAUGGAAGGGCCCCGGAGCCACAAAGAGCUUUGACAGGAUGCGACAGUUUGCCUCCCUGCUCUGCAUACCACCAGAAAGCUUUCUUCAGCCUUGUUUGGACUUCUGAGAAUUGAAGCACCCUCUUCCCACACAGGUUUCCAAGCUUUUAUUUGCAGGCAUUGGGGCCACAGAGAGCUAUGCUUGUUUUUAUAGACACACAACACACAUGCACAUUCUAGGAAUGGUGGGUCAAUGCAACGGUUUAGUUUCCAACGGAAGAUCUUCACCAGGGCAGAUAGAUAUGCCAUGAGCUUAUCUGGUGUUUAUCUGCAGCAGAUCUUCAAUCCACUGGAGGGUUAAGAGCCAACCUCUCCAGCAGAUAAGCAAGAGCCUUUAUCGCAGGGGAACAGGUUGGGAGAUGCUCAGUAAGACAACCAAAUGGAGUCAAGCACUAUUACUCUGGACCAGGGUCAGCAACCUAAGGCCCAUGGGCCAGAAGUGACCCGCAGAGGUCAUUUGACUGGCCCACGAGCCGCCCCCCAACUGCGCUGCCCACUCACGCGCUGCACUAAAGUGGCGCAGUGAGGCAUGGGGACUUGCUUCUAUGGCACUGGAAAUUGCAUCUGCGCAUGUGCAUUCGCGGGCACGCUCGCUCACGCUCACACAUGAUCCAGCCCACAGAGGGAUCUCUACGGGACCAAUCUGGCCCAGGCAAGAUAAACCUUCCUGACCCAUGCUCUGAUCUUUGAGGGUGUCUGAAUGCUUGCCUCGUCCACCCAGAGACCUAGCUACUGUCUUGCCUCCUCCUGUCUGUGGAGGGAUUCACCUCCCCCCCGCCCAACCAAUGCAUUUUAAUUUAAAUGUCUAUAAGGCACAAAUUUCAUUCAGUAGAUCCAGGUGUUAAUUGUUUUCGUUUUAAGCCAAACCGCAUUACAUUCCAGUAGGGAAUGAGGGAGGGGAAUUUUCCCCAAGAAUCAUAGAACUGUAGAGUUGGAAGAGACCACAAGGGUCAUCUAGUCCAACCCCCUGCAAUGCAGCAGUCUUUUCCCCAGUGUAGGGCUCGACCCCAUGACCCAGAGAUUAAGAGUCUCAUUCUCUACCAUCUUAGCUAUCGUCCUAUUUCUUUCUUUGUUUAAUGUAUUUAUAUCUAACAUUUCUCCCUAUUUGGCAUUCAAGGCAGCUUCCAACAUUUUAGAAGUGUCAUUGUAAUAAAUACAAAGCAAUAAAAAUAAACUAGGUAAGAACAAUAAUUAAAACACAUAAAUUAAAACAAAUUUAAAAUCAGCAUUCAAAUAUGGUUUGACCUGAUGACAGCCCAAUACAGAAAAUGGGGAAGAAACAUGUGAUUAAAAAAAAAGUGUGUGGAUGGGAAAGUAGUUUAUUAACCAUCAUAAAUCAGAGAAUAUCAUAUCAUAAAAUUAAAGCUGCUGGAUUGUAAUUGUUGCUAGUCGUACUCGCAGUGUAGAGGGUGGCUUUGCAAGCCUUUACUGUAUUUUUUGUUAUUGUUACUAAGAGAAUCUUUGCCCCCUGGAUCCAUAGUUUGGCUAAGCCCAAACUACAUGGAUUUUGCAAGGAUUUGCACCUCCAAUGAUGUCUAUAGUAUUAUUAUUUUUUAAUUAUUAUUAUUUAUUUAUUGAAUUUAUAUACCGCCCUAUACCUGGAGGUCUCAGAGCAGUUCACAGAACAAGAUCAAAAUAUAUAAAACCACAAAAUAUAUAAUAAAAAUAAAAACAACCACCCAAUAACACCCCCCUACACACACACCAAAAAACCCCCACAUUUUAAAAGGGCAUAGGAUGUCAAUCAAAUCAACCAAAGGCCUGGUUUAAAAAGAUCGUUUUUGCCUGGUACCUAUAGAUGUAUAAUGAAGGCGCCAGGUAAACUUCCCUGGGAGAGCUUUCCACAGAUGGGGAGCCACUGCAGAGAAGUCCCGUUCUCGUGUUGCCACCCUCCAGACCUCUCGGGGAGGAAGCACACAAACAAGGGCCUCAGAAGAUGAUCUCAGGGUCCAGGUAAGCUCAUAUGGAAAGAGGCGGUCCUUGAGGUAUAGCGGUCCUGAGCUGUUUAAGGCUUUAUAAGUCAAAACCAGCACUUUGAAUUGGGCCAGGAAACAAAUUGUUAGCCAGUGCUGUCGGACCAGGAUCGAUGUAAUAUUAUAUGCUCAAACCAUCUUGCUCCAGUGAGCAACCUGGCCGGUGAAUUCUGCACUAGCUGAAGUUUCCGAACCAUCUUCAGAAGUAACCCUACAUAUAAUGCAUUGUGUAAUCUAACCUUGAGGUUACCAGAGCAUAGAUGAAAGAUGUUAGGCUAUCCCUGUGCAGAUGGGGUAUAGUUGGGCCACCAGCCUAAGCUGAUGGAAGGCACUCUGGGCCACUGAGGCCACCUGAACCUUGAGCAACAGCAAAGGAUCCAGCAGUAUCCCCAAGCUACGAACCUGCUCCUUCAGGGGAAGUAUAACCCCAUCAAGAGCAGGCGAUUUCCCACCCAUCUGGUCUAGGGAACCACCCACUAACAGUGCCUCAAUCUUAUCUGGAUUGAGUUUCAGUCUGUUGGCUCUCAUCCAGUCCAUUACCGAGGCAAAGUAUGGUUUUUUCAUUGUUAUUUGUAAAGACAUGAGAGCAUUUCCUGCAAGUGGCUCACAAAUAUGAGGCAAUUUUCCUUACUAGUAAAGUUCGUGGGAAAUGUAGAAGAGAAAAAUUACUCCCAGACGUGGCGCACAGCGUAAUUUGCGAGCACUGCUGGCUGGCUGGCAUACUGCUGCACAGACAACAUCUGUGGAACCGAGUCGGUCCGGAGAGUGUCCGCAGUAAGAUAGUAUCGGCCAAAAAGUUGUUCAAGAAAUGUGACAAGCUUUUGAGACUUCCAGAACUCUUCAUCAGGUGGCCUGCAUUUGUAUAAGAAAGAAGAGCCUGGCUGCUGGAUCAGGCCAGUAGCCCAUGUAGUCCAGCAUCCUGUUCUCACAGGAUCCAACCAGAUGCCCAUUAUGGGAAGCCCACAAGCAGGACCUGAGAACAAGAGCAACUCUCUCCCCUCCUGCAGUUUGCUGCAACUGGUAUUCAGAGGCUUACUGCCUCCAACAGUGGAGGAGAAACCUAAGAGGGUUCCUGUUGGCUCAGGCCUGUGGCCCACCUCGUCCAGCGUCCUCCUCUCAUGGUGGCCAACCAGAUGCCAGAGAAAUGUGCAAGCAGGGCCUGAGCACAAGAGCACUCACCCUCAUGUUGUCUCCAGAAAUUUCUAUUCAAAAGCAUUGUUGCCGCUGACCAUGGGAGCACAGUAUAACCCCCAUGGCUAGUAGUAGUAGUAGUAAUAAUAAUAAUAAUAAUAAUAAUAAAUUUAUUAUUUAUACCCCGCCCAUCUGGCUGGGUCCCCCCAGCCACUCUGGGCGGCUUCCAACAAAACACUAAAAUACAAUAACCUAUUAAACAUUAAAUCUUCCCUAAACAGGGCUGCCUUUAGAUGUCUUAAAAGUUUGGUAGUUAUUUUUCUCUUUGACAACUGGUGGGAGGGCGUUCCACAGGGCGGGCACCACUACCAAGAAGGCCCUCUGCCUGGUUCCCUGUAACUUGGCUUCUCGCAGCGAGGGAACCGCCAGAAGGCCCUCGGUGCUGGACCUCAGUGUCUGGGCAGAACGAUGGAGGUGGUAGUAGUUGUAGUUAUUGCUAGCCUUAUUCUCCUCCAUGAGUCUCUUUAAAUCCAUCCAAGCUGGUGCCUUUCACUGCCUCCUGCAGGAGGGAGUUCCGUAGUUCAGAUGUGCGCUGCAUUAACUUAUUCAAGCAGGAGCUCUGGGGAACUUGUGACCUUCAGCUGUUUUCGUGACUUCUUUUGGUUGGCCCCAAUGCAGACAGAUACCCAGCUGUGGGCUGCUGAAAUAAGGAAGUUUGCUACUUCCCUUAAACAACUCACAAACCUCUCCCACUUCACACACUCUUUAAUGCCAGCGCCAUUCACUUGGGGUGAUUUGCUUCUCCAAUCUGUGCUUAUGAGAAGGAAGAGAGGGAGCCACCGCAGGAAGUGCCAGAGGGUGCAGCUGCUGGUAGCCACACAUGCAGCAGCAGCCCUGCAGCCGCCAUCCUCGGGAUGCCUCCAUUGCUGCCCUGUGCCUCCAUCUCGCUGGUGCCUUUCCCCUGAGCAGCGCCAAAGCAGGCAGCUGAAUUCCCUAACAGAGCAGUGUGUGUGUGUGUGUGUGUGUGUGUGUGUGUGUGUGCGCGUGUGUGUGUGCCCAGCCCCCUGCAGUUCCCCCUUCCCUGCAGCAUUCGGUCCUCUGGAACAGCACAUUGGCUGGUGAGCGGGAGAGCAGCUGCUCUGACCCUCUAAUUAACAUGCGCACCUGCUCCUGGCACCCUUUUGUCUGCCCAGCAGAUGCCCUGCUUUCCUUUUUUCCUCCCCCCUCCCCUUCUUCCCCUCCUCCUUCUCUUUCUGUUAUGCCCACUUUUCACUGGGCCUGGCUCAUGCCAUCUCAUUAACUUGAAAUGUCCUCGGAUUCUCACAAACACAAGGACCCCAAACAAUGGGAGCUUGGGAGUUUGUGGAGCUGGAGGAGGAAGGGGUGGCUGCUGGCUGCCUCCUUCCUUUGCUCUCUCCAUUUGCAUGAAGGACAUUUGGGGGUUUGGUUUCCUUGCUCCCUCUGGAUCAGCUGGUUCUGCUGACCUACUUCCUGCCUUGGUCUCCCACUUGGUGUUUUUGCUGCCCCCCCAGGGUUUUUGUUUUUUUUAAAAUAAUAUUUAUUAAAAUUUCAAAAGAAGAAAAAUCACAUUAAUAGGGUUUUUUAUUGAUAUCAUCUGGACACAUUUUGGCCUCCCAGGUCUUCAAAGUGUUGAAUGUGGACCACCCAAAGCCGAGCAGUUUUGAAGCCCCAUAAUAGCAACAGUGCAAGGACACAGAGGGAGCUGCGCUUGCGUCAAGUCAAACCAUCGUUAUUUCAGCUCAGUCCUUCCAACGCUGACUGGCAGCAGUAUCUCUCAAGGAUCAGGCAGGAAGGCUUUACCAGCCCUCCCUGGAGAUGCUGCAAGGGGCUGAUCCUGUGGAGCCUUGAGCAAUCUUAGGUGGCAAAUGACCAGCAUGGUUCUGGGUGGGUAGAGGAGAUUUUAUCUGGUGCGGGGCAUCUGUUGCCCUCCAGAUGUUGCAGGAUGAUGGCUCCAAAUCAUCACUCCUGGCCAUAGACCACACUGGCUGUGAGGCUAAAUUGGCGGUUACCAGUUUUGCCUGAAAUGCCUCCAGCACCCCACGCGGUGAUCUGUGGGUGGCAGCGGGGAAAGCUCUUGGCACUCACCCUGCAGCUGCCCUAGCAGAAUGGGCUGUGCCUCAAAAGGCUGCCCUUCCAUGUUGUGGCAGUUUUGCUACAUCCCAUCCCCCUGUGUAAAGUGCUGCUUAUUCUCCAUGAAUGCAAGAGCAGGCUGGGGCUGAAGCCAGCUGCAGUCCUCUUUGUGCAGGAUGGCAGAGUCGUGGCAAAGUUAGAUGGCGGGUGCAGGGAGUUGAGAACGGUGAGGAGAAGGAGAGAGAGAGAGAGAGGAGGGAACUUUCCCUCCCUCUCUCUUUCCAGAAUCCAGACACAGGGCGCUUCUUAAUAAUAAUCGCCAUCAUUGUAAUCAAAGGGAUAUUCCCAAGACAGCCCCUGUCAACACCUGGCUAGCACAAACCCACCUGUCUCCUGGCCCUUUGUUCGGGCAUCUGUGGCACAGGAUGGGCCUUCAUUUGCCGCCUUUGAACUCUUUGGGUUGACAUGUAACCAGCCUUGCGGAAAAAAAGGAAAAGAAAGAGGGGAAUUAUGGUACACAGGACACCUUUUCUCUGUUUUCUCCCUACCAUACAGGCAGAGUUUCACUUGCAAAGGGCCAUGUUCAGCCUCUGAACCAGAAUUGGCUUCUAUGUCCUGAAUCCGGUGGAUUUAUUUAUUAUCUUUUUAUUGCAUUUUUAUCCCACCUUCUUCGCUUCAAGGGGCUCAAGCUGGUGUACGUGGGUCUCCUCCUCCCUAUUUUAUCCUCACAACAGUCCUGAGGGGCCUGACCCUCCCCUCCAUCUUCUUAAGUUGUGGGGUGUUAGGCUAAAGCUGAGAGAGGAGCCCACAGUGUUCCUGCCAUGUUGUCCAUUGUUCUCUUGGGACAAGGGAGCCGUCUAUAACAGCCCUGUAGUGUAGUUCUGUUAUGCCAGCAUUGCAGGUAGGAAUGCUAUGUUUCAAAGAGAGUUGCUCAGAACAGCCCAGCAGUGUAGUCCACAUUUAAGUGUUCCAGGCCAGAGGCAGGAAUAUUAAAUUGCCCCAUUCAGACCAAACCAAGCAUUUGAAUUGCUUGGAGAGGCCUCGUACUGGUGGUGAUGGUGGUUGUUUAAUUCAAUUUAUACCCUGUCCUUCCUCCCUAAGCAGCCCAGGGUGGCAAACAGAUAAACCAUUUAAAACCAAAGCAAAAGCAUUCUAAAAACAACUCCAGUUAAAAAACAUUCUUCCAUCCUAUUAGCAUGAGGCUUCCUGGAGCAGCUGUCUUCCGCCUCCUAAGGGCUGGGGUAAGCAGGAAUGUUUUCAAUUUCCUCCUGAAAAGCUUAUAAUAAUGGAGACAGCUGCACCCCACUAGGGCGGGCAUUCUGCAGCUGGGGAGCCAUCACUGAAAAGGCCCAGUCACAGGUCAGCACCAACUAAGCAGCUCCCAACAAGCCUUCACUAGACAAUCGCAGGGUCCGAGGUGGUUGGUACUUGGGAAGGUGCUUGCACACAGACUGGAUGCUCUUUUAAAAAAGCAUUCGGAACUUAAAAUAAAUCUUUUUUUUUGCACAUGAUGUAAUGCCCACGUUAGAGAUGGGGGCUCUGGAGUGUUUCUCCAUCCUCCCACCCACACCAGGGAUAAUGCUGCAAUGGUUAUAUUGCAGGGCUGUUUUUGACUCUCCAGAAUUCCAGCCCACAUCACCACUGCAGCCCUCUGCAGGAAAAGAAACUGCCACCUUUUUGCUAGUCUAUCCUUAAAAUACCUUCCUUUCACCCAAAGCACUGAAACUUGAGGCCGCAAGAAAUAUUCAAGCUGCACAGGAUUUUGCUGCUGAAAGACUUUCUCCUAGUUUAAAAUAAUGAUUGUAGCUUUCUGGAAUCUCAGAGCAUCUUUUUCCAUGGAAUACUCACAUCUGCAAAUCCGCCUCUUUCUCUGGCCCAUAUGUGUUUGUGUCACAUGCUGCCUUGUUUUGUUUAGGGUCUCUCUCUUUUAUUAACGAGCUGGCCCUUUUGGCUUCUGGUAACAGAUGGCUCUGCCAGUGACCACUUGAUGGAUGGGUGUGUUUGCUGCUAGGAUGUCUCUAUUUUUUUGAAAGAAAGAGAGAAAAUAAAAAUGGAAGCGCUUUCACACUUAGAUAAUCUGGCAUAUGUUGCAUUUGGGGGGGGGGAGCCUUCUUUCCUGCCUUUUUAGCUGUAGGUAACAACUUUUGGAAGGGAGCUUAUAGUUGAAGAGAACGGCGAAGCAGUUGUCUCGAAGGUUGUGCACCCAAUAGGGGUGGGGGCUGCUUCACCUGUUGACAAGCGCAGAGUGGGCCCCUCGCUCUUUGACUUCCAUUGCGUAAGAACGUAAGAACGGCCUGCUGGAUCAGGACAAUGGCCCAUCUAGUCCAGCAGCAAAAAAGGGUGUGAUUUCUCAGGGAUGGCUCUUUGAUCUUUGGAGCUGCCUCUUUGAAGGCUGGGAGAUUUAUAGCUCCCUUGGUGGCUCUGGGAGGAGUUGGGGCAGGUGGUUCGUGGGCAUUGGGGGGGAGUGUGUGGCCAGGGUGUGAAAGGGGUGCCUAAGGUGCAUGUGAAAAAAGGGUUCCCAUGGGCUGUGGAAGGCUUGGACAGUUGAUGGAUUGCUUGUGAUUCUCCAGCUCAGGUCUUUGCAGGAGCUGAGGGUAGUUUGUGAUUUAAAAACCCAGGGGAUUGAGUUUCACUUCUGUGGGAAGCCUGCCUUUAUCUUGUGCAGUGACCCCUGUCUCUUGUCAUAACAUCAGAACCCAGGAGUCAUUCAGUGAAAUUGAUUUGCAGCAAGUCUGGGGGCAAGUGCAAAUUGUGAGAUGGCUGCUUUCCGCAGGACAUAAGGGCCAGUAGUUGUUAAAAGGGGGCUGGACAAAAUUCAAGGAGGGGGACACAUUUAUUCACGGCUAUGAGGUAUGACAGCUCAGUGGAACCUCCACAUUCCAAGGUAGUCUACCUCCAAGUAUCAGUUACUGGGCCGGUGGGAAGCAAAGAAGCCUGUUGAGUUUCUGCCCUGUCUGAGGACUCCCUAGAAGCAUCUGUCUAGCCACUGUGGAGACGAGAAGCAGGGGGCUUUUAAUGGAAUCUGGCAGGGCUGUUAAGAAUUUACAGCCUUGAGGCCCUGCCCUCCUUCUUUCUUCUUCUUGUGUCCCCAGUAACAGUUUAUUCAGCUGUUUUUAAAUGUGUUGCUUCCCACCUAGAACCUUUUGAAUGGGAUGGGCUAUAAAUCCAAGAGAAACCCACAAAUGUGUGACAAGAGGUAACAAAAAGCCUGUUGUGGCCCUGUGGAAUAUACAGGUUACCUGUCCUGUCCUGGAAAUGAGAGGACAUUUUUUUCAGGUGGCAGGGGUCAAUUGCAGACAUGGGCUGCAGGAGGUGAUAGUUUGGGGGCACAACCCCUUCCUCUUCAUGCAGAAUGCUGGGAGGGGUUGAAUCAGCCCCACCAACCAGUUGCCCUGAGCAUUGUAUGGAUUGCUGAGGUACCUGAAACAUGUUGGGAAAAGUCUCCUGGAAGACCUCCUACUACCAGUUGAGUAUUCAUUGCUAGAUUCUGGAUAUGGCCAAAGGGCCCCCCCCCAGCACCCUGUGCUCACAGUGGGUGUCCAAAUGCCUAUUAUGGGAAGCCCACAGGCAAGACCUGAGCACACAGCAACUCUCCCCACUUGUGAUUCUCAACAACUGGUAUUCAGAGCUAGACUGCUCCUGGGGAUGGAGGUUCUGCUCUUAUGGUAGACCUCUUAUGGUAGACCUUCACGUUGGCUAACCAGAUGCCCCAAUGGGAAGCAGUGUUAGAUAUAUGUUAGGCACCAAUGGUCACCUUAAACCUAGUUUGUGGUCACUACAAUGGAGUGCCUUACUUGUCAGAGAGUUGGACUAGAUGUCCCUCGGGGUCCCUUCCAACACUACAACUCUACAAUUCUAUGAUCUCAGCUACAUUGCUUGACUAUAGCUUGCUCUACAACAAUUCCUUUGUCCCAGUAUACAAGGAGAAACACAACACAGCAGAAAUGGUAUUAACUAUGGCCUAAGGCAAAGGUUUUUAAAUUGUGGUUGCCAACCUUGCACCCAGAAAUCUCCACAUAGUUGCAAUUGGACCUGCGCCAGUAGCAAAAUGCACCUUGGGAAUUUUAAACACUGAUGUGUUCUGAGUGCAACUGCAGUCUCCUCUCCUGUGGUUGGCAUUCAGAGGCAAUGGAGGUGCAAUGUAUCCAUCGAGGGUUGCUGUUUUGGGUAAAUGCUGCCAUGCCACCACCCUCCUUAGUCCUGAUGUGUCCCCUUCUUCCUCACUCUAGGUGCCCCAGCUCUCAUGUGGGCAGCCGGUGCCACCUGCAGAACCCGUGUCUCAGCUACCCCUGCAAGAAUGCGGGCACCUGCCAGCCCAUCGUCCGUGGCAACGUGGCCGAGUAUACCUGUGCCUGCCACCUAGGCUACACUGACAAGCUGUGCCUUACUCCUGAGGAGAACGCGUGCCUCAGCAGCCCCUGCCACAAUGGAGGGAGCUGUGACCUUGUCACGCUGACGGAAUACAAGUGCCGCUGCCCUCCAGGAUGGUCAGGUAAGCGGGCAGCAAGUCUUUGAGCACCAGCAAUCCCAGGUUAUUAUCAGUCCCAAAUCAGUUGAGCUGCAGAAUGUUUCUCUAAAGGAAGCUUGUGUUCUGUGUUUGCCCCUUUCCUAGGCAAAACGUGCCAGCAGGCAGACCCUUGCGCCUCCAACCCUUGUGCCAACAGUGGGCAGUGUGUGCCCUUCGAAUCGACCUAUGUGUGCAAGUGCCCAUCAGGCUUCCAUGGGGCCACGUGCAAGGAGGACACCAACGAGUGCAGCCGCUCCCCCGCCAUCUGCAAGAACGGCGGCACCUGCGUCAACGAGGUGGGCUCCUACCAGUGCCACUGCAGGCAGGCCUACACAGGACAGAACUGCGAGCACCUUUACGUCCCCUGCAACCCCUCGCCUUGCCAGAAUGGAGGCACCUGCCGGCAGACCGGAGACACCACCUACGAGUGCACCUGCCUGCCAGGUAUGGAUGGGGGCACUGCCUGGUUCUUGCUGGCUGCUUGAAGCUGCCUUUUCUCCUUGGCUUCUAGUGGCCGCGAGCCCUUGGUGGGAGUGGGUACGUAGGAAGCUGCCCUCUGCUGAGCCAGAGAAUGGGGCUCCCACUGAGCUCCAGCCCUUCACCAGGGUGUUUGUGGAGAGGAGUUUCUAGUCCUCAAGAGUUCUGAACCAAAGCGCUGAAUUAAAUGGAAAUACAGGAAGCUGCCCAAUGCUGAGACAUUGGUCCAACCAGCUCAGCAUUGUCUACACUAAUAGCAGCUCUUCAGGGUUUCAGGCAGGGAGCAAUUCCUGCCCUACCUGGUUAAUUCAGACCUUUGUUUAGAACCAUGAGGGCCAGAAUCCUCUAUUAUUUUGGGGUGAGGGCUGUAGCUCAGUGCUCUGCAUGCAGAAGGUCCCAGGUUCAAACCCCAGUACAAUCUCCUUACCUUGGACCCUAGAGAGCUGCCACUCAGUGCGAAGGAUAUAAAGCUAGAAUAUUCCAAUUGCCCAACUGCUAUAUGACAGCUCUUUAUGCCCUAUGCAAACCACCUGGACCCAGAGCAAAGAGGGGCUUCUUUGCUCCCUCCAGCAAACUACCCACUAGCAACCUGGCUACUAGUGGUCCUGUCCUGUGGCACCCAGGCUUGACAUCUGCAGCUAGAGGUCCCUUAGAUAGGUUUCCUCCCCACCCAAAGUGCUGCUCAGUAUCAGUGCAGUCCGUUUCCCAGGCAGCAAUCAGAUCCUUCCGUGUACCCAGGAGGGGCAGAGAGGGGUCAGUUAUCGCAACAGGAGUGUGCUGCUGCCGGGCUCUUCAAAAACAAAGCCCUCUUCCCCUGUUGUUGUUUUUUCCAUCCCAACUGCCUGCUAACUUUAUCUAAGACCCCUAUUGCUGCUGCUGCUGCUGCUGUUAAUGUGCUGCUUUGAGUUUGAAAGCAUUGGUGCCUCUCCAGCUGAUUAAUUGCUUGGGACAGGCUCAAAAGGAGUUGCGAAGUGUCUUUGCUGCCUGAUCCUGAGAUUGGUCAAUUGGGCUUCUUUGAAAGAUUAAUCAGUUUGGAGAGGCACAAGUUCAAAAAGUAACAAAGAAGAACGAAUCAGGCUUCCUCUUAUCCUAGCUGCCCUACUUUUUUAGCAUUCACAAAUGACUAAUUUUUCCUUUUUUUUCUUUUUGUCUGACCUGCUGCCUAUUCUUUGCAUUUCUUUUUUUUUUUUAACACCCAGUCCUCUUUCUGUGCCUCUUAACAGCAGCCAGAGAGGCAACAAUUUAAGAGCUUUGUGGCGAGUCAGACAUUGGUCCAUCUAGCUCCAUAUUGCCCAUACUGACUGGCAGCAGCAGUGACUCCAGGAUUUCAGGCAGGGGACAUUAUUUUUCCUCCAAUCACGGCAUCUUCAUGACAAGAAUAACUUCUCUGAGCUGUAGCUCAGUGGUAGAAUACCUGCUUUGCAUGCAGAAGGUGCCAGGUUCAAUCCCCAAUUGGCAUCUCCAGGCAAGGGCGGGGAAAGACUCCUCUUGAAGCUUUGGAGUGCCACUGCCAUCUGUGUAGACAGUAUGGAGCUAGAUGGCUUUUUGGUCUGACUUGUUCCUGUUUUAUUCAGAAUUUUAACUUUAUUUUUAGGGAGAGGGCUGCUUUUUUGUGCAGAAGGCCCCAAAUCCAACCCCCAGGAGCAUCUCCAGGAGACUCCCCAUGUGAAAACCUAGACUGCCACUAUCAUCCAGUGUAGGAAGGUCCUGGACGGAAUGGGCCAUUUGUCGUUACUCAUUAAAAGGCAGCUUCUAUUGUACAUAUAGGAAGUAGGAGUUUGCUAAAACAAAACAAAACACACAAAAAACCCUUGCAGCCCGCAGUCAAAACAGCUGUUGCUUCACUUCUAGGUGUGUGUGUGUGUGUGUGUGUGUGUGUGUGUGUGUCUUUUUGCAGAACCUGCUUCUCCAGCUCCUUCACUGUAUACUCUCAAGUAUAUUGCUUUCACCCUGAGUUGAGGACACAGGGUGGCAGCUGGAGAAAUCAGUGUCAAUGAAGAGCAGAGAAGGAGGGUUCCUUGAUCAAACAAGAUCCUGCCUUUUCCCUCCUCUUCUAUUUUUGAGGGUGGGAGAUCCUUUCUGUGUGGAAACGAGCAAGGCUCUGGGUCCAUUGCUGUGUCUGGGUCCAUUGCUGUGCCUUCAGACUUUGUUGGAGCUGGUUUCUUGGGAGGAGGCAGAGUAUGCAUCCAAAUGCCGGCCGGCUGGGAAAUCACAAAAGGGGGAGAGCGCUGCUGCUGCUCUUGUGCCCGAGUCCUUCUUGUGUUCUUUCCUUCGAGGGUAUCUGGUUGGCCACGGGGAGAACAGAAGUCUGGGCGAGGUGCACCAUUGGCCAGCCCCAGCCCCAGCAGGGCUCUUCUUAGGUUCCUGUCGCAGAAAUGGACCCCUUGUUUCGGGCUGCAAAUGUCAGGAUGCUAGGAGGACUUCCUUGCGCAUGGGGUGGGGGGGGAGAGAGAGAGAGAGAGAGAGAGAGAGAGCGGCAGGAGCAGGAAGAGAAAAGCAGGUUACAUCAUGGACGGCACAGGGAGCUAAAAGGAGGUGAAGCGGGCAGGGCCCUUCCGCUAUAAAACCCUGUGGUUGGCGGAGUCUGUGUGGCACCAGUCCCAUUCUCUACCCCCACCCCCAAUUGCAGUGCAGUUCCUUCCUUUCUGGGCCCUGUUUUCCUGCUGUGCUGAAUGGAAGGACACCAGGCGAUGGAGCCUCCUGCACUGGAAUCUCCCACACACUUCGUAUUGCAUUCUCUCCCCACAAUUAUUAUACAGCUCCUCUCUUGUGAGCUUAGGUAGAAACAAGUUGCUGUGGCCAGAUGCUCACACAGCUUUUCUGCAAAGUCUUGUACCCGGGGGCUCGCUACUCUGGCUUCUCAAUAAAAGUGAACGUAAACAUAGUCUUAUGCAAAUUCAGGCGUGUUGGUUCCUCCAGGGUGCAGCAGUUAAGUUUCUGGAAAAAACCAAACAAAUAGUGAUGCUCCAAGAACAAAUGUGAGUUGAGCCUUUUACCCUCCAGAUUGUUGUUGAACUACAGCUAUCAUCCUCCCAUAGGGAUCAAGAGCUCCUGCUGAGAGAGAAAAAGGGAGAGUCCCAUUAGUAGGGUCACAACAUGUCUGGAGAGCGAGGGGUGGCACCCAGUUCACCGUGUGCUGUAUUUGAACCAGCAAGGUUCAAGCCCCCGGCCCCCCAAGAGAAGAAACAAGCAAGCUUGUGUUCUUUUAGAACGGACUUCUUCAUGCAGCACAUAGUUAUGACUGAGGAACUCACCCCCCACAAGGAGGAGCGAUGGCCAACUAGGAUGGCUUUAAAAUAGGUUUAGACAAAUUCAUAGAGGAGAGUUUACUAGGCACGCUGGCGAUGCUUUGCCUCCAUAUUUGGAAGCAAUAAACGCUUCUGAAUAGCUGUUACUGGAACCUUCAGGAGGGCAGUGUUGCUGUUGUGCUCUGCUUGAGAGUUUCCCAAAAGAGGCACCUGGCUGGUGACUGUCUAUGCUACGCUGGGCCCUCUUUGGCCUGAUCCAGCAGGCUCUUCUUAAGUUCUUAAGCAAGCAUGGAGGCUCCAAAUCCAAUAUAUAAGGUAAUUUUCCAGUAUUAUUUUUUUUUAAUGGGGCACCCAUAUUUUCUGAGACUGGAUGGCAUUUCACAUCAAGUCAGAUUGACAGCAUCUCUUGAGGUUUUCUGGCAGGCUGAGCAAUUUUGAAUCCUCUGCCACUAAGUAACAGAGCCUGCUGUUUCUCUCCCAUUGUCAGAGGGGGCUAAAAACCAGGUCUGACACACAUUUUCUUCCUUUCCCCUUUUUCUUUCCCCACCUUCAAACACCUGGCAGGUUUUGCUGGUCAGAACUGUGAGGAAAAUCUCAACGACUGCCCAGGGAACAACUGCAAGAAUGGAGGGACCUGCGUGGACGGGGUGAACACCUACAACUGUCAGUGCCCCCCUGAAUGGACAGGUAGGGAAUGAAGGCCAAUAUCUUUGGGUGGGGGACUAGGGAAUAGGCGAGGGUUUGGCUCCAGGGAGGGUCAUGGUCAGCGUUUGAAGACUUGCUCAGCUGCACCCUUCCAAUCCAUUCUCUGUUCAUAGGGAGCACCUAAGAUGCCAAGAUUGCAGACCUUUACAGAUUUAUGUUGAAAGUUAUGCAUUAUGAAAUACGCAAUACAGUAGCACCUCAAGUUUAAUGUGCUUCGGGUUGAGCGCGUUCGAGUUGCGCUCCGCGGCAAUCCAGAAGUAACGGAGUGUGUUACUUCCGGGUUUCGUCACUCACGCAUGCACAGACGCUCAAAAUGACGUCAUGCGCAGAAGCGGCAAAACGUGACCUGCAGACACGUCUUACGUUCCGUUUGGGAUGCAAACGGGGCUCCAGAAUGGAUCCCAUUCGCAUCCCAAGGUACCACUGUAUUAGUGUUGUUAUUGCCAUUCUAUUAGCCUUAGCUACAACUAUUAUUGUUGUUGCUCUUGCUACCAUUAAUAAUGUUGCUGGGGCUUAUCCCACAUUACACCUCCUCAAAGCAAGCCUAUUGAAAUUGGUGAAUUUGACUUGCUCAGGUCACCCAAAUUUUAGUAGGUCAGCUCUGCAUAGGACUUAGCUGUAAACAACCCACUCUUACAAUUAUCACGAUUGUUACUGAGGACCUUGCGUUACAUGAGUUAAAUAAGUUUGCUGUCUUUUGACAAUGAGGGCAAAGGUGAUGUCCAACUCAUCUCUUUACUCCGCCCCACUGCGAUUCCUGCCUUGCAGUGGCUGGACUAGAUGACCCCCCCUUGGGCCCCUUCCAACUCUUCAAAUUCUAUGAUUUUGUGAACCUCUUCCAGGCCAGUACUGUGCAGAGGACGUGGAUGAGUGCCAACUGAUCCCCAAUGCUUGCCAGAACGGGGGCACGUGCCACAACACCCAUGGCAGCUACAACUGCGUCUGUGUCAACGGCUGGACAGGCGAGGACUGCAGCGAGAACAUUGACGACUGCGCCAACGCUGCCUGCUUCGUGGGAGCCACCUGCCACGAUCGUGUGGCCUCUUUCUACUGCGAGUGCCCUCAUGGACGGACAGGUGCGGAUCGAGGGAGCUGAAUGCAAGGUCCCAGCUCUCUCCUCUGUUGGUACACGAAACCAGGGGUGCCACUUUGGGGUGGGUGGCCAUGGCACUUUUGAGAGAGGGAGGGUUGGAGCCCCCCUGCAAGCAUUCUUCUCUAAGCACCUGUGCCCGUUUCCUUGCAGGUCUGCUGUGCCACCUCAACGAUGCUUGCAUUAGCAAUCCCUGCAAUGAUGGGUCCAACUGCGACACCAACCCAGUCACUGGGAAGGCCAUCUGCACCUGCCCCUCUGGCUACAUGGGGCCUGCCUGCAACCAGGAUGUGGAUGAAUGCUCGCUUGGUAAGUGGGCACAGGGAGGACGGCAGGGAGAAAAACCAGUGGAAAGGGACCUGCGUAGGCUGUUCUAGCCUGAAACCCAAUGUAAUACAGUCAGCAUACAGGAAAUAAAAAAAGCAUGCCUCACACAAGGACUUCAGAACAAAGUAGCAAAAUGCAAAAUAACAGCAACAACAACUGUAAUCUCGAGUUAGAAUCGUAGAGUUUGAAGGGACCCUCAGGGUCAUCUAGCCCAACCCCCUGCAAUGCUGGAAACCCGGCUGACAGAGUUACUCGCUGAAAAUGCUCUCUCUUGGUUUCAGGUGUUGGUUUUUUCUCACCGAUAGAAAUUUAGCUGCCAUUGAUGCCUUUGUUUAUGUUUUUAUCUUCCAUUAGAUUUUUAACAUAAGGUUGAACUGACCUUGGUCAGCAAAGGGGCCAAAUUUAUUUUGCUGCCAAACUCCAGUUUAGUAAUUGCAGAACAGAUAUACAUUGUUUUGUGGAUUCCAGCUCCUGAUAGUUAACAGGGGCAUAAUACCUUGAAGGAAAGAGGGGAGCCAGCAUACCUGCUGUCCCACAGCACUUGGGAUAUGGAAGGGCAUUGAAUCUGCCCAGGGUUAACACUCUGCAUUAUUUAGCAACAUUUGGACCCCCCAAAAUAGGGAACUAGCUAGAGCAGGUCAUCAUAAGAAAUACUCAAGGAGUACAGUGGAACCCUGAAACCCAGCUCAGGAGACUACAUGCAAACAGAGAGUUUGGGAAAGGACAAGGCCAGGAACCAGAAGGGUGCAGGCUGGGAGGUCCCGAUCCAUGGCCACCAUCCCCAGUCAUGCUCUGUUGCUUCCUUUGGGAGCUACUGCUUCUCUUCACUGUGUUUUUGUGUGUGUGUUCAAUUUGGAUUUGAUUUAAUAUUUGUUUGCUGCUUUCUGGAAGGGGGGGGGGGGAGCACAACGGCAGUGCCAAGCUCAGAGCAUCUCACAACAACAACAACAACCGUGUUACAAAUGAGCAAACAAUAUUUAUUGUAUUGAAAAACUCACGACAGCAUAUAGAUAAAGCAAAGGCGAACACAGGAGUAGUAAAGAAUUAACACAGUUCAGUACAAACUCGGAAGACCAGUAAUGCUGAUUAUGUCUUUUUAAUGGUUCUGAACCCAACAGGUGCCAACCCCUGUGAGCAUGCGGGGAAGUGCCUGAACACAGAGGGCUCCUUCGAAUGCCAGUGCCAGCAAGGCUACUCUGGCCCCCGCUGUGAGAUUGAUGUGAAUGAGUGCUCCUCAAACCCCUGCCAGAACGAUGCCACCUGCCUGGACCAGAUCGGGGUCUUUCACUGCAUUUGCAUGCCAGGUGAGUGCCCAGUUCUACGUACCACCCAGGAGGUAUCCCCAGCAGUGUUCCCUCUAGGUGAACUCCCAGCUCCCUUUAUUAUUCACUUACACACACACACACACACACACACACACACACACCGCCCCGAAGGAGUUCAAGGUGGCAUGCAUGGUUCUUCCUCUGUUCCUUAUUUAAUUCAACAACCCUGUGAGGUUAGGCUUAAGCUAAGAGGCAGUGACUGGCUCCCAAAUUCCUGUCUGGAAAGCUUUGUGGCCAAGUUGGGGGGUGGGGGAUUUUAACCCUGAUCUCUCCCAGGUCCUAGUCAACACUCUUAACUGCAUCAAACCUGACUCUCAACAUAGCCAGUGCCUGUGAAUGAUGCUGGGAGCUGGUAGUCUAGCAGCAGCUGCAGGUCACCACAUUGACAGCCUCUGUUACAACAUAUUUGUAUGUCAGUUUGUGCCUGCACUGUGUGAAGCCUGAUGCCUAGGAGAGAAGUGGCGUCUGGGCAUAUUCUUCUUUGACGUUUGCCACACCUGGACUUCUCCUACCAGUGAAGUAAAGCCAAGCAGCUUGCUUGUUUCCCUGGCAGACCCUCUUAAACUUCCCAAAAGUUUAGGAGGGAAACAAGCAAGCUGCUUUCACCCUAGCCUGGAUACACAGGCUCAGAGCCUUUUUAAAAGUAAUUGCCUUGGUGCACCCCAGAUCCCCUCCCUUCUGGGCUGCAGGAGUAAGUGGGAGGAUGGAAGGUGGCAGCAAUUACCAGAGAGUAAGACCCAUUGGCAACACUGCAGGGCUGUUGUGUUGCAGCUGGUCAAGGAAGGGGGUGGGAGAGCCUCGCUUAGGGGCACACACACACACACACACACACACACACACACACACAUGCAUCACAUCCUGAACAAGAGCAGUCCUGAUAUGUGUUGAUGCACUGCAACAUUUUGCUGCCACCAAACUGCAGGAGAAAGUGGCUAAGCAGAGCCAGGAGUCUCUCCUCCACCAUAAAGCCAAAGGAGGAGCUGGCCUUGCCAAAGGUGGGCUUGAGCCAUUUGCUGCUGGCUCUUUGAGGCUAUAGGUGCUAUAGGUGUGCUGUCCUCUCAGCAUGCAUCAGGGGAGCUCCUUUAGGCUUACCUUUUCUUUCCUUGUCGGGAAACUCCUUUCAGGCUACGAGGGCAUCUACUGCGAGAUCAACACGGACGAGUGCGCCAGCAGCCCCUGCCUGCACAACGGGAACUGUGUGGACAAGAUCAAUGAGUUUGCCUGCGAGUGCCCCAGAGGUACUACUGGAGCGGGGUGGGGUGGGGGUGGAGGGGCAUCGAUCUCUCCGCCUUCAGUGCAAAGCCUUUGUAGUGAGAAUGGAGCUGCAGUUAAUCCACCACCCAGAGGCAAACCUCGCCGGCAGGUUUGAAAUAUGCUCAGAGUGGGCAGCUCGGGGGAAAUUGGAUGCUUCUCCUCUGAUGUCUCUUAAUUCUGGCAGUUCCAAGGGGCUCCACGCCUGCAUUUGAGGUGGAGGAAUGUGGUGUUGAGAAGUGGGUUGCCCUGUCUUUGAAGGAGUGUUUGGGGGGGGGGCCUGCCACUGCUUUUAGCCCUGGUACGUAAAGGAAACCUCUGGGUCCAGAGGUCCAGUUUACCUUUCAGGCAGGGGGUAUCUCCUAGCCUUACCUAAAGAAGCUACCAGAGGCUGAACCCUGGGGUUUUGAACCUUGUGCAUGCAAAGCAGAAGCUCCAUGCCACUGGUGGCUUUUUCCCUUAAAAAAGGAAGUAAGGUUACUAGUCCUCAUGAUUCUAAAUAAAGGGCAGGUUUAAAUAGAAAUCUGCCUUGCACGGACAGAAUUUGCACUGUGUUCAGGACAGAAAGACCCCCCCCCCCCCCACCGCAUCAGAGGUGUUAUGUCUUUGAAUGCCAGUUGCUGGGGGGUGGCUAGCAAGGAAGUGCUAUUGUGCUCAGGGCCCUGGUGUGCACUGGGAAGCUUGGGAAUCACCCAGGCACACUCAUCAUUAGGCAGACAGGACUGGUUCUGUUCUCUGCUCAGUGCCUGCCCUAUGGAGAAACUGAGUUUAUCAUUUGGUGUGUGUGUGGGUGUGUGGGUGUGUGUGUGUGUAAAAUUGCUUUGUCAUUACAAGAUUCCUAACAGCAAAUAUAAUUUAGGGUAAGUAGUUGUGACCACAGGAAAAAACCAAUGACCUCUGUGGAUCCUGUUACCUUUUUAGUGGCUGCAUUCACUCGGUAGUUUAUUUCGCCUUCAUGACGUUUCCUCUGUGUUAUAUUUGAACUUUUGCAUGAGAUGAAAACCAGAGAUAUAGCAGAAUGCAACGGAGGUUUCACUCUCAUUUCUGUGUUAUUUGCAAACAGACAUUUCUUCUGGAAGCAAAUAACAAAGAUACAUGUUAAAACUUGCUCUACAUUCCACUAGAUUUUUAGAGGUGGCUUCUUCGCCAUGUUAAAGCUCAUAUAUAAUGCAGGAAUCAACAGUUAGGGAAACUUCAGGAAAAUGGGAUAAACUGUGCUGAGAUUACAGCCUUCUCUAUAUUCCUGGAAGUGGAUUUACAUUGUGUGAAAGCUCAAAUAUAACAUGGAAACUAGCAGUUGGGGAAAUGUCAGGAAAAGGGAAUAGACCAGGCAUCAGCAGACUUUUUCAGCAGGGAGCCGGUCCACUGUCCCUCAGACCUUGUGGGGUGCUGGACUAUAUUUUGAAGGAAAAAAACGAACGAAUUCCUAUGCCCCACAAAUAACCCAGCGAUGCAUUUUAAAUAAAAGCACACGUUCUACUCAUGUAAAAACACGCUGAUUCCUGGACCAUCUGCAGGCCGCAUUUAGAAGGCAAUUGGGCCAGAUCCGGCCCCUGGGCCUUAGUUUGCCUACCCAUGAAAUAGACUGUCAUGUAAAUUCAGCCGAAGUUAUACCACACCAGCUGCACCACAAGCCUUGGUGCCACUUUUGCAGAGUUAAGAUGCUGAGGGUGGGGGUUAGGGGUUCUGCCCUGUUGAUUAGAAGGGGCUGCUACUUUGGCGGUUGUUUUGCCCUAUUCUGACACCCCCCCUUUUUUUGUGCAACUCAGAACAGCAAAUGCACACACCUCUCCUCUCAGCAUAAAGAGGCCUUCAAGCCAAGCUCUACUUCCUCCUUCAUCUGGGAGACAGAAUGAAAGCGAGGGAGCGAGAAACCGAGGAUCAAUUUAAAUAAUGGCAGGAACAAGAUUUGCACUUAUAAAGGCCCCCCUAGUUGGGGAAUAAGUUGGUGAGGGGGAGCACUGGGAAGCUGGGAGAGGCAGAAUGAGAGGAAGGCUGGAUGGAUUUAAAUGAGGUGUUGCAGUCCACAGGACGAGAGAAUGGGGGAGAGUGCCGGAUAAUCCAUGAAAUGGGGCUUUGGGGGCUUUUUGAAGUCGAGAGGCCGGGCUUUCCUCCUCCUCCUCCUCCACCUCCUCCUCCUCUGUAGAUGUAAAUAAGAUGUUCUCAGGGAGAGCCAGUCCAGCGCCCAUUCAGAACCCCAGGCAGCCGUCUCCAUGGCGAUGGAGAGCGAAGGCCCUGAAAAACUUGAUUUGGGGGCUGAAUGGAGGGGAAGCAGAGCCCCAGGGUACAGAAGGCUGGCACCCCAAGUGUUGACGUGGAAUAGUUGCCACAACAAGCCACAAUUUACUAGCAAGAAGAGGAUUUGAAGGUCCCCCUCCCCUUCAGCGUCUCGUUGGAAGAGUUUCUGUGUGUAUGGAGGGGUGUGUGAAAAACCCACAUUUUCAAGCUCUUUUUUCUUAUCCUGGUUGUAGGGAUAGUUUAGGGGUCCGUGUGUGUGUGUGUGUGUGUGUGUGAGAGAGAGAGAGAGAGAGAGCGCGCGCGCGAGAGAGAGAGCGCUUCACAGUCACACCAUAAAGCACCAUGAUUCCACUUUGAAGAGUCAUGGCUUCCCCCCCAAAGAAACCUGGGAGCUGCUGUUUGUUCAGGGUGCUGUAAGUUCCUAGGAAACCUCUCUAUUUCCUUCAUGAAGCUACAGUUCCCUGAGUUCCCUUUGAAGAGGCACUGAUGGUUAAACUGCUCUAGGAAUUGUAGCUCUGUAAGGGGAAUAUGGGGGGUUGCCUAACAACUCAGUCCCCUGAACAAACUAUAGUUCCCAGGAUUCCUUGGGGGAAAGCUGUGGCUUUUUAAAGUGGCAUCACAGUACUUAAAAUGUAUGGUGGCCAGAGGGUGCCGGGGGUGGGAGAGAGAAGUCAUAUUGGCUUUCUGCAGUGAAGUGGAGCAGAUUUCUACUGCUUCGGUGCUGCAAACUUCCCAGAAACAAAAUGUGUAACUAAGAAGGUGCUGGAGACAGAGAGAGUUGGCUGUCGCUUUCGCACCUGGGCACUGUGCCAAAUGGGGCAACCGAAAAAAGGGGGCAGCCAGGCCCCCAUGACAUGCUUUUUACGCUCUCUAGAGAAGAUUUCCAGAGACAGGACAAGAUCUUGGAAGGGGGAGCAGUGCCCAUCUGUCAGUUUGCAUUUUCACAUUUCUGGACAUUUUUUAAGGGAUUGAGGAUGGGGGGGGGGCGGGAUACAGCUUUACCCUCCAGUUUGUGGGAAAUCACAAGAGUUAUCGUAAUUGUCCACCCCGAACUGGGUCCCCCCGCCCCACUUUGGGGCUGAGGAUGUUUGUGGGAAGGCAGCUGUGAAGUGUAUAAUGACAGCCUAUUCAUCAAGAUAUUUCACAGAAAAGGUUUUUUGGCUUUUAUUCCCAACUCCUCUGACUGUCCCUUGGGUACUCCUUUUUUAAAAUAAAAGUGACUGGGAAAUUCAAGCAGGGUGUCUGGACUGCAUCCUGACCAGAUAAAGAUGUGCACAAAGGGGUCGUCGCCAGCUAAGCCCUACUGAAGAGUAGAACCAUUGAAGUUAGGAAUGCCCAUAAUUUCUAAUAGGUCUAUCUUGAGUAGAACUAAAAUUGAACUUAAGAAGGGCCUGGCUGCUGGAUCAGGCCACUGGCGCCCCUCUAUGCCAGCAUCCUGUUCUCACUUGUGGUCAACCAGAUGCCCGUAUGGGAAGCCUGCAAGCAGGAUCUAAGCACAAGAGCCCUCCCUAUGCCAUGGUUUCCAGCAUCUAGCUCAGUAUUGUGCCCACUGACAGGCAGCCACAACUCUCCAGUGGUUUCAUGCAAGUCAUGUUCCCAGCCCGACCUAGAGAUGCAACCGGGGACUGAACCUGGGACCUUCUGCAUGCAAAGCAGUGACUCUGUCACUAUGCCGCAGCCCUUCUCCUAAAGCCCCUACAGUUUCCCUUUCUGGUCAUCUAGAGGAAUGCCUUACUUGCCACAGGUGACUGGGCAAGAAGAGGCUUCUCACCUGUGGAAGAGGUGGGAGCCAUAUUUGUUCCUUAUCAGCAAGGGAGAGGAGGAGGGUGACCAUUGCAGGGGUCUCGACCAUCCUGAAGUCGGUGCUCAGGCCAAGCUCAGCCUCUUUGUUUCCCCGCAGGUUUCAAUGGCCACCUGUGUCAGUACGACAUUGACGAGUGUGCCAGCACCCCAUGCAAGAAUGGUGCCAAGUGUGUUGAUGGCCCCAAUGCCUACACCUGUGAAUGCACUGAAGGUAAGCAGGGUUGGGGGUGUGGGAUCUCUGACCUCUUCUGGAGGGCAAGGAUUCUGAGACAGGGGCAGCCCACUGCGGAAAGAAUGUAUUUCACUGCACACAAAGGGAUUUGAUUUAUUAGACUUUUCUAUCACUUGGUGCUAAAAGAAAGUCUAAAAGAAAGUCUCUAAUAUGCCUUGAUUGAAAACAAAACCCUUCUGUGCAGCACAAAAAUGCUUAAAACAAAUUGUCAAUAAGAAGAAUAAACAACAAUAAUUGAAGAACUUUUUUAAAGGUUGAAAGCACAAUGAACUAAAGCUUGCAUCAACUUUCCAAAUACCUGGUUAGGCCUGUCUAAACAAAAAUGUUUUCAACAGGUGCCAGAAAGAGUACGGUGAAGGUGGUUGCCUGUUGUCACUAGGCAGGGAGUUCCAAAGUAUACUGCAAAGUAAUGCAAAAUAGCAUAACGUAGUAGAGAAUGUUACACAAUGUUGGAACAAGAAUUGCAAAACAAAACCCACACACCGUAAAGCAUGGACUGAACAUUGUUAACAACAGUGUCAUUAAAAUCGCCCAUAUCCCCAGGACAAUAAGGGCUUUUAUUGGAGGAGGGCUACCUGGAGAUUCCGGGGGCUGUAUACCACAAAGCUCCGACCAUUCCCCUAAAAAUAAAGUAAGAUUCUAGUCCUCAUAGUUCUGAAGAAAUGGCUGAGUUAAAUAGUUACGUUGGGGGUGCCAUAUACUGAGACUGACCCUUGGUGCAUCUAAUUCAGUACUGUUUGCACUGAGUAGUGCCUAAUUUUUCUUUUUCUGCAUUUCAUCAGACAUGAGUCUAACACACACUUUGCUCGUAAAGCCAGGCUACUGCCUAUUCUCUCUCUGUAUGUGUGUGUUUAAAAAAACUCUUAAGUCCUCCUUCUGUGCCUCUGACAGUAGCCUGAGAGGCAGCAGUUUACCAGCCUUCUACUGAUGCCAUGGUCCCUCUAGCUCAAUCUACACUGGCUGGCAGCAGUGGCACUCCAGAGUUUUCAGGCAGGAGAUGAUUCCAGUCAUACCUGGAGAUAUAUGUGGGGAUUGAGCCCAGGGGCCUUUUGCAUGCCAAGCAGAUGCCGCCAUGACACUUCCUCAGAUGUUUCUGAAAGGCCUAGAGGAGUCUCAGUUCGGCUUGCAACCUAGAAAUGCUUUCAGGAGGGGAGGAGCAGCAUCUCUGAUUCUUUACUGGUGCAAUGCCAGGGUCCCUGGCACCGACAACUGGUGGCACCCCCCCCCCCCAAAAAAAUAUUUGGACUCUGCUUCCAUUUCCUCCCUCUCUCCCCCACUCCUCAUGAGUUUUGCUCUGUGCAGCACCUGACACAAUGGAGGCAGCCCCCCCUCACCUUGGCUGAAAGCCAAACAUUGCUGGGGAAGGGGGUGUUGUAUGCCAGCCAUUGGGGACUUUGCCUCUGGUCUCCUCCUUCCUUCUUGGGCCCCUCGCCUCCCCACAAAGGAGAAAGCGGGGACGGAGCAAUACAAAAAACAGGCCAUUUCCAAACCCUCACAUACACAUACACACGGGUUUUUUUUUGGGGGGGGUAGCAGGGGCCGUGCGCACUCGACGAGUGAAACUCAAGUAGGUUUGGGGACAAAGCCGACGCCAUGAGCCGGCAGCAGUGAACAGAGGUGCUUUUGUGGGGGUCCUCCGCUAAAAAUCUUCCAGCUGAACAGUCUCUAAUGAGCAUCUUGGUCUCACCGAUGAAAAGCUGAGAUGUGGAUUUCGUUGAUGGGGGAGGCCUGUGGGGAGGGGGGGAACAGUCAAAGCCUGACUUUGUCUUCCUUCCAACCCCCCUCUUCCUUCCCCCACUCCCAGCUUUUGUCCUCCUCCCUCCUCUGUCUCCCGGCACUUCUCAGUUGCUAUUAUCCCUCCAUACAGGCAGCCGUACAUGCAGCCGUUUGUCCCAACCGAACCCGCACCUCCCCCUCCCGUCCUGGUCCUGCCCUUUUGGAUUCCAUGGCCAGCCUCUCUGAGCUGCAUGCAGACAAAGUGGGGAAAGAGGCUGCCUCUGGGCUCCUGCGAAAGACAGGAAGAAAGGGGUAGUCUGUGCAAGGGGAGCCAUUGUGCGCUCCUGGGGACAAAGCCAGGCUCUCUUUGCAUUCAGUUGGGAGGCAGUAGGGAAGGGGGUGCGGUUCCUUCUCCUUCCUCCGAUCGUUAAGGAACCUCCCCUCCAAAUCCUCUUGCCACGCGCUGUCUUCCCUUUGCAGCCAGGGUCCCCCCUAUCCAUGUCUUGGCCAUGCUGGCUGGCAAAGGGGUUGUUAGCUGCUGGGCUCAAGGGCACUUGGUGUGUGUUUGGUUCAGCUUCUGUGCCCCAGGCUCUCUGUGGGGGCUUCCCCGGGAACUCAUCUGUAUAGGAAGCUGCCUCAUGCUAAGUCAGACCAUGACAUAGGAACAUCAAAUGAGCCUCUUGGAUCUGGCCAUCUAGCAUGCUGUUUGCAGAGUGGCCAACCACAGUGGCCCACAAUCAGGACCUGAGCACAAGAGCAACUCUCCCUUCCUGUGGUUUCAAGCAAAUGGGAUUCAGAAGCAUUGCUGCCUCUGACCGUGGAGGCAGGGUGCAGCCAUCGUGGCUAGUAGCCGCUGAUAAACCUCUUCCUCUUCCUUCUCCAUGAAUCUGUCCAAUCCUCUUUUAAAGCCAUCCAGGUUGGUGGCCGUCACUGCCUCCUGCAGGGGUGAGUUCCGUAGUUUCACUGGCCUCCACUUCCUGCACCAGGCGCUGAUUCCAAACCAGCUUCAAGGUCACAGCAAUGAGAAGAGCCACCUAUGAUUCCUGUAAGGACUGGUCAUACUGGUGUUCUGUGAUCAGGCUCUCCCUUAGAGAGAGGAGGCUCAGAAGUGUCCACAAGAGGCUUUUUGGCUGUGCCUCACCAACCUCUGGAAUGCUUUCUCAAGUGAAACCCACCUGCUGCAGACAUUGACAUCUUUUCAGUGCCUAGUUAAGACUUUCCUCUCCUUGCCUCCUGCCCAGGCUACUCAGCAGUUGAUGGAAUUUGAAAAGUUUUUAAACUUAAUUGCAAGUUGCCUAUGGGUUGCCCUGUGUUGGUUUUUGUUGUUGUUUAUUAGGCUUACAAGUUGCUUUUUUACAAAAAUAACUCAAAGCAGCUUAUAAGGAAAUAGCACAUACAUUAACACCAGCAGAAUGGUAGACUCUUAAGUGCAGACGUGUUUCAUAUCUGGACCUCACAAUUCUGGGGUUUAAUAUUAAUGCACACAUGGACAACACGUCCAAGAGAGUCAAACUAACAAUCAAGCCACUACUGUUCAAUCAAACUGGUGUAGUUUUGCGAUAUAUAUGCAACAUCGAUAGAACAUGGUUAUAGGCUCUGAGGACACCUGGCAACUAGUGGAAUGGUACAUUUGUUUAAAUCUUUGAAGUUAAUUGUAAUUAAAUGGACAUUUGGUGCUUCUGCAGGAUGAGGGUGACAUGGUUUAAUAUUCAUUGUUGCUUCUUGCAUAAAUAAGUGAAAACAAUAACAUAUUUUUUUUGGGGGGGGGAACCCAGUAUAAAACAGAGAUCUGUGUUGGGGUGGCUGACUCCCAAUUUAUUGAUUGACUGAUGGACUGAUUGUCAUGACCUGCUUGGUGUUGUCUCCUCCUCAGGCUUUUCUGGCCCCCAUUGUGAGACUGACAUUAACGAGUGUGACCCAGACCCUUGCCACUAUGGGACCUGCCAAGAUGGCAUUGCCACCUUCACCUGCCUCUGCCAGCCAGGCUACACGGGGCGUCUCUGUGACAUGAACAUCAACGAGUGCCAGAGCCAGCCUUGCAAGAACGGGGGCACCUGCCAGGAUCGGAACAACGCUUAUAACUGCCUCUGCCUCAAAGGGACGACAGGUAAGAGCUCUCAGGGGUGUUCACUGCAGCAGUCUUUUUGUAAAAAAAAUAAAAUUAAAUCCUAAGGGAUGUUUAGGUAAGGCAAAGGCUCAGGACAGACAAAGGAAAGUGCUUCUGCACUCAGCACAUAGAUUAGCUAUGGGAAUUGCUCCCAUUUUCAUAAGGGCCACAUCAUCUCCAUUCUGUACUUGUAAGGAAUUGAUCCAGCACGAUAGCAGCACCUCAUGCCCACUCAGGGAUGUCCCAGUGAGAAGCCCACAAGCAGGAAAUAAGAGCAUAAGAAGAGCCUGCAGGAUCAGGCCAAAGGGUGCCCAUCUAGUCCAGUGUCGUGUUCUUAAAGUGGCUAGCAAGGAGGACAAGAUCCCUUUCCCCUCCUGUGGAUUCCAGCAACUGGUAUUCAGAAGCAUUGCUGCCUCCCAACUGUGGAAGCAGAACAUUGUCUUUAUGGCUUGUGGCCAUCAAUAGCCCUCUCCUCGUAAAUGAAUUUGACUAAUCCUCUUUUAAAGCUAUGCAAGUUGAUGGGCACCACUGCCUUCAUUGGGAGCGAGUUCCACUGAUGACGGAAGAAAUCAAAUCUUCCAUCAUUCAGCUCCACUGGAUACCCACAGAGUUCCAGCGUUAUGAGAGAGGGAGAAAAGCUUUUCUCUAUCCACUUUCUCCAUGCUAUGUGUAAUUUUGCAAAUUUCUACCAUGCCCUCUCUUGCCUUUUCUUUAAACUGAAAAGUCUCAAAUGCUGCAGCCUUCCUCAGGCGAGAGGCUCAAUCAGCCCCUUGUUGCUGUAGUAUCCAGCUUGGGUCCCCCAUCGUUCAGCCCGGACACUGAGAUCCAGCUCCAAGGAUCUUAUUGUGAGAAGUGAGGUUAAGGGAAUCAGGCAGAAGGCCUUCUCAGCAGCCAUGGCCACCCAAUGGAAUGCCCUCCCAGCAGAUGUCAAGGAGAUAAAUACCUGACUUUUAGAAGACAUCUGAAGGCAGCCCUGUAUAGGGAAGUUUUUAAUGUUUGGUGUUUUACUGUGUUUGAUGUUUUAAUCUGUUGGAAGCCACCCAGAGUAGCUAGGCCAACCCAGUCAGAUGGAUGGCAUAGAAAUAAAUUCUUAUUCUUAUUCUUAAGGGCCCAAUUGCGAGGUCAACCUGGAUGACUGCGCCAGCAAUCCGUGUGACUAUGGCAAGUGCAUUGACAAAAUCAAUAGCUACGAGUGCACCUGUGAGCCUGGAUAUGCAGGUGAGGACAGGGGGUGGGAUCAUAGAACCAUAGAAUUGUGGAGUUGAAAGGGACCUAAACCAACAAUGGUUGUGUUGCAGUGCAAUAUAGGGAAGCCAUUCUUGUACUGUAUUGGGUUUUCUUUACAGCUAUGGUGAUUGGUUCUGGGUUGUGACACUGGGCCAGCCUGUGACCUCUUUCUCUUACCCAAACUUCACAGGGAGGAUGUGCAACAUCAACAUUGACGAAUGUGCCAGUAACCCUUGCCACAAUGGAGGCACUUGCAGGGACGGCAUCAACGGCUUCGUUUGCGUCUGCCCAGAGGGCUACCAUGAUCCCAUGUGCCUCUCAGAAGUCAAUGAGUGCAACAGCAACCCCUGCAUUCACGGGAAAUGCAAUGAUGGCCUGAAUGGGUAAGCUUCUGGGGAGGCGGCUCUGGGGCUCUCUGCCUGGCAUGGGGGAGUUCCCUCCGCUGUCUCACAUGGUCAGAUGCAGCCCUUGCCAAGCUGAGAGUAGAGCAAGGUGAGAGGUUCUGGAGUCACUUCCCAGACAGGCAUCUCUCAGGUUCUCAUAGUCACUUGACACCAUGACAACAGGAUCAUCAUCAAUAAUUAUCUAUUGAUUUAUAUGGGGAAAAAACCAUCUAAGCAGUUUCUAUAUAACACAGUAAGACAAUUUUUAAAAAGAGAAAGAGAAAUGUAUGUACAACAUUAAAAACCAAAAAUAUAAAGGAAUAUACAAAGGAAUACAUCAUGGAAGCUACAAAAUGACACUGAGCAGAAGGCUCAGUCUAAGAAAUCGUACCAAGCAUUUUGGCUACAGAAGGAAAUUUCUGAUCGCUAUCCUGCACAUAACGAUAGACAGUGGUUUAGAAGCUCCUUGUUGCAAUUCCAACAUCACAUUUGGUGGAACAUGCUUUUAGUGUGGUCAUCCAAGCAAAGAAAUCAGAUUCCUAAAUGUGGUGAUUUAAUACUCCUGCUAAGUGACUUGAAACCAGACAUCGGGAAACUGGUAUCACUUCAUGAAGCCCAGGCAUCACAUUAAGAAUUUGCUGCACAGUGAAGGAGUUACUAUGACUCUUGCUAAAUGACUUUCAGAUGUUGAAAAGCUGGCAUCCCUGCAUCAAGUUCCAUCAAUUUUGUUGAAUUAAUUAAACUCAAUAGUUUUAAUUGGAUUUUGAAUAAAUGUGCAAUUAAUCGUUACUGUUUUGAAUUUUAUUCUGCUGUUACCUUCCUUAGUGAGUUGUGAAAACCACUCUUCUGAAUAAUGCUUUUGAUAGGUUAGGGGGCUGUGGGGAUGAGUUGAUGGAGCCAAGGGCACGGUGGCCCAACAAAAUUUUGGGAACCACCGCUCUGUGUCUAGGGACAAUCUACCUCUGAAUAACCAAUGAUGGGGAACAACAACUGGAGAGUGUUCUUGUGCUCAGGUCCUAUUGAAGCAUCUGGUUGGCCACCAUGAGAACAGGAUGCUGGGCUAGAUGGUCCACUGGCUUGAUCCAUCAGGCUCUUCUAAUGUUCUUUGAGUCUACUCUGAAUCAUUCUUGGUUUUGCAUUAUCCUCCAAGCAUCUGUAAUAGAUGUGGUCUUCCUGUGACUGCAUGGAAUCUGUGGGGUCAGAGGCAAGUUGCCCCUGAACGCCAGUUUCUAGGAAUCACAAGUGGGGCUGUUGCAUUCAAGUCCUGCUUGCCAAAUAGUGGCAUCUGGUUGGUCAAGUUUGGGAACAAGAUGGCAGGACUAGAUGGGGCAUUGGCCUGACCAAAUAGGCUCUUCUUAUGUUCCUAUAACAGCCGCCAUACACCAAGGAAAAGAGAGUGCAGAGAGGUUUUGGGAAGUGUCCCAGCUUAGUAGAACAGCAGAUGUUUCCCAGGCAGAAAGUCCAAUAGGGCUGGGACUGUCCACUGCGUGAAACUCUGGGGAGCCACUGCCAGCCAGUGUAGAGAAUGCUAAGGUAGAUGGGCCAAGAGUUUGGCAGCUUCCUGUCUUUGUUUGCCAGUUUGAUGUCAGUUGCUAAGAAUCACAUGCAGGGAGGUGGCUAAUACAUUCAGGUCCUCCUUUUGUGGGCUUCUGUGAGAAGAUGAUGCUGGACUAGAUGUGGCCUCCUUGGCCUGAUCCAGCUGUUGCGGGACCCUUCUGAGGUUCUUAGAACUGUAUACAUGCACAGUGUCUGAAAGGAACAGGGCACCCAGGGGUGGCAGGAUGGCAGCUGCUUUGAGCAGCAGACAUUUGGAACCAAAGAUUACAAGAUGGAUUACAAGAUGGGUCUCUGUUGGGGGGUGGCUGCUGCAGACCCACAGUCUGCACCAGCCCUUUCAAUUGCCAACUUGGUGCCCGCCAGAUUCUUUGGACCACAAUUCACAAGUCAGGAGCAGGAAUUGUGUCAUCCAAAACAUCUGGAAGCCUCCACGUUGGUCUUCACACAUGCUCAGGCACAUGCUCAUGUGCGUUCUGCUUCUUAACGACAGCUACAAGUGCGAUUGUGACCCAGGCUGGAGCGGGACAAACUGCGACAUCAACAACAACGAGUGCGAAUCCAACCCUUGUAUGAAUGGUGGCACCUGUAAAGAUAUGACCAGCGGCUACAUCUGCACCUGCCAGGAGGGCUUCAGCGGUAAGAGGUCUGGGGAGAGCGGACAGGGAAUGCUUGCCCUGCCUUGAGCACACCAAGGCCUGUGACUGGCCUGUGGUGUAACAGGUAGUGUCAUUCUAUAGUCCAGUCAAUAGGUGGCACUAGACUUCCUGGUUAUUUCUUGUCCAAUUGCUUCCUGGUCCAAUUGCUGGGUGGAGCUUUCUGGUCACUGUUCUUGGGGGUUUUUUUUGAGAGAGAGAAACAACUGAACUGUAUUAAAAGCCAGGAGAAAACAAACCAGAAGGAAGAAAAUUCGAUUAAAUGGAAGGAUGGGGUUUCUUCAGGGGGCGUCGGAGGCUGUAUAAAAUGAGACUGGGGGCCACAGGUUGCUCACUUCCAGGUGCUCCGAAGUUUUUGUAGCCAGUGCUAGUCCUGCUCUAGAGUAAACCCACUGAAAUGAAUGAGCCUGAGUUAGUCAUGGUUAUUAAUUUCAAUGGGUCUGAGAAGGACUAGGACCUUCACCCCUAAGAUCCCAAGGUGAAUUUAAAAUACAAAAUUAAAAGCAGUUUAAACAAAUUGCCUUAAAUGGCUCGGCACCGCAAUACCUCAAGGACCGCUUCUCCCCUUAUAAUCCAUCCCAGACUCUGUGUUCAUCAUCCGAGGCCCGUAGUCGUGUGCUGCCUCCAUGUGAGGUCCAGAGGGUGGCAGCACAAGAAUGGGCCUUCUCUGUCAUGGCUCCCCGUUUGUGGAAUCCUCACCCCUGGGAGAUUUUGCUGGCACCAUCAUCGUAUAUCUUUAGGUGCCAGGUGAAAAUGCCGCUCUUCAACCAGGCUUUUGGCUGAUUAAUAUGCUACAGGCUUUUAAAUGUUUCUGUGGGAUGGGAGGGUAUUGUUUUGCUCUUUCGUUUUACUUAUUUACUUGUUUUUAUCCUGCAUUUUAUUCAGUGAACCACCCUGAGAUCUUAUGAUGAAGGGCAGUAUAUCAAUCAAAUAAAUGAAUUAAUAAAAUUGCAGGUCAGAAGAAUAGGGAGGAUCCUAAACAUAUGCCUCUCAGGUGUGUCAAAUACCAGAGUGAGGAAGAUACGUCAUCAGCAUGCCUGCUGAAAACCUUUCUGUUCCUCCAGACCUAUGCAGGCAAUUAAGAGUACAUCCCCACAAUGGCCUAUGGACGUUUGCUUUAAUUUAUUUUUAUUUUUAACUAGUUUCAAACUUUUAAUGAUUUUAUUAUUUGGUUUUAUGUUUUUAUGCUGUUUAAAACCACUAUAAUCUAUUUUUAGAUACAGCGGCAUAAAAAAGUAUUUUUAUAAAUAAAAGCUGUACAGUGAAGGUACUAGGCACACCUCUGUUGAGGAGAAGUCUCACAGCAUAGGGGCUGCCACAGAGAAGGCUCCCUCCCAGACACCUCCCUCAUUAACUUAUAUGGGAGUGGGAACCACCAAGAGGGCCCCCUUUGCCGACCACAACACCCAAGGAAGGUCUGAAGGGAAGGAGGCUGCCUCUCAGGUAUUUGAGGCUUAAGUUGUUUAGGGUUUCAAAUACUAAUGUGAGCACCUUGAAUUGGGCCUGGAAAUGGACUGGCAACCAGUUAAAGGCUUCAGGGAGGCUGGCUUGGGAAGGAGUCAUGGAGAGAGGAGGCAAGCUUUGGCAGGCUGACCGUGCAUGUGGGUCUCUCGAUCUUCCCAGGUCCCAACUGCCAGACCAACAUCAACGAAUGCGCCUCCAACCCAUGCCUGAACCAAGGGACCUGUAUUGAUGACGUGGCCCGUUACCAGUGCAACUGUCUUCCACCCUACACCGGUAAGAGACCAAACCCUGGAUCAAAAACCUGUAGCCGUGGCAGUCCUCAUGGUUCUGAAGGGCUAGUUUAAUGACAAGCAUAGAAAGCUUCCCAUAGUUUUCUGGGAAGAGGGAUUGAUUAUUAAACCACUCUGGGAAUUGUAGCUCGGGUGUGUGUGUGUGAGCAAAUAGAGGUCUCUCAGACCCCUUAGCAUGCUGCUGUUUCCAGGAUUCUUUGUGGGAAGCCAUGACUGUUAAAAGUGGCAUGGUACUGCUUUAAAUGUAUCUUACAGGUAUGUCUUCCCUCCAAGAACCCUGUAAUUUACUGCACACAAAGCUACAAUUCCCAACACCCUUAACAAGCUACAGUUCCCAGAAUCCUUUUUUUUGGGGGGGGGAGGGUGUCAUAACUGUUUAAAGUGGCAUGGUGCUGCUUUAAACAUGGGGGCAGGUGUGACCUUAGCUUUUGUGCAAAUCCAGAACUCAGGCCAGCAGAAGCACCUAUGUCAAGGUUGUCUGAAGGGCUGCUUGCUCCUGUUUUCUGCCCUGAAAUCAAAACCAGCUGGAAGAGUUUUCUAAACAUAGGAUGCUUCCUCCCGCUUAUCAUUUUCACAUGCUCCUGAGUGGGGAGGGGGGAGGUCAUCUUUUGGUUUGCUGGAACAGGAGGGACUCCUUUCCCACACUCACAUUUUUCAGCACCUUGUUCUGUGAGAAAGCCUUAUAUGAACCAGCUUUUCUUCAAUGAGUCCAUUUUUCACUUAAAAAAAAAAAAUACUGCAAAAAGACUUUUCGCUCAUGUCCCUGGAUACUUUCUUUUGGAAUGAUGGAGGCCUCUCCCACAUCACCUGCAUAGGCAGGUCCAUCAGCUUUGUAAGGGCAGGGAUUUUCUGCUGAGUUGAGUCGUCCUCUGCCCCGUUUCCUGCUUCACAAAACAGCAGCAUCCUGCACACAAUUAGAGGAAGCCAUGACUCCUUUCCUGCCUUGGCCAGUUGCUGUGGAAACAAUCCAGAGAAAAAUGGGGGAGUCAGAGGCCCCCUUCUGGAAAACAGCAAAAGGGUCCUUGGAUGGUAAGGGCCUGACAAGGGAGAUAACGUAAAAUGUGGGGAAUAUUGGCUUCAUAAACAGGAAGACAAUGGGACAGAGGUGUGGAGGAGAGAAAAUACAAGUUAAGUUGAACUUGCACACCCCACACAAAUAGUGUUCCCUUAUUGGGGUCGCCCUGACAGCAUACAGAAGCAUGUGAAAUUUGGGAACGUACCUUUCCAAAACACCCCUUCACAAGGGAUAAGAAAUAAAGUUGUACCUUGGGUUAAGAACUUAAUUCGUUCAGGAGGUCCAUUCUUAACCUGAAACUGUUCUUAACCUGAGGUACCACUUUAGCUAAUGGGGUCUCCCGCUGCCGGGCACAAUUUCUGUUCUCAUCCUGAAGCAAAGUUCUUAACCCAAGGUACUAUUUCUGGGUUAGUGGAGUCUGUAACCUGAAGUGUUUGUAACCCAAGGUACCACUGUAUGUUUCUUCCCCAAGAAGAGAAUCUCUUGGAAAAUCUCUCAAGGCUCCCAGCAAGACCCUGAAGACCCACAGGCCAAAGGGCACAGAAAAGUUUCCAGGAAUGUGUGUUAAUCUGUGUCUCUCUCACACACACGAAAAUUUUGCACAGCAUGUUGCUUCCCCAUGCACACACAGAUCAGCCCAACUCUUAUUGGGCAGCAUGAGAAAAACAUAGCAUGUCCGCGAGAUUUUCAGGGCGAGUACUGGACCAAGAGAAUGUAAGGAGCUUCCUUCUAUAGAGCAAAGACAAUUGGUCUGUCUAGCUCAGGAUUGUCUACACUGGCUGGCAGCAGCAGCCCCAGCACAAGUAGGGACAUAGGAAGGUGCCUUAUGCUGACUUGUUGGUCUGUCUAGCUCAGGAUUCUCUACUUGACUGGCAGCAGUGAUACUAUAGGGUUUCAGGUGGGGAACAUUCCCAGCCUACCUGGUGACGCUGGCAGGAAAUGAAACUGGGACCUCCUGCAUGCGAAACCUGCUGAGCUGCUAUGGCUGUUCCCCUGACCAAAUGUGUGGACUCUCCUCAUCUUUGAUGUCUUUACACUCCAGGGCCGACCUGUCGGGAUGUCCUGGCUCCAUGUGCAGACGGUCCCUGCAAGAACGGUGGCAAGUGCAGAGAAUCUGAAGAUUUUGAGAGCUUCUCUUGUGCCUGCCCUCCAGGGUGGCAAGGUGAGGGAUUGGUUCCCAUUCCAUGGUCUCCAGAGGUGCCCGCAUGCACGUAUGUGGUGGUGAUGGUGGUGGUAGUGCCUGCUUCAUUCACUGCAACAGAAUACAGGGAUGACCUCCAGUUCGGACAGCUUUAGAAAGGGGUUCGGUGAAUUCAUGGAGGAGGAGCAGGAUGCCAAUCACUGCCAGUCACAAUGGCUAUGUAAUUGCCUCCACUGUUGGAGGAAGUAAAUGCCUCCGAAGUUGCUGGGAAUCAUGAGUGGGGAGAGUUGCUGCUGUGGCGCUCAGGCGCUGCUUGUAGGCUUCUCAUUGGGGCAUUUGGUUAGCAGCUGUGAGGACAGGAUGCUGAGCUAGACAGGCCCCUUUUGGCCCAAUCCAGCAGAUCUCUUAUGAAUGGCUUUAAAUGUGGAUUAAACAAAUCAGUGGAGGAAAAGACUGUCUAAGGCCGCUAGCCGCAAUGGCUGUGCUCUGCCUCAGUGGUUGGAGGCAGCAAAGCUUCUGGACACCAGAAGCUGGAAACCAGAGGUAGUGAGAGUUGCUGUUGUGCUCAAAUCCUGCUGGUGGGUUUUUCAUGAUGGACAUCUGGUUGGCCACUGUGAGAACAGGAGGCUAGACUUCGGCAGGAUGCAGCAGCCAGAAUAUUCAGACCUAAUAGACUGAGCCUUCUAUUUCUUAUAAACUAUUGGUUGUAUCCAAGUAAGUCCUCAGAGUAGACGUGCUGAAAUCAGUGGACCUAUGUUAGUCAUUAUCUGGGGCCUGUCACUGCCUUUUAGCCUAGCCUACUUCACAGGGCUGUUCUGAGGAUGAAACGGGGUAGGAGGAAAACCAUGUACACCACCUUGAGCUCCUUGGGAGGAAAAGGUGGAAUAUAUAUGUAAUAAAUAAAUAAGAUUAAAAUAACAUCUGUGUUCAUUAACUUUAGGGGAUAUACUCUUGAGUAAGACUACUGUUAGAUGCAACCAUGUAUCGUUGGUUUUGUUGUUUAUUUUAUUUUUUAAACUUGGACCAAUGCAGAUUAUGUUCUGCUGUGUGCAGGUGGUAAAAUAACUUUUUGAGAGUCUCCCAGGUCUCAGAUAUUGUUAAUUUCCCUCUCCUCCCCCACCCAACUCCCUCAACACUGAGACUGAGAAAAAGAGAGUAUUGCAUCUCUGCUCUAAAUAAUAAAGAUACCCUGAACAGGCCCCAGAUAGCCCCCCCAAAAAAACCCCACCUCCCUCCCUCUUUCUCUCUCUCUCUAGUGGCAGGUUACUUGAUUUAUUGCCUGAAGCGACAACCGCUAAAUAGGUCUUGGUUUGCCUAGGAUGCACCUGCCUUCCUGCAGCCCCUUGCUCUGUGGUUCGCUGUUAAUCUUCUCCCUUUGCUCUCUAUCCCUUCUUUCUUGUUGCUGGUGCCUUUCUGGGCUCAUUUACAAAGAGCCUCUCCUCUCCUCUCCUCUCCUCUCCUCUCCUCUCCUCUCCUCUCCUCUCCUCUUCUCCAAGGACAUCAAUGAUUGUAUUUGGCACUAGUCUCAAUUGUUUUGCAUGUUGUCAGUGAGCUGAUCCCAAAAUGACAGGCAUUCAUGUGGAAUCCCUAGACAGCCCCAGGACAGGCAGGAAACUCAGCCUGAAAGUCUGUCUUAAAAGGGUACACUUCCUCUCUCCCCUUUCCAGCACCUGUUUCUUCUAAUGAUUUUUUUCAACCGUGGUUUACCAUUACACCACAAACCAUGGUUAGUACUGGGGAGCCUGUGCUAUGUCUGCAGCAGGCAGAUAUUAAAAACAUAAGAAGAGCCUGUUUGGUCGGGCCAUUGGCCCAGCUUCCUGUUGCCACAGGGACCAACCUGGUGGUCCAAUGGGAAGCCCACAAGCAGGACAUGAGUGCAACAGCAGGAAUAAUAAUAAUAAUAAUAAUAAUAAUAAUAAUAAUAAUUUAUUAUUUAUACCCCGUCCAUCUGGCUAGGUUUGACAUCUGGUGGGAGGGCAUUCCACAGGGCGGGUGCCACUACCAAGAAGGCCCUCUGCCUGGUUCCCUGUAACUUGGCUUCUCGCAGUGAGGGAACCGCCAGAAGGCCUUCGGCACAGGACCUCAGUGUCCGGGCAGAACGAUGGGGGUGGAGACCCUCCUUCAGGUAUACUGGACCAAGGCCAUUUAGAGCUUUAAAGGUCAGCACCAACACUUUGAAUUGUGCUCAGAAAUGUAAUGGGGGCCAGUGUAGGUCUUUCAAGACCGGUGUUAUAUGGUCUCGGCGGCCACUCCCAGUCACCAGUCUAGCUACCGCAUUCUGGAUUAGUUGUAGUUUCCGGGUCACCUUCAAAGGUUGCCCCACAUAGAGCACAUUGCAGUAGUCCAAGCGAGAGAUAACUAGAGCAUUCACCACUCUGGCGAGACAGUCUGCAGGGAGGUAGGGUCUCAGCCUGCGUACCAGAUGGAGCUUAUAAACAGCUGCCCUGGACACAGAAUUGACCUGCGCCUCCAUGGACAGCUGUGAGUCCAGAAUGACUCCCAGGCUGUGCACCUGGUCCUUCAGGGGCACUGUUACCCCAUUCAGGACCAGGGAGUCCUCCACACCCUGGCACUACUCUGAGGACUUACUUGAAUACAACUGGCACUGUUACAGUUGCCACAUAAUACCCUUUCCAAAUUUGUAAGAGCUCCCAUCUUUCAGUAUGGCGGCACCUACACUUUGGAACUCCUUGCCUAUUGAUGUCAGGCAGGCACUUUCCUUCCUUUACUACCUGCCAAAACCAUUUUGUAUAGGCCAGCCUGUCCAGAUGUUUAGGAAGUCGGUACAAGUUUUAAGCUGUUCUUAAUCUAUUGUUUUCAAUUUUUGUAUGUCGUAAAAUAUCGCUAAUUUUCUUAGUGGCAAUUUUAUUGUUUAAUCUUCAUAAGCCUCAUUUGAGAUAUUAUUUUUUUUAGCAAUCAAACUAUAAAUUUUAUGAAAUAUGUAAAAAAAUAAAUAUCCAUUCAAAUUGCCUUCUCAGGGCAAACCUGUGAGAUCGACAUCAACGAGUGCGUGAAGAGCCCUUGUCGGAAUGGUGCCGCAUGUCAGAAUACGAAUGGUAGCUACUGGUGUGUCUGCAAACCUGGGUUCACAGGCAACACCUGCGAGACGGACGUUGAUGACUGCCAGCCUAGUAAGAGCCUCAAGGAGGCUGGGGAGUGGGUUGCCCUGGGAGACCUGGACCCCAUCUGCACCAUAUAUUGAAAGCACUGCUGCACAUCACUUUAAACAGUCAAGAUUUCCCCCCAAAGAAUUCAGGGAGCUGUAGUUUAUAAAGGAGUGCUGAGAGUUGUUAAGAGGACCCCUCUAUUCCUUCCCAGAGUUACAAUUUCCCAGAGCUCCCUGGGAAGAAGGGUUGAUUGGAACAGAAAAGAACAGGAUGCUGGACUUGAUGGGCCAUUUGGCCUGAUCCUGCAUGCUCUUCUGGUGUUCUUAACAUGAGGUCUUGUGAAAAUUCAUUGACAUAUUGGAAUUGUUCUCAAAUAUAAAUAUUCUGGAAACUCAUUGAGGCUAAUAAGAUCUCUGCUAUGUGAGGAUAUCAUAUACCCUUCGAACAUAAAAUAUUUCUGCUUGGUUAAUGUAAAAGAUGUUCUUCUGGAAAAUGAUCAAGAAAUAGUGUUUAACCUUUUAACUUUUAACUAAGAUUGUAAGCUUAAAAUUCGGGUUGGGGGUUGGAGAAGCCUAUCUCCUGCUAUGUCUGAAAGAAAUGAGAACAUUUGCUCCGCAGUAACUGUGAUAUGCUAACUUACUACAAAAGGCUACAUCUAAGCCAGGAAAACAGGUUUCAUGGGAAAAUGGGCAUUUUCUGUAAUGUUUUGGAAGACUGUUCAGUGAUAAUGUUCAGCUGUGUACAGUUUGCAGCCAUCUGCAGCAGUGUUUCUGUAAGCUUUAUCUUUGAUUUAUUUUGUUUAUUAUUAACUAGAUAAACAAAUAACAGGGCACUGAGUUAUCAAAGGCUGGGGCGAAUUGUGCGUUCAGUUCACACAGAAGGUUUAGGAAAGAAUGUGGGAAGUUUUGCAGAGGCCAAGGCAGCCUCAAAAAAAAUAAUUAAAAAAACCAUCAGCCCCAUGGAAUGAGAGUCCAUCGCUGCCCCUUUCCCCACUACCUCUAGAUCCUUGCCACAACGGCGGGUCCUGCUCCGAUGGCAUCAAUGCCUUUUUCUGUGACUGCCUCGCUGGCUUCCGGGGCCCCAAGUGUGAGGAGGACAUUGACGAGUGUGCCAGCAACCCUUGCAAGAAUGGCGCCAACUGCACGGACUGUGUCAACAGCUACACCUGUACUUGCCCUUCUGGCUUUAGCGGGAUCCACUGCGAGCAUAACACCCCCGACUGCACAGAAAGGUAAUUCAGGAGCCAGAAAUAACGUUGGAACGUCAUUUUUUAAAAAAACAAUGUGCUUGGCUAUAGUCAUGCUCCUGUGUGUGAGUGGGGAUGGUUCAUCCCAAGAGAACCAACAUUCUGCACACCGCAGUGUUGGUAUAAAUCACACCCAUCACUCGCAAAUUUUUAUUUUGCAUAGUCUACUCUGGUGAUGGGCAAGAGGGCUCUGGACCCUAAUCAAAUGGCCUUAGAAUCAUAAAGUCGGAAGGGACCCCAUGGGUCAUCUAGUCCACCCCCCUGCUUUGCAGGAAUCUCAACUAAAGCAUCCAUGACAGAUGGCAAUCCACACUCUGCUUAAAAACCUCUAAUGAAAGACAGUCCACAACCUCCCAAGGGAGUCCGUUCCAAUGUCAAACAGCUCUUACUGUAAGUUCUUCCUUAAUCUCCUUUCUUGUAGCUUGAAGCCAUUGGUUCGAGUCUUGCCCUCCAGAGCAGGAGUAAACAAGCUUGCUGCAUCUUCCAUGUGACAGCCAUUUAUAUAUUGGAAGAGAGCUAUCAUAUCCCCUCUCAAUCUCCUCUUUCCCAGGCUAAACAUAUCCAGCUACUUCAACUGAUCCUCAUAAGGCUUUGAUUGCAGAACCUUUAUAAUCUUGGUUGCCCUCCUCUGCACAUGCUGCAGCUUGUCAACAUUCUUCUUAAAUUGUGGCACCCAAAACUGGACACAAUAUUCCAGAUGUAGUUUGAUCAAGGCAGAAUAAAAAAAGGCAAUGUCUUUUUCUGUGACUGCCUGGUUGGCUUCCGGGGCUGUUACUUCCCUUGAUCUCGAGACUAUACUUCUGUUGAUGCAGCCUAGAAUAGCAUUAGCUUUUUUUGCUGCUGCAUCACAGUGUUGGCUCAAGUGAAGCUUGUGGUCCACCAAGACCCAUAGACCCAUUUCACAUGCACUACUAGUAAGCCAGGUGUUCCCUAUCUUCUCUUUGUGCAGCUAGUUCUUCCUGCCUAAGUGCAGAACCUGCCAUUCAUUCUGCAACUGUUGGCUACUUGUGUACAUUCUUCCUUUGUGAUUUCCUCUUUCUUCCAUUUCUUAUACAUGCCCUUCUUAAAUCUCAGCUUAUCUGUAAGCUCCUUAUGCAGCCACACCAGUGUUUCUUUAGAUACUUCCAACUUUUCUUUCUUGUUUGAAUUUUCUGCAUUUGGAGCUUCAAUAUUUCAUUUAAUAAACUCCCACCCAUCUUGGACUCCCUUCUCUUUUGAGUAUUUCUGACCAUGGGAUCUCCUUAAGCUUUUUGAAAUCAGCCUUCUUAAAGUCCAGAGUGCAUGUCUCACUAUGCUCAGCUUUCCCUUGCCUCUGUGUCAUGAAACUUUCUCUCAAGUUUCCAAAUGCUUCCAAUUCUUUGAUCAGUUCCUCUCUGUUGGUGAGGACCAGGUCCAAGAUAGAUGAUGCACUUGUUACUUCUGCCACCUUCUUGGAAAUGAAAUUGUCAGCGAUGCAGUGGAGGAAUUUGUUGGACCUUACAUUCCUGGCAUUGUUUGAGUUCCAACAGAUAUGGGGUACUUGAAGUCUCCCAUUACUACUUUAUUUCUCCUUUUUGAAUGUUUAGAAAUCUGCUCUAGGAAAGCACCAUCCAAGUCUUCAGUCUGACCUGGUGGUCUAUAGAAAGCCCCCAUAGUAAGAUCAGUAUUGUUUCUCUCUCCUACAGUUUUUACCCGUAUACUCUCAAUAUGCUUUCCAUGCUGCAGGUCAUUGAUUUAUUCACAAGUUUGGACCUCCUUUACAUAUAAUGCUACUCCUCCUCCCUUCCUGUUUGGUCUAUUCCUUUUGAACAGUUUAUGCCCCUCAAUUCCUGCAUUUCAGUCAUGAGUCUCAUCCCACCAGGUUUCAGUAAUGCUUCCCAGGUCAUAUUUGCCAUCCUGCAUUAAAAGCUCCAAUUCGUCUUGUUGGUUUCUCAUGCUUUGCAUUUGUGCAGAGACAACUGGAACCAUGAAUCAUUCCCUCCAGUUGCUUCCUUCCUCUAGUACUUUGCCCUUUAGCAGGGCAAGCACCACCUCAGUUUCUUGUGCACCAAUGAAGCUACUAUCCCCAGUACCAGGUGUUCUUCUGCCACCUGUAAUGCUGCCUGCCCUCCUGCUCAGAAUCUAGUUGAAAGCUCUCCUGAUCAGGUAUGCUAGACUCUUACCAAACACAUUUUUGCCAGCCGCUGUGAGGUACGACCCAGAAUUCCUUCCUCAAAGAAGCAGAGAUGGUGAUCCAAGAAGCCAAACCCUUCCUGAUGACACUACCUGUACAACCAGUGGUUUACUUUCAGUAUUUUCCUCUUUUCCUGGGCCAUGAUCUUCAACAGGAAGAAGUGAUGAAAAGACAACCUGUGCCCCAAGGCUCUUCAGCUUCCUGCCCAGUCUCAUAGUCCCUUGCUAUAUGUUGAAGUUGUGGUCAGCGGGCUUUAUAAGACUUGGCAAGUUCUCUGUCACAUUGCAAAUCUUUGCACCUGGAAGACACCUCUUGGGACAUCCUGUUUCCUCCGAAAACUAUUGCCUCUUGCCACUUACUACCACCAACAGUCUCUUCCUCCUCUGGGGAGUGGCAGGAAUCGUUCUGUACACGGUGCUUUCCAAAAUCGCCUUGGAGUGUUCUAAGGUCUGCAGCUGCUGUUCUUGAGUCUUCCCCUCUCGUCUCUUCGAGCUGAUCUGGAUAUUACUGGAAUAGGUUACAAAGGCCUAUUCCAAACCUUAUGGUUCUAGUACUUCCUCCUCCUCCUCAUCUCAACUUGCCUUCUCCAGACUGCAAUUCCCUUUCUCCCGAGAUCAUUUCCUUGGAAGGUAGCAGGUGGAUUAUCAGCAUACUCAUUCGGGAUCUGAAAGUGUUAGAUCAAGAAUGGAAAAAAAACCUCCCAAGUCCAUCUCCUCCUGUCUAUUCCUCCUAUUGGGGGUGACAGGAAUCAUUAUGUGCACUGUACCUUUCACAGCUACCUUAGUGUAGUCUAAGUUCCGUAACUGCUGUCCUAACUCUUCUGCCCCAGAAUCAGUGUCUUAGGUGAGAGCAUGGAACCGAUUUCGCAGUUCUAAUGACACAGCAUGGUUCCUGACAGUCCUACUUGUGUGCGUCACGUUCCUCCAGGGGUUGGUCUCUUGCCAUGAGCAAUCUUCCUCCUCCCUUGGGGCGCCUGUGUUGCUGUUCUGUCACAGUCCACUCAGCUCUAUCGCGAAAGUCUGCAUCUUGCCCUAUACCUCAAAGUGUUGACUAUUUGGACCUCAGGUUGUUGUACCUUCUCUUCCAGCAAGCCAACCAGUUUGCACUUGCUACAAGUGUAGCUUUGCAAGUUCUCCUGCAGGAAGACAAACAUGGCACAGGUCUUCCUUAACAUUAAUUAUUUACUUUCAUUUAUCUUACUGCAUUUAUAUCCCACCUUUCCUCCAAGGAGCUAAAGUUGGGGUACGUGGUAAUCCUUCAGCCCAUUUUACCUUCCCCAACAACCUUGUGAGAUAGGUUAGAGCUGAGAGAAAGAUCACCCAGUGAGCUUCAUGGCCAAGUGGGGCGGGCAUUUGAACCCUGGUCUCCCAGGUCUGAGUCCAACACUCUAAGCACUACACCAUACUGGAUCUUGCUUUGUUGCCCUCUCUGGCUUCUGAGAUUUCAGCAGACAUUGGCUGUGGACUAACUUUGCAGCUGUAGAAUCAUAAAACUAGAGUUGAAGGCACCCUGAGGGUCAUCUGGUCCAACCCCCUGCAAUACAGGAAUCUCGACUAAGGGUAGAAGCACCCAAAAUGCCAUUUUUCACUCCUCCCCUAAAAACUCAAUAUGUCUGAAACCCUGGACAGCUACUGCUGCUGCUAGUCAGUGUAGGCACUAUUGAGCCAAGUGAACCCAAUGGUCUGACUAGGUAUAAGCAGCUUCCUGUGUAAUUCAGCCCUUCAUUUAAAAUCAUGAGAUCUAGAAUACUAUUUUACAUUUUGGGGAAAGGCCACAGAAAGCCUCAGUGGUAGAGCACGCACUCUGCAUGGAAAGAGUCUUAGGUUCAAUCCCCAAUGGCAACUCUGUCAGGCUGGGUAAACUCCCUGUUUGAAACCCUGGAGAGCCAUUGCUGGUGGCGGUCAGUGUACUCUGUACUGCACUAGACGGACCCAGCAUUCUGGCUUUUGCUAUAAGGCAGCUUCCAACGGAGAGCUUUGAUGGCACAGCCAGUUUCCUUCUGCCCCUCAGCUCCUGCUUCAAUGGGGGCACAUGUGUGGACGGCAUCAACACCUUCACCUGUGUCUGUCCACCUGGCUUCACGGGAAUCUACUGCGAGCACGACAUCAACGAGUGUGACUCCAAACCCUGCCUGAAUGGCGGCACCUGCCAGGAUAGCUACGGCACCUACAAGUGCACUUGUCCUCAGGGCUACACUGGCCUCAGUUGUCAGGUAAGGGGGCCAAGACCCCACUGGAUGCCGAACCAGUUCUGCCUGCAGAGCCUGACCUUGAGUGGGACUUGCCUUUCCCAGUUCAUUUGCUUCUGUUGUUUCACUGGGGGCUUGGGGUGGGUGGGCUCACAGAGUGAGGAGCAAAUGGCUGAAGUGUUGAGGUCAGAGCAGAGAGGCAGCAGCCCUAGUUUGCACCCAGCACAAACUCAUGGUUUGUUUAGCUUGCCAAUGGUUUGUUUGACUGUCUGAACCCCACCUGGCAAACUUAACAGUGGUUCAUUUCACCUGGCAACAAACCAUGAUGUGAAACCAAGGUACACUGCUGGCUUAAGGAUAGUUCAGCAUUCUGUGCAUUCCCCAUCAGCCUUGCUUAACUCUGGUUCUUUGACAACCCCAAAGUCACAUUGCAAGAGCAGCUGGGGAAACCAAGCAUGGUGAAACAAACUGUGGCCUUGCUUGUCUGUGAGAUGAUUUGUGGUUUGCUGAGCCAAACCAUGGCUAACACAACGAAACAUUGCUUAGCCAUGGGAAAGCGUGUUGCUGCACUACAACUCCUGUCAUCAACAUCCAUGGCUAUGCUGGCUGCCAGGAGUUGGAAUCACAUGGCACUUGGAAGGGCUGUUGACUCCCCUCCACCCUGGCAUCUUCAGGGCCGUGUCCUUCAACCAGCUGCGCAAGGUUGAACCCACAAAGCCCCUUCUCCGUACCACCCUACCCUGGCCCUGGUGCUGUUGCACCCACAAACCUUCUGAUUCUUCACCCCCAGAACCUGGUGCGUUGGUGUGACUCCUCACCCUGCAAGAACGGCGGAAAGUGCUGGCAGACAGACAACCUGUACCGCUGCGAGUGCACCAGUGGCUGGACUGGACUCUACUGCGAUGUCCCCAAUGUCUCCUGUGAGGUGGCUGCACGGCAGCAAGGUAAGAAGGCCCCAUCCUGCUUGCUGUGUUCCCCUUCCUCUGUCUUCCCUCUUUGGUCUGUCCUGGGAGCAGACUCUGGCCAGGGCAGGACCCGGUGAGGGGUGGCUGACCCCAGCCAGAUGCAUAGAUUGGUGCUUGGCAUUUCGUUUUGAAGUGGUUCAGUAUUUGAUAGUUGUUGCAGUGAGGUGUUUAUUGGUUUAUAUUUUUUUUAUAUAUUACAGCUAUGUCACACACACACACAGAGACAAAAUCCGAGCUGCUGUAGUUGCAUACAUAAACAGAUUUCUUCCGACUCUUAGGGACCAGCUUACACAAAUUUAAACAACACAGAUAAAAUACAAAAAGCUAAAAACAUAUUUAAAAAAUUGUUUAAAAGCAAAUUAAACUCCCAACGGGGGGGGGGGGGAUAAGAAGCACAUGACAGAUGAUGAUGAUGAUAAUGAGGAUGAACACCAUAUAGAAACACCCAUUCCUUUAAAGAAACAGUUAUUUCCUAAAAGCCUCCUGGAAUAAAAACAGUCUUCACCUGUGGAAGUGUGACAAGGAAGGAGCCAGUCUGGCUUCUCUUGGGAGGGUGUUCCAUGGUCUGGGAGUAAACAUCACUGAGGAGGCGUUCUCCCACACACCCACACCUGUUACUUGUACCUGACCUCCCUCCUAUACCUUUGCAGGCGUCGAGGUGGUGCACCUAUGCAGGAACUCUGGGCUCUGUGUGGACAGGGGCAACACCCACUCUUGCCAGUGCCAGGCCGGCUACACAGGCAGCUACUGCGAGGAGCAGGUGGAUGAGUGCUCCCCCAACCCGUGCCAGAACGGGGCCACCUGCACAGACUACCUAGGGGGCUACUCGUGUGAGGUACGGUUGGUGCUCAGAAGGGAGGUGGCGUGGGGGGGGGCAGUGGACACAGGGUGAACCCUCCUUUACCUGGGUUUGUGCAUUGCCAGCGGAGCUGGGUACAUGUCCUGAGAUGUGGUGGAACAUCAGAACGAAGUACAGGACAUGCCUCCAUCAUAGAUAUUUUCAGAUUGCUGGGUAGUUUACAGCCACCCUGAAAAAAAGCCACUGUCUCCAGAGCAUCUCCUAUGCCAACAAAAGAUCCCAGGUUCACUCCCUGCCAGCACGCCUGGCAAAAGCUAGUUAAAAGAUGGAGGGCUGUCCUUCAUUGGAGGCUUAGAAGCAGAGGUUGGAGGGCCACCUGUCAGGGAUGUUUUAGCUGGGAUUCCUGCACUGCAUGGGGUUGGACUAGAUGAUUCUUGGGGUCCCUUCCAACUCUACAGUCCUAUGAUUCGGCAGUCUGGCUGGGUAGAAGGCAGCACCUUUGCCCCUGCUUGUGCCAGCCUCCAUUUCCAAGUCAAUGUAAUGCAUUUCAGCGGACAGAGGCAGCCUCAUAAGCUCUUGCAUGAUGGAACAUUUGGGCGCUUCCCUUGCAGACUUCAAAGCUAGCUGAAAUCGUAAUGCUACUUCAGAGUGGAGUUCACCUAAACAUCUUUUGGCUUUUCAUAAUGAAAGGCCAAGUAAUGCAAGUAUUUUUUAUUAUGUCUAAGCAGCCUUGAUAAUCGCUUGACCAUGAGCUUCAGAAAUAUUCACAACACACCAUGCCAUGCCCACCCAAAGUCCCCACCCCAGUCUCAGCCCCCAAUUUUUUUCUCCACUUCCCGUGGCAAGAUUGCACAGUUCAGUCUUGGCCAGUCCUUGCGAACCUGACCCUCCAGCGGCUCGUACGCUUGCAGCUCCUGUGACAUUACAGCAGCUCAGGCACUAGCCAUUUUUGGUGGGGUGGGUGAUUUGAGGACGGUACAGUUUGUCUAUUUUUCAUCUGGUUGCAUUUUAAAAAAUAUACUACAAGUUGGUUUUGGCAUUUUCCAUUGUGGGCUCCCUUUUGAGGGGCUGCCUUCCAAGGUGGGAAGGAGGAAAUCUCCUACCCCUCUAGAACUCAUUUCAACUCGGGAAUAUUGGACUACCUUUCCUUGUAGUGUGUUGCUGGCUACCACGGGAUCAACUGCUCAGAGGAGAUCAACGAGUGCCUUUCCCACCCCUGCCAGAACGGAGGGACCUGCAUUGACCUCAUCAACACCUACAAGUGCUCUUGUCCCCGAGGGACUCAAGGUAAAUGUGGGUUUGGGUGGAAGCAGGGGCAUGGGCAGGUAGGGAAAGACCCAGUCUUUAGGGGUGUCCCACUUGAUUAAGGGGGGUGGUGGUGGAGUAUUUCUAUCAGUCUGUUCUGUAUUGGCUUAAAAGUCAUCAGUUCAGUGGGUGUCUGCUUUUGAAUGCAGAAGGUCCCAGGUUCAGUGCUCAGCAGAAUCUCCAGGUAGGGCUGGAGAAAGACCCAUCCUUCCCUGGUAGAAAUCCUGGAUUGUUACUCCUGAUCAGUGUUGACAGUACUGAGCUAGAUGGAUCCAAUGGUCUGAUUCAGUACAAGGCAGCUUGCUAAUGUUCCUAUUUAAACCCCAAAUUUAUUGAAAACCCUGAGGAUUGAGAUUUUGGUUAAGUUGGAGAGCAUGAAGUGCAGGUUGAAUGCCGGUUGGGAGACUUUGCAUAUAGAGCUGACUGAAUAGCUUCCCCCUACACACACUUUUGCAAAGGGGUGUUGUAUGUGUAAGUGUGUGUGUCCGUCUCAGAAGGUGUGGGAGGGGUAUUCAGCAACUUGCCGGGAGAAGGGGCACAGUGUUCUAUCAAGACUUUUGCAGGGGAAGGGUCUUGCCUUGAUUGAAAGUGAAAUACAUUGCUUCUCCCCACUCGCGUUCUCCUUUGCUGUUUUCAUGGGACUUAUUUCGAGGAAGCUGACUGGAAUGCCAUUGGGUUGGCAGCUGGUUUGUCUUAUUUGUGUAUUUAUGACUAUGUUGAACAUUCCACCUUUCCUCCAAGACUCUCAGUGCCACCUUUGUAGUUCUCUCCCCUCAGUUCACGAAACAACCCCGUGAUGCACAUUUGGACAAAUACUUCCAUGCCUUUGAAUCCACCCAAGAUGGUGCCCAUUGCUAUGAAUUUGGGAGGGUCUUGAGAGAAAGCAGGAACAAAUUGUUUUUAUAAAGCUGCUUCACAUAUGUGCUGCCAAGAGUGUGGAGGCAGGGGUAUUGGUUGGCAUUUUUGGUGGAUGUACCUGGUGGAAAUUUUUAGAGAACAAGUGUUUAAUUAGAGAUAAGUAAAAUGACUCAUCGGCAUGGCACGGCUACAUCUGCAGGUGCCCUCAGGUGUGUUGUCAGCGUUACUGAGUAUGGGUUUAAGUGGAUAUCAGGACUUGAUGAAUAAACCACUAAUUGGAUUUCUCUUAGUAGCUGCACACAGGGUGAUAGCUGCAGUCUGGAAGGACUUAAAAUGUGCAAACCUGAAAGAGUGUAUUGCCCUUAAAGAAAAAUUGGUUCACAAAUUAAGGCUGGCAAGAGGAACAAAGCAUAGAUAUGCCUCUGCAGGAGAACGGUGGAGCUUCAUUUCAUUCACUAAUUCCACAGAAAACUAAUGAUUAGUCCCAAAGAAUUAGAAUUAUAGAAGAGUUAGAAGGGACCCUGAGGGGCAUCUAGUCCAACCCCCUGCAAUGCAGGAAUGUCAACUAAAGCAUCCAAACUUUGCUUGAAAAUUUCCCAAGGAAGGAGAAUCUACCACCCUUUGGAGUCAGUUCCACUGUUGAAAAGCUCUUACUUCCUUUCUUUUUAAAAUAAUUUUUACUAAAGUUUUUCAUUGACUACAAAAAACCAUGCAAUGUCUCUUUUUUGUUGUUCAGAUUAUAAAGUCUUUUGGUUUAUGUUCAGUGUAAAACAAUAUCCAGAGGGAGGGGGGGAGAAGGGAGGGGAGAGGGUGGGUGAUAAACCUACACACUAUUUUUUCAUUUUUCCAGCUUUUACUUUCUUCCUUUUUAAAAAAUAAUUUUUCUGAAAGAUUCUCUUGGUUUACAAAAGUACAUGCAUUGUCUCUUUUUCCAGGUUGUGCUUUCUACUGAUCAAUCACAUUUGUUAUGAGACAACCUGUGGGUCCCUGAUGUUGAACUACAACUCCCAUCACCCCUAGCUAGCAAGGCCAGAGCUCAGGGAUGAUGGGACUUGUAGUCCAACAUCUGGGGACCCACAGGUUGAGAACCGCUGCAUUAGUGUGUUGUAUACAGUAUAAGGAUGGGAAGGAGAAGGGGGGAGAGGGGGAUGGGGUGGUAAAACUUACUUUCUUUUGCUUAGUGUAUGCUUAGUGUAUUUGCUUUUUGUGGCAGUGCCACCUGAGUAGGUUCUUUCUACAGUCAUACCUCGGGUAAAAUAUGCUUCAGGUUGAGCGCUUUUGGGUUGCGCUCCGCGGCGACCCGGAAUUAACGGAACGCGUUACUUCCGGGUUUCGCCGCAUUUCUCAACCUGUGGGUCCCAGAUGUUGUUGAACUACAACUCCCAUCACCCUUAGCUAGCAAGGCCAGAGCUCAGGGAUGAUGCGAGUUGCAGUUCAAUAACAUCUGGGGACCCACAGGUUGAGAACCACUGCAUUAGUGUGUUGUAUACAGUACAGUGGUACCUCGGGUUAAGUACUUAAUUCGUUCUGAAGGUUUGUUCUUAACCUGAAACUGUUCUUAACCUGAAGCACCACUUUAGCUAACGGGGCCUCCUGCUGCCGCCGCUCCGCAGGAGCACGAUUUUUGUUCUCAUCCUGAAGCAAAGUUCUUAACCCGAGGUAAUAUUUCUGGGUUAGCGGAGUCUGUAACCUGAAGCGUAUGUAACCCGAGGUACCACUGUAUAAGGAUGGGGAAGAAAAGGGGGGGGAGAGGGGGAUUGGUGGUAAAACUUACUUUCUUUUGCUUAGUGUAUGCUUAGUAUAUUUGCAUUUUGUGGCAGUGCCACCUGAGUAGUUCUCUUUCUACAGUCAUACCUCGGAUUAAAUAUGCUUCAAGUUGAGUGCUUUUGGGUUGCGCUCCGCGGUGACCCGGAAGUAAAGGAACUCGUUACUUCUAGGUUUCGCCGCAUUUCUCAACCUGUGGGUCCCAGAUGUUGUUGAACUACAACUCCCAUCAUUCCUAGCUAGCAGGGCCAGAGCUUUGGGAUGAUGGGAGUUGUAGUCCAACAACAUCUGGGGACCCACAGCUUGAGAACCGCUGCAUUAGUGUGUUGUAUACAGUAUAAGGAUGGGGAAGAGAGGGGGGUGGGGUGGUAAAACUUACUUUCUUUUGCUUAGUGGGUGCUUAGUGUAUUUGCUUUUUGUGGCAGUGCCACCCAAGUACGUUCUCUUUCUACAGUCACACCUCGGGUUAAAUAUGCUUCAGGUUGAGUGCUUUCCGGUUGCGCUCCACAGUGACUGGGAAGUAACAGAACGCGUUACUACCAGGUUUCGCCGCAUUUCUCAACCUCCGGGUCCCUAAGGUUGUUGAACUACAACUCUCAUCAUUCCUAGCUAGCAAGGCCAGAGCUCAGGGAUGAUGGGAGUUGUAGUCCAACAACAUCUGGCGACCUACAGGUUGAGAACUGCUGCAUUAGUGUGUUGUAUACAGUAUAAGGAUGGGGAAGAGAAGGGGGAGAGGGGGGUGGGGUGGUAAAACUUACUUUCUUUUGCUUAGUGUAUGCUUAGUGUAUUUGCUUUUUGUGGCAGUGCCACCCAAGUACGUUCUCUUUCUACAGUCACACCUCAGGUUAAAUAUGCUUCAGGCUGAGCGCUUUUGGGUUGCGCUCCGUGGUGACCCGGAAGUAACGGAACGUGUUACUUCUGGGUUUCGCCGCGUUUCUCAACCUUUGGGUCCCUGAUGUUGUUGAACUACAACUCCCAUCAUUCCUAGCUAGCAAGGCCAGAGCUCAGGGAUGAUGGGACUUGUAGUCCAACAUCUGGGGACCCACAGCUUGAGAACCACUGCAUUAGACUGUUGUAUACAGUAUAAGGAUGGGGGAGAGAGGGGGAUGGGGUGGUAAAACUUUCUUUCUUUUGCUUAGUGGGUGCUUAGUGUAUUUGCUUUUUGUGGCAGUGCCACCUGAGUAGGUUCUCUUUCUACAGUCAUACCUUGGGUUAAAUAUGCUUCAGGUUGAGCGCUUUUGGGUUGCGCUCCGCUGUGACCUGGAAGUAACGGAACACGUUACUUCCGGGUUUCGCCGCAUGCACAGACGCGGGUUGCAUUCGCUUCAGGUUGCAAACAGGUAUCCGGAACAUAUCCUGUUCGUAUCCAGAGGUACCAUGGUAUUCACUUUCUGUAUUUCCUUGGUAGUGAGAGAAGUUGGUGGGGCUGGGUUUGGUUGGUUGUCUUUAGUUGAAACAGCUCUUGUUUUCUGAUGUUAAGAGCUGAUUGACAGUGAAAUGGACUCCCUUGGAAGGUGGGGGACUCUCUGUCAUUGGAAGUUUUAAGCAGAGGUUGAGUGGCCAUCUAUCAUGGAUGCUUUAUUUGAUAUUCCUGCAUUGCAGAGUAUAUGGCUCUUGGGAUCCCUUUCAGCUCUCCAAUUCUACCAUCAGGAAGUUCUUCCUGAUGUUUAGUUGGAAUCUCCUUUCUUGUAACUUGAAGCCCUUGGUUCGCUUCCUACCCUCCAGAGCAGGAGAAAACAAGCUUGCUCCAUCUUCCAUAUUUGAGGAUGGCUAUUGUAUCUCCUCUCAAUUGUCUCUUCUCCAGGCUAAACAUACCCAACUCCCUCAAGGCUUUUCCAAACCCUUCAUCAUCCUGGUCUCCCUUCUCUGCACACAUUCCAGCUUAUCGAUAAACUUCUUAAACUGUGGUGCCCAGAACUGGACACAGUACUUGUGAAUCACUUAAUUAAAAUGUGUUUUACAGAUGCAUACUGUUAAAAGUUUUGGUGUAUGUACAGGAAUACAGGUUUUCAAUUUAUUUGUUUUGGGGGGUGCCUCCAGGAAAUGUAAAGAAAAUGGAUCAAUGCUAGGCCAAGUUGUAAGCAGGCCUCUUGGGAUCCAGCUCUCACCUUCUUCUGCUCCCCAUCGCUCUCCCCACCACAGGAGUGCACUGUGAGAUCAACAUAGACGACUGCAGCCCACCCUUUGACCCCAACACCUUCGCCCCCAAGUGCUUCAACAACGGGCGGUGCGUGGACCGCGUAGGGGGCUACAGCUGCAUCUGCCUGCUGGGCUUCGUUGGGGAGCGCUGUGAGGGUGACGUCAACGAGUGUCUGUCCAACCCUUGUGACCCGCUAGGAACCCAGAACUGUGUGCAGCGCAUCAACGACUACGUGUGCGAGUGUCGUCUGGGGUAUUCUGGUGAGCACCACAAGGCUUCCAAAAAAACACACACAUGGUCUUUGGUGUUUUCCUCCCUCUUGCUUUUUCUCCAAGGAUUACGGGCUGAUGUUGACAGUAAAGGUAUUCUCCAGUCCUAAUGCAAACAUUCAGUUUAAUAUAGGUGGUUCAUAUACCCAAAGAUUAUAAGCCAUGGACUGUAUCUAGUAAGAAUAUAAGAAGAGAUCUUCAGCUGGAUCAGGGCAACUCAGCAUCCUUUUCCCACAUUAACCAAACCUGGUGCUACAGUGGGAAGUCCACAAUCAGUACCCAAAUGCAACAGCACUUUCUCCUUCUGUGGUUUCCAGCAGCUUGUAUUCAGGGGCAUUCUACUCUGACAGUGGAGGAAGAACAUAGGCCGUAUCCUGCUCCAUGUCUUUGCCCCCCCCCCCCCUUUAGAGUUUAUCUAUGCACUGUGUAAAAAAGUACUUUGUUUUUGUUUGCCCUGAAUUCUUCCAAGUGCAUAGACUAUCUUAGCUGGGAGUCCUACUGUCCUACUCCCUGCCUUUUCCCACCUGGCCUGUGGGGGAGGGCCAGGGCCCUGCCUGACGACUCCCAGCUACAAAAGAUGAGGCUGCUGAACAGACUCUUGUGCUGGGGUAUUGCUUAGUGGAGGUUGUUGCUGUUCCUGGUAUUAAUUUUUUGCAGGCUUGUUUUUAGAUCUUCUUUUCAUUUAAGUGGAAAUUUUUCGGGUUUGCUGUGUGCUCCCCCCCCCCCCGGUGUUUUGUUUAUUGUUCGGGGCCAUUUUUGUAAUUGUGUAAUUACAUAGUUUUAACUGUGCAAAGGCAGUAUACAAAUAUAAUGAUGAUGAUAGUUAAACUCCCCCCCACAGGAGGCAGUGAUGGCCACAAACCUAGCCUGCUUUAAAAGAAGAUUAGACAGAGAGCUAGAGAUUGCUGCUAAUCAAGAUGGCAAUGCUCUUGCUUCCACAGCAAUGCUUUUGAAUACCAGUUGCUUGAAAUCACAAGGAGGAAAGAGUUCCCUUGUGCCCAGGUCCCCCAAAGGUAUCUGGUUGGCCACUGUGAGAACAGAAUGCUGGAUGAGAUGGGGUGCCUUUGGCCAGAACCAGCAGGCUCUUCUUAGCUUCUUAAUAUCUUCAACUUUUCCCUUUCUAGAGAAGAUACAUGGGGUGGAGUGGGCUGCCCUGAUGGCACAGACCUCUUCUUUUCAGCCAAUAGGUAUCCAUCAGCCCCCCCCCUUAACUAGUAAAAGAGUGUGCACAUGGGAUUUCGGAGGUGGAGAGAUGCAGCUGUUUUACUGCUGAGGUCCAGGGGAAAUGUUGGAGGUGAUGGCGGGGCAACCUGACGAGGCUUUCUCCAUCCCCUUUCCAGGGCGCCACUGUGAGACGGUGGUAGACGGCUGCCGGAACCAGCCCUGCAAGAACGGUGGGACCUGUGCAGUGGCCAGCAACACACAGCACGGCUACAUCUGCAGGUGCCCUCCGGUGUGUAGUCAGCUUUUGGUUUUAAAGGACAAGCUGUGGGGUUCAGAGACGGAAGCAGCCUCUAGGGCUGGGUGGGAUUAUUUACGCCCCUUCCUAGCCAGCAUCUGUUUUGGAUGCUUAGGAGUUGCUGGAUGAGGAAAGGCCGUGGUUCGGUGGCAAAUCAGCUGUGUUGCAUGCAGAAAAUCCUAGGUUCAAUCCCCAGGUUCAAUCCCAGGAAGAGCUGGGCACAUCCAGUGAGUCUAAAACUUUAGAGAGCCCCUGCAAGUUAGUGUAGACAAUACUGAGCUAGAUGGAUCAAUUGCACUGACUUGGAAGAACACAGCUUCCAAUGUUUCUGUUUAUUUCAUCCCCUUAUUCAUAACUUUGAGGACUAGAACCUUGCUUUAUUCUUAGGAGAAGGGCCAUAGUUCAGCAGGUAGUGCAUCUGCUCCACACGCAGAAGUUCCCAUGUAUAUAUAUGCAACCCUGCCAGGCAAGUGUGGACAGGGGAGCACAUGAUCUCUGAAAAAAAAAGGACUGAUUCUGCUCAUCUGAACACUAGGAGACUGUAGCAGCUAUCAGUAAAGAGUAUGCUGACCUCUACUGACUUCAGCAUAAACUGCAAAUUUAGGGUUGCAACCAAUGCUAGUCCUGCUCAGAGUGGACCCACCAAAAUGUGCAGACUUAAGUUAGUAAUGCCCAUUCUUUAGCUGGGAUUCUAGCAUUCAGGGGGUUGAGCUAGAUGCACCCCCACCCCCACCAGCAGCUGGACAAAAGCAGUAGCCAGACCAACGGCAAAGCAGGUAAAACUUUUGCCACCACGUUCCUGCUUUGCCAUGCAGCUGCUCCCCUCUGAAGGGAGAUAAUGGAUAGUUCCUGGAGGAGGACACUGACCAACCCACUGCUGAUAUAAAACAGUUGGCCUGAGAACAGAGUUUGGGGCACGUUGGUGAGGUUAAAAGUUGGAGAAAUAGUUGGUGAAAUCUGCUCAUUAGUGGGUAGGAAAUCUGCUCAUUAGUGGGUGAGUGUAUUCUUGGUUUAUUAUUUGACGAUAAUAGUUAAUGUUGUUUGUUAUUUAUAUAGAGAGUGUGUUUUUUCUUUUUUCUUUUCAUAAGUAUUGUGUUAGACCAGAGCUUUCCAAACUGUAUCGUGACACAUUAGUGUGUUGGCUGCAGUGUGUAGGAGUCUCACGUGAAUAUUCCCCGUGCUCCUCCUGGGGCUGAAAAGGGAUUAGUUUAACCUCUGGUUUGCUAGGAAAACUGAAUUAUGGUGUUGCAAAGUUAUGCAUGCCUAAAAAAUGUAUCACCAACAUGAAAAGUUGGGAGAGCUCUGUGUUAGACAAUAUAUUGAUUUCCCCCCCUUUUCUCCUCCCUUUUGGGAGGAGAAUAUUUGCGUGUGUGCAUGUAUUACUGUAAGUCAAUUGGAGACCUUCAAGUAACAAGCAACAAAUAAGUUUAACAGAUAAUAAUAAUAAUAAUAGUAAUAAUAAUAAUAAUAAUAAUGACCCCUUGGAGGCCUUCCCACUUUACUCUUCUGUGAUUUGAUGACUGCCUUUGGAGUAGUCUCAGUCGUUCCACUCUUUGCCCUCUGCAGGACUGGGACGGUGCCACGUGUGAGAACGACGCCCGCGGCUGCGGACCGUUGCGGUGCCUGAACGGCGGCACCUGCAUCUCCACCCAGAAGAGCUCCAGGUGCCUCUGCCCACUGGGCUUUAGCGGAGCUGCCUGCCAGUUCUCCUCUGGCAGCCCCUGCCACUCCAGCCCCUGCUACAACGGGGGCACCUGCCAGCCUGCCAAGGAGCCACCCCACUACCGCUGCAACUGCCCAGCCCGGUUCAACGGUCUGAACUGCCACAUCUUGGACUACGACUUCACAGGUGGUCUUGGCCAGAACAUCACUCCACCUCCCUUGGAGGAGAAGUGCGAGAUCCCUGUGUGUGCCAGUCACGCCGGCAACAAGAUCUGUGACGCCCAGUGCAACAACCACGCUUGCGGCUGGGACGGCGGCGACUGCUCCCUGAAUUUCAACGACCCCUGGAAGAACUGCUCCCAGUCCCUCCAGUGCUGGGACUACUUCAACAACGGGCGCUGUGACACCCAGUGCAACAACACCGGCUGCCUGUACGACGGUUUCGACUGCCAGAAGAUGGAGGGGCAGUGCAAGUGAGUGGAGUUUAAACUGUUUUUAACAUUGGGUCACGAUGCACUUUGAUAUCAAAGUUAUGUUUUAAUUGUUGUAAGUCCCCACCCUGGGACUUUAGGUGGAAGGGCAGAUAAUAAAAUUGUAGUAGUAGUAAUAAUAACAGUAACAAUUUACUUCUGGGGCUAAAGGAUGUGCCUGCUUGCUUUUUUAUGAUGAGAGUAUGUGGAAAGAGCAGGGAGGGCCCAGAAGCAAAAGGUUGUUUCUUAUUUCUUCUACCCCUCCUUCUCCUUCUUCCUCCUCUUCUUCUCAUUUUUAUUUUUGAGCUACUAUUCACCUUCUAAACCAUCAUCUCAGGGCAAUUUACAUAUAAUUUAAACAGUUCCAAAGACAACAAAUAUAUGUAAAAACACAAGUGAAACCCAAACCAGUGGGCACUCAUGUCAAAUACUCAUUUAUCCAGCUGAGAAAGCCUUUUGGGGACAAAAUGGCCCUUCAACUGUUUCCAAAAAGCACAGAUUGUGGAGCUUAUCGUAUCUCAUCAGGGAUGCUGCUCCAAAGGAUGGGCAGCCACACUAAAGGCCCUGCUCUGAGUGACUAUGGGGCUGAAGCAACCAGAAUUGUGCACAGUAUCCCAAAUGUGGCCACACCAUAGACUUGUAUAAUGGCAUUAUAGAUACCGGGCAGUUUUGUUUUCAACUCCUUCUCCUCCUCUCCCCAUUGCCUGCACAGCCCUCUGUACGACCAGUACUGCAAGGACCACUUCUCUGAUGGACACUGCGACCAGGGCUGCAACAACGCAGAGUGUGAGUGGGACGGUCUCGACUGUGCCAACAACGUUCCCGAGAAGCUGGCGGACGGCACUUUGGUGGUGGUGGUGCUGACCUCCCCAGAGAACUUAAAGAACAACUCCUUGAACUUCCUGCGGGAGCUCAGCCGCAUUCUUCACACCAAUGUGGUCUUCAAGAAGGAUGAGCAGGGCGAGUACAUGAUAUUCCCCUACUAUGGCAAGCCAGAGGAGCUCAAAAAGCACCACAUCAAGCGGUCGUUGGCGAGCUGGCCAGAUGUGAGUGAUGCUGUCUUCAAGAUAAGAUCUAGGCUGUAUGAGACCAUCGUUGACAGACGCAGGAGGGAGAUGGACCAUGUGGACAUCUGCGGGUGAGUGGCUCGGCUGGGGCUCUCUGGGAGCAGGGAGGAGGAGGUUGUUGUCUGCACUGACUGGCAGUGACUCCAGAAUUUCUGGCAUGGAGUCUCUCCUGGCCCAACUUGCCAUUGGGGCCUUCUGCAUACAAAGCAGGUGCUCUGUAGCUGAGCCAUGGCUCUUCCUCUAAAAACAAAGAUUCUGGUCCUCAUCAUUCUGAAAAAAGGGACUGAAUUUUAUGGGAACCUAGGAACCUGUCCAUCCAAGAUUAUUGCUUCUUACUCCCACUUUCUUUUCCAAUACCUGCAGAUCAAUCGUUCACCUGGAGAUUGACAAUCGCCAGUGUGUCCAGUCCUCCUCUCAGUGCUUCCAAAGUACCACAGAUGUGGCGGCCUUCCUUGGUGCUUUGGCCUCGCGGGGCAGCCUGGACUUCCCAUACAAAAUCGAAGCUGUUAAGAGUAAGUCUGCCACAUGUGCAGGAAACACCUGCUGAUGCGUUAGCAGCCCUGCUGGCAUAUCCCGGGAAGCUGGGCCGCCUCUGCCCCAGUCAGCUUUUGCCCCUAGCAGUUUUUCACUUUCUUUUAACAAAAGCUACAUACCACUUGAUUGCAAUGAAAGCUUUGAGCCGGGGCUGCCCAGGGUGUGGUCCACGGAUGAGCUUCAAUCCACCCAUGCAUGCCUGUGGAUCUGAGGUUGGAGAUGGGAGAUGGCACACUCUUUGCAUUAAAUGUUUUUAAUUGUGUCUUUCUUGUUCAUUUAUUUAUUUAUUUGAAGCAUUUGUACCAGGCUCUUCAGUCAAAAAGGCUCCCAGAGCAGCUUUCAUACAGUCAAAACAAGGCAGUCCCUACCUACAGGCUUAAAAUAAAAAUUUAAAAAGGCAUGAUACACAAAGGAAAAGGCACAAGGAGGGAAGAGGAAAACCAAAACACAGGCAACAGUUUCUAAACAGUUGGUCCUCUUACAACGAGCUUGCACAAUCCAGGGGCAGGAGGGGCCUGAUGGGGCUGGUCUGUCACAGCAGAGCCAAGGGAGUGUUUUUAUCACUUCCUUUUAUUUAUUCUGUUGUAUUUUAUUGCAUUGCAAUUAGAAUCCCAUGAGGCAGUAAAAUAAUAAUAAUACAUUAUUUGUACCUCACCCAUCUGACUGGGUUGCCCCUGCCACUUUGGGUGGCUUCCAGCUUAUAUAAAAACAUAGUAAAACAUUACACCUUAAAAAACUUCUAUAUGCAGAACUGCCUUCAGAUGUUUCCUAAAUUAUAUAAUUGCUCAUCUCUUUAACAGCUGACGGGAGGGCGUUCCACAGGGUGGGUGCCACCACCAAGAAGGCCUUCUGCCUGGCAGGCAGGAAUUUAAGAAUGCAGCUAAAAACCACACAGCAUCUAGCAUGCUGCAUUUCCGUUUCUACAGCAAGCUGAGAAAUAAUUCAGUGGUCCACUGAGACCCUCAGCAAUUUUCAGGUGGUCUGUUUUUGGGGGUGGGGAGAAUUUUGGAGCCAUUGCUCUAAGCAUUUUCCAAAAAGAUAAAAGCCUGACAACAUUAAAGGACUAAGAAAUACAGAUAAAUGACAGUUUAAAGCACAUAUUUAAAGGCAUAUAAAAACUAUUAAAAUCAACAGUAGGCUAAAAACCAGAUUAAAACACUUGUCAUCAUUCAAUAUGUCUGGAUGGACUUUCCUCAACAAACAUAUUUUAAGUGGGAGCCAAAAAGAAUAUGCUUUUUAGCCUAUUGCUGGUUUCAGUUAUUUUUGGAAUGAUUUAAAUGGUGGGGUUUUUUUGCUGGUAAUUUCGUUGUUUUGGGGGGUUGGGUGUUUUCCCCCUCAACAAUCAAAUGGUAUAUAAUUUUUAUGGAAUAAAUUCAAAAGAGUUACAGUAUAUGAUGUUUGUCUUAAACAAUAUCGUAAAAAGAACUUGAUUCCUCUUUAAUAAGGAAGUGGAAUCUCUUUAACUCUUUUUUAGUUCUUCUUCGAAGUUCUGUCUUGAUGGUUCCGCCCCUCUCUCAUCCAUAGCUGAUUCCAAAAUCAUUACUACUGGGGGAGGAUGAAGGAGUUGGGGGGGGCGGGGAGAGAGAGAGAGAGAGAGAGCGCAAAGUUAACCCCACAACCCAAACCUUGUAAUCGAUCAGUGACACGCAGAGUGUUGAAGUUUGCAUCUUCCAAAUCCCCCUUCAAUCCUUUUGACUUAACAGCUCAAUGUGAAUGCAAUGAUUUGAAGUUUGCUUAAUCCUUUAUCCGUGAAAGGAGGAAGGGGGGGGGACCCUCUCCCCCUCCAGCGCUGCAGAUACAGAAACAGUUUGCAAUUCUGAUGAACAGCGUAGAAAAAUGACCUUCUGUUUCCAGGGGGCUUUGGAGGAGUUUGGGGGCAGUGAGUGGGGAGGGGUGGGGGUUCGGUUGUAGGCGGAAGAAUCAAGACACAGCCGGGCCGGCAGCUUAUUAACUUAAUUUCACUGCAUUUUGCCUUCUGCCUCCAUUCAGAGAUGCAUCUUAACUCGAGGUCCUCUCGUCACACUCUGCCUCUCAUUCUCUCCUAGGUGAAAGUACUGACCCCGAAAAGAGCACCCAGUGGUACCCUAUGUACAUGGUGGUGCCUGGUGUCUUCCUCCUCCUCUUCAUUGGUUUCGGGGUUCUGGCAUCGCGCAAGCGGCGGAGGGAACAUGGGCAGCUCUGGUUCCCCGAGGGCUUCAAAGUGACCGAGUCCAGCAAGAAGAAGCGCAGAGAGCCCCUGGGGGAGGAUUCUGUGGGGCUGAAGUGAGUAAUCCCCCUCUUCACCUCUUCCCGGGUCUCCUUCGUUGCCAUUUGGUUGGGUGGGGAGGGAGGGAAAGGCCCUUUCCCGCCUCCUUCCUGGGUUGCUGCUGUUGUUGGGGACCAUAGUUCUUUUUAUUCACCAACCUGGUGCCCUCCAGAUGUUUUGGACUACAACCCCCAUCAGUCCUAGCCACCAUGGUCUGAUGGGAGUUGUAAUGCAAAAAUCCAGAGGGCACAAAGUUUUGCCAAAGGCUUGAUGUUAGCUUUUCACUCUGCACAUUUAAAAAAAGUUGGUUUUAAUUUUUACUGUGCCACAGCUCUCUGGAUGACAAGCUGGAGAGGAAGGGAAAUCUGGUGUCAAAAUGUUUUUGGGAGGGAUAUUCUGAGCGCAAUUUAAGUGUCAGUUUUUCCAGGCCAUUGAAAUGAACACGUGGAGUGUCCAGGGAAGGGUGGUGGAAGCCAGAAGGCCGGGCAGUUUGGAGCAAGGGGUUUAGCCCUUCACAGAGUAGACCCACUGAAAUUGAUGAGCAUGGCUAACUUAGAUCCAUUACUGUAGUCCUCCUUUGGCUUGGAGGAAAGAAGGAUCCUUUUGGGUUUGGGCACAACCUGCCCAUCUGCUUUUGUCUGCUUUCUCCAAGUGUAGCACCAAGGUUUUACGGCAUAUAUAAAAAGCAGGUUGGUGCAUCAUCCACACAAGGCAGAAAUAGCACACUGAGGCUGGUGGAAGGACUUUGGAGAGGCUUGGUCCUUAAUUUCACUUCUUUUCCCGCUUCUAAGCAAGUUCCCAUGUACAGUGCCCAGCUCUGAUAAAUGAUGUCUGAAAUGUCACCUAGGGUGUGGCACAGCUUGGACAAGUCUAAGUAUGGCAGGGGAAACUUUUUAAAUCAUCACCAUCCUUAAUUACUCCAUUUAGCCCUUGGGGAAAAAAUGCAGAGUUUGUUUUUUCUAGAGGUGGAUCUAAUUUCCUAUUUUUUCUCCAUGAAGACCCUUGAAAAAUGCUUCCAAUGGGACCCUGAUGGACGACAACCAGAAUGAGUGGGGUGACGAGGAGACACUAGACACCAAGAAGUUCAGGGUAAGCCAGCAAGCUGCUGUUUCCAUGCCGUUUCAGCCUUAAAGGCACUCACUAAUUCAUAGGUCUCUUCCAUCCUGUUUGGAUGCAUUUGGUAUGCACUGCGAGUCCUUCCCUCAUCCCUGGCCCAAUGGAACUUUUUGCCACCCCCCAGGUCCCCCCCCCAGGCUUACCUUGCUAUCCCACAACAGCCAAGGCCCCUAUGGGCAUCUGUAGAUCUCCCUGCCUGAUUUCACUAAGAGGCCCCUAUCUUUGGUCUUGUCUUUAAAAAGCAAGUUUCUUGUCCUCAGCAGAAGAUCAGCACAUUGCUCCUUCCUUCCUUGCCUUCUCCCCCUUUGCCUCUCCAGUUUCAGGAAAUACUGGAAAACCCGCUUAUGCAAAAUUAAACAACUCUCAUUCUGAUAAUAGAAUUUAGCUUUCCAUAUCGUGUAGUGGCAGGGUUCAUUUUAUAUUUGUUGAAGUUGGGGGCAGAGGGGAUAACUCUUGUUUUCAACUCAGCAGCACAAUGUGCGAGAAAGAGUAGAGUUUUAUGUCUGAAAGGAUCCUUUAAAACCUCAAUCGCCUCUCUUCCCAGGUGGAAGAACAGGCCAUGUUGCCGGACAUGAAUGACCAGGCUGACCACAGGCAGUGGACACAGCAGCACCUGGAUGCAGCCGACCUGCGCAUCUCCUCCAUGGCACCCACCCCACCCCAAGGGGAAAUUGAUGCUGACUGUAUGGAUGUCAAUGUGCGAGGACCAGGUAAGGAGGGUGUGUGGGUGUCAAAGCCUCUCUCUUCCUCCCUUUCUGUGAUUUUAUCAGGGGAAAGGAGGACAAUGCCAGGAGGGAGGGCAUUAGAGCUGGCCCAGGGGAAGAACCGAACAGCAAACAGGCCAGGUGGGAUUUUGGGAGGGGAACAGGACUUUGGAGUAGCUCAGCUCUUUAAAAGAGGAUCAGACAAAUUUGAUAGCCUUCUCUUUCUCCAUUGACAGCUACUAGCUAUGAUAGCUAUACUCUUGUUUCCAUGGUUGGAAGCAAUAAUGAUUCCAAAUAUCAGUAGCUGGAAAUGGCAGGAGGAGAGAGUUGCUCUUGUGGUUCACGUUCUGCUUUCAGGUUUCCCAGAAGAGGCAUGUGGUUCGUCAUUGUAAGGACAGGAUGCUGGACUGAAUGGGCCCUCUUUGGUCUGGUUCAGAAACAAGACACAUGUUCCUAGAUCCCAAUCACCAAUCUUCAGGCUUAGUUCAGGCCCUGGUACUUUGAUAUCAUGGGAGUGCAUCCAGGCACUGUCAUUGCGCUUCUGACAGAUUUCCCUCCACUUGUGCCUUGGCAGAUGGAUUCACACCACUGAUGAUCGCCUCCUGCAGCGGAGGUGGGCUGGAGAUGGGCAACAGUGAAGAGGAGGAGGACGCCCCAGCCGUGAUUUCAGACUUCAUCUACCAGGGGGCCAGCUUGCACAACCAAACAGAUCGCACUGGGGAGACAGCCCUCCACCUGGCCGCCCGCUACUCACGCUCAGACGCAGCCAAGAGACUGCUGGAAGCCAGUGCCGAUGCCAACAUCCAAGACCACAUGGGAAAGACGCCACUCCACGCUGCUGUCUCGGCCGACGCUCAGGGGGUCUUCCAGGUAAGGCGAGUCCAGUGCUUCCAGAGCUUGGGAGCAGUGCAGGAGGGCUGAGUAGCUCCCUCCCUGUUGGAGAGGGUUGAACUUGAUGAGCCUUGAGGUUCCUUUCCACCUUAAAAUUCUAUGAUUCCUAUCAUUCUGGGACUCUAGUGCAAAAGCCCCCAGAGAUUGCUGUGCUCAUUGCUGGGCAAUCAUUCUGCCUUCCCAGUGAGGUUUUUUUUUUUUUCAUCCAACCCCCCUGCAAUGCAAAGCAGGGAAUUUUGAGUUUCUAGUUAGCUUCAUGUGGCUUUCAGCUGGGUGGCUGUAGAACGGACAUUCACUCUCUUGCCCUGCCAGGAUGUCAAAUAACCAAGAUGUCUCUCUUUCCUGGGACAGAUUCUGAUCAGGAACAGGGCCACCGACCUGGAUGCCCGCAUGCACGAUGGGACCACCCCUCUCAUCCUGGCUGCCCGUUUGGCUGUGGAGGGCAUGCUGGAAGACCUCAUCAGCUGCCACGCAGACGUCAAUGCGGUUGAUGACCUAGGUACCUGGCAUUCCCAAAGCAUUCUGGGGAAGGGUGAGGGGCUCAUGGUCAUGGCCUUAACAUUUGUGCCUUUGUGUCCAUAGGGAAAUCAGCGCUGCACUGGGCUGCUGCCGUGAAUAAUAUUGAUGCCGCUGUUGUGCUGUUGAAGAACGGGGCAAAUAAAGACAUGCAGAAUAACAAGGUGAGAAGGGAGGGGGCUUCUUCCUGGAGCAGGGCUGGGCCAGUGCAAGGCAGAGCCACUGGCUAUCCAGCCAAGGACUGGACCAGCAAGCCCAGGAUCUUCAAUGACAGGGUCAGAAGCUUUGCUGGAAUAAGCUGCGAAAUAGGAGAGAGGUGCCCUGGCAUCUUGUGGGCUUCCCUGGGCAGAAGGAGAAGUUUAUCGUUUAUCUGCAAUUUAGGAUGGGAAACAGGGAGUUAGCUUUAAGUGAACUUGAAUUGCAUCCGUUUGACGAUGCAGGAUAGGCAAAAGAAAGUCCUUCAUGCAGCAUAUAGUUAAACUAUAAAACUCCCUCCCACAAGAGGCAGGGAUGGCCACCAACCUAGAUGACUUUAGAAGAGGACAAGACUAAGUUCAUGGAAGAGAAGAUUAUCAGUGACCACUGGCCAUGGUGGCUAUGCUCUGCAACACUUCUGAAUACAAGUUGCUCGAAACUGCAAAAGGGGAGAGGGCUCUUUUGCUUCCAGUUGGGGCGUCUGGUUGGCCACUGUGAGGACAGGAUGCUGGACCAAGUAGGCCAUUGGCCUGAUCCAGCUGCAGAGCUCUUCUUAUGUUCUUAAGCUGCAGCUAGACCUUUCAUUGUGUAAAGCAAAUUGAUAAAUGUAAGGAAUGACUAAUAAUACUUCAGCUGCAUAACCCUGUUCAUUUUGGAGAAGAGCCUCUAAUAAGUCUGCUUUCUUCUUCCCUUUCCUCCCAUGCCUUUAGGAGGAGACCCCUCUGUUCCUGGCGGCCAGAGAAGGGAGCUACGAGACGGCCAAGGUCCUCCUAGACAACUUCGCCAACCGGGACAUCACAGACCACAUGGACCGCCUGCCACGGGACAUCGCCCAGGAGCGCAUGCACCAUGAUAUCGUCCGCCUCCUGGACGAGUACAACCUGGUGCGCAGCCCCCCUUUGCACAGCGGGCCCCUGGGGGCACCUACCCUCUCCCCGCCCCUCUGCUCGCCUAGCAGUUACAUCGGCAGCCUGAAGCCAGCUAUGCAGGGCAAAAAGGCGCGGAAGCCCAGCGCCAAGGGACUGAUCUGCAAUGGGAAGGAGUCCUCCAAGGACCUCAAGGCCCGCCGGAAGAAGUCGCAGGAGGGCAAAGGCUGCCUGCUGGACAGCUCCAGUGUCCUCUCCCCAGUUGACUCCCUAGAGUCCCCCCGUGGGUACUUGUCUGAUGUGGCAUCUCCUCCCUUGAUGACCUCCCCCUUCCAACUGUCGCCCUCCAUGCCCCUCAACCACCUGCCAGGGAUGCCCGAUGCCCACCUGAGCAUGAACCACCUCAACCUGGUGGGCAAGCAAGACCUUGGCCUGGGUGCCAGUCGGAUGCAACAGCCCUUCGACUCGGUGCCCCCGCGGCUCUCCCACCUGCCCACCUCCAACGCCACUGUCAUGAAUUUCACCGUGAGCGGAGCGCCUGGCCUGAGCGGGCAAUGCAGCUGGCUGAGUCAGAUGCAGAGUGGCAUUCAGGUGCAGGGCCAAUACAACCCUAUGCGGAAUGGCCUGCAGCAGGGGGCACUCCCGCAGGGCCAGGCCCUCCAGCACGGUCUUUUGACCUCCCUCCACAACGGGCUGCCCACCACCACCUUGUCCCAGAUUAUGAACUACCAGGCCAUGCCCAACGGCCGCCUGCCAGCCAAUGCCCAGCCCCAUCUCCUGCAGGCACAGCAGCUGCAGCAGAUCCAGCAGCAAAGCAUGCAGCAGCAGCAGCAGCAGACCCACAGCACCGCCCCAAAUGCCGGGAGUGCAAACUUCCUGGGGAAUGAGCUGGGCCAGCCUGACUUGCAGCAGCAAGUGAAUGGCGGGGCUCUGGCAGUCCACACCAUCCUGCCCCAGGACACCCAGGUCCUGGCCACCUCCCUGCCCUCUGCCCUCACUCAGCCCAUGACCACCACCCAGUUCCUGACUCCACCCUCCCAGCACAGCUACUCCUCCCCCUUGGACAACACCCCCAGCCACCAGCUCCAGGUGCCAGACCACCCGUUCCUGACACCUUCCCCGGAGUCGCCGGACCAAUGGUCGAGCUCAUCUCCACACUCCAACCUGUCAGAUUGGUCCGAGGGCAUCUCAAGCCCGCCCACCAGCAUGCAGUCGCAGAUGGGGCACAUCCCAGAGGCGUUCAAGUAGAGCAAGAGGGGAACCACUUGGGCAGGCGACCCCAGAGAGUUUCCUUCGGAGGGAGACGCUUCUUUGGUUGAACCAGAGUAACCUUUGGUUUGAGUUUCUGUGCUUUUUUAUAUAUAUAUAUAAAAAGAAAAAGUAUUUUUACAUACAAUGUAAGAGGGAAAUUUCAACGUUUUUCUUCCUUCGUUAGUAUUUAUUUAUGUACUACAUGAAAACACUGCCUUUUUUAUUUAUAAGUUUUGUUGAGAGCUCAGUGGGAUGCAUUUGCUGUGGUCCAAAUUUUAAAAUCUUAUUAAUGGGGUUUGAUUACCUGCUUUGCUCUCUCUUGCUUACUACUUUUUUUUUUUUUUUAGGACAUCCUCUUUAAACAAAAACAAAAACUUUUAUACCACAAGGAUGUUCUUGUGCAGAGAGGUUUUCUUUUGUAAAGCUGUAAGCAAAGACCCAUGAUUAUAUAGUGACAUUUAUUUAUUGAACAAGAUAUUUCUUUUCCUGUUUUUGUUUUUAAUUCUGGAAAAAUAGGGAGGAUGGGCACAUUUUUUCAACAAAAGUUUACCUAUUUGAAGGGAAAUAAUAAUUUAAACAUAAGUUGAUUUUUUUGCGGGGGGAGGGUUGUUGUUGAUGGGUUUUGUUGGGUUUUGUUUUGUUUUGUUUUUUGUUUUGUUUUGUUAAGUGCUUUAAAAUAUUCCCUUGUAUGAGGGUGGAUAGAGUCGGGGAAUAUUAUGAGACAGCAGCCAUGAAUUUCUGUUUUAAAGUUUCAGUAUUAUAUAGUUUAUCUCGCUUGUCCUUUUUUGCAUGAUAGCAAGCUUUACUUCUUUUUUAUUUAUUUGAAAUACUGCCUAUGAUCAAAAAUCAGGAUCACGGGUUCUAAGCUAUAAAUGAAAUCCCAAUGCUUCCUUUGGGGCCCACCCUCCAACUUCCCUUCUCCAAAAAAGUCUUGUGCUCAAAAAGGCUUUUGGUGCAGAGGAAGAAACUUUACUUUGACUCCAGGAUAGCUUUGUGGUUUUUCUCUAAAUUGUCCCAAUCGUGCUAUUUUUAAAGCACCCAUCACCUUGGGGGGUGUUGCCAUUUUAAGAACCACAUUUUUACUAUGAGAAGACUUAACAAAAUGCUGUUGAUUAUGACAGGCAGGAGAUGUAUGUGUCUGUGUGAAAACAUAAGCUGUAUAGGUUAGGGUUACCCAGAGGGAGGGUUGGUGUGUCUGUGCAGUGUAGAGAAACCUCAGGGUAUGAGCCCCAGGCCAUUAGUCACGUGGCAAUAGGCUCACCUAUAAAUACCACAGCGCUGUAAUUUUCCCAGAAGGGGUUGAUCCUAGCAACCCAUUCACUUCUAUGGAAGAGAGUGAAAAGGUGCUGCACUCAGGGACAUGUCUUGGAGAGGGUGCCGCUUCAACCUUCUUCCUGCCCCUGUUGCUUCCAGUGUAGCCCAAUGCAGCAACUGCAAAUCCCACCCCCUCAUCUCGUGAGUGGCUCUCACCUUUCAUCUGUAGAGUCCUUAGUGGAAUUCACUGUGUUCCUGUCCCACUUGAAUAUUGGGAGCUGGAGAGUGGAACUCUGGGUGGAAAUUAAACCCUGCUUGCCAGAAUUUAGGGCAGCAGUUCCAACCCCCCCCCCUCCAAUCUUUCUGCCCGCCCCACAUGCAGGAGGGCAGUGACGGGGGCAUGGGGGGUGGGGAUACCUAGACCUUGAUGGGCUGGCAAAACAUUUGCCUUGGAUGGCCCUUUGGGAGAUGCCAGUGCCAAACUGGCCAGGCCCCACUUAGGUGUUCCUGACUUUGAAAUGAGUUUUACAGCCUGACUUGGGUUGGACUCUUGUCAUCACAGGACACCCCCAGAAAGCAAAAAGGGGCUGAAUUCAUUGUUUUUAAGACAGGGGGGGGAGAGAGAGAGAUUGCAAAGUCUUCCGGAAUGGCACGUUGGAUGUUUGCUCUUAUGGCAAUAAGGAGAAUGGGGAAGGGGGUCGACUUUGUAAAAAAAAAUAAAAAAUUAUUAUAUAUAUAAAUAUAUAGUAUAAGCCUAUGGCAAAGCUAAUGUUCUGUAAAUAAGUUUUUUGUUUCGUUUUGUUUUUACUUAAAGAAAAGAGAGAUAAAGGGUGGAUUUUGUUUAAAAAAUCUAAAACGGUUUUAAGUUGAAAGUGAAAGUGGUUUAGAGGUGGUGAAAUAUUGCUCAUGAGAAGGAGCCCAAUCCACCAAAAAGUUCACUGAGAGAGAGAGUCAUUGAACUGAACAAGGCCUUUGUGUGACCACAGCGCUCUUUUGAGAACGAGUUAGUUUCACUGGCAGGAUUUGCCAAGUGAGCCACCCUUGAAGACUUCAAUCUGACACACAUUUCAUUUGGCGCUCAUGCCAUUGACUUUGCAGGGGCUUCCUGAUUCAGAAACACUUCCCUUAUGCAGUGGUACCUCGGGUUAAGAACUUAAUUCAUUCCAGAGGUCCUUAACCUGGAGCAACCACUUCCUGGUUAGUGGAGUGUGUAACUCAAAGCAUCUGUAACCCGAGGUACCACUGUACUAACAUAUCCAAGUUGCUGGCUUUGUUGGGGUGGGGGCAUUCCAAUAUUCUGUGCGUUUAUUGUGCUACGGUGGUCCUCUGUCCAGCUGGACCUCACCUUGACGCACUCAAGCAUCGCGCAUGCACACCCUGCUUGUGGGGGGGAGCCUCUUGAAUACCCACCUCUUACGAAGCAUGGUGAAGUGCUGAUAUUGGGACAUCCCUAAAGCAAAGUGAUUUUUAAACACCCUCUGGUGUUCAUUGUUUUAUGUUUUAUAAACUAGAGUGUAGUUUCUUAAGUGUGGGG